UCUGAGCAGUCGUGCAUUCCCCGCCUCGCCUCGGGUGUAGGGAUUGCAAAAAAACAAAACUACACUGUCAAGACUGUGUAGUUUUGUUUUUAUGAUUAGAGGCUCUACAAUUCUCAUGCUGGGAUUGUCUAACAAAAUUUUACUCUGGAUAAGGACGUCGUUUAAGAAGAUUUCAUUGGGCUUAGCCCACUCUUACAGGCACUUUGAGAGAUCAGAGUGCCUGUAAAGAUGACGACAAAAGCACCAACAUUCACGCAGCCGUUACAAAGUGUUGUGGCACUGGAGGGUAGUGCCGCAACCUUUGAGGCUCAUAUUAGUGGUUUCCCAGUUCCUGAGGUGAACUGGUAUCGGGAUGGCCAGGUUCUUUCUGCUGCAACUCUGCCCGGUGUGCAGAUCUCGUUUAGUGAUGGCCGCGCUAAACUGGUGAUCCCCGCCGUGACAGAAGCAAACAGUGGAAGAUACACCGUACAAGCCACCAAUGGAUCUGGGCAAGCUACUAGUACAGCUGAGCUACUCGUCACAGCUGGAACAGCACCACCAAACUUUUCACAACGACUACAGAGCAUGACUGCAAGGCAGGGAAGUCAAGUUCGACUUGAUGUGAGAGUGACUGGAAUCCCUACACCUGUGGUGAAGUUUUAUCGGGAUGGAGUAGAAAUCCAAAGCUCCCCCGAUUUUCAAAUUAUACAAGAAGGAGACCUUUACAGCUUAACAAUUGCAGAAGCAUAUCCUGAAGACUCCGGUACCUAUUCAGUAAAUGCCACAAAUAAUGUGGGACGUGCUACUUCAACAGCUGAAUUACUAAUUCAAGGUGAGGAAGAAGCCGUUCCUGCUAAAAAGACAAAGACAAUUGUUUCGACUGCUCAGAUUUCACAAACAAGACAAGCCAGAAUUGAAAAGAAGACUGAAGCCCACUUUGAUGCCAGAUCACUUACAAGUGUUGAAAUGGUCAUAGAAGGUGCAGCAGCCCAACAGCUCCCACAUAAGGCACCUCCACGAAUGAUUCCUAGACCUACAUCAAAAUCACCAACCCCACCAGUAAUUGCUGCAAAAGCACAAAUGGCACGACAGCAGUCACCAUCACCUGUUAGACAAUCACCGUCACCUGUAAGACAUGUCAGAGCACCAACACCCUCACCAGUAAGGUCAGUUUCUCCUGCUGGAAGAAUCUCCACCUCACCUAUUAGACCAGUGAAAUCUCCAUCUCCAAUCCGCAAAACACAUGUAGUGACAACAGGUGGGGCCGAAGUCCUUCCUCCUUGGAGGCAGGAAGGAUAUACUGCAACCACAGAAGCCGAGAUGACAGAAACAAGAGUAUCUACAAGUGCUACCCAAAUAAGAACUGAAGAAAGAUGGGAAGGAAGAUAUGGGGUCCAAGAACAAGUUACCGUCAGUGGUGCCGCUGCUGGGGGGGUUGCAACUGGUGCUACAGAGGUGAGAAAGGACAGUGAAAAAACAGCAGCAGUUGCUAUGGUUGUUGCUGCUGUGGAUCAAGCCAUGGUGAGAGAACCAGCUCCAAGUGUUGUAGAGCAAACUACUAAAAGGACAGCAAUGACUGCAGUCCAUGUUCAGCCUGUUCAGGAGCAGAUGAGAAAGGAGGCAACAGUAGUAGUUACCACUGAUAAAGCCACAAAACAAACAGUAAUAUCGAGAACUAGAGAAGAAAUUGUUACUUCAGAAGAACAAAGGCACAUCUCUCAUGAAAAGGUAAGAAAACAACCAGAGAAAACUCCAGUACCCACAGUAGUUAUUGCCACAGACAAAGCCAAAGAACAAGAAAGAAUAUCAAGAUCUAGAGAAGAAAUAUCUACCAGACACGAGCAAGUGCAAAUUGCUCAUGAAAAGAUAACAAAGGAAGAUAUGAAACCUUCUGUACCUAAGGUAGUAAUUACCACUGAUAAACCUAAACCACCAGUCAUAAUAUCGAAAAGUAAAGAAGGAAUUGCUACCAAACAAGAACAAGUGAGCAUAACCCAUGAAAAGAUUAAAAAGGAAGCUAAGAAAACUACUGUAGCUCCGAAACUUAUUGCCACUGAUAAAACCAAAGCACCAGUCACAGUGUCCAGAACUAGAGAAGAAAUUACAGCCAAGCAAGAACAAAUUCAUCUAGCUUAUGAUCAGACUGAAGCUGGAAAAAGGGCUGAAGCUGUAGCUACAGUUGUUGCCGCAGUUGAUCAGGCGCGUGUUCGAUCACCCUGGGAACAGCAACAAGUGGAUGAAGCUUAUGUAAAGCAGAAAACUUUGGAAUAUGGCUAUAAAGAGCAAGUAACAGACCGGGUUGCUGCUGUGACAGACCGGGUCGCUGAGGCCCCAGCAGAACGCCAUGUUGUCACUAAAGAAGUUAAAACUGUAUGUGUUCCUCCUGAGAAACAUAUCUCUGCUGCUGAAAAGAAGGAAGUUCAGAUAUCAACAGAGAUAAAAAGAGCAACAGAAGCUAAGACAGAGAAAACAAUUCAUGUUGAACACCCACGACCUCGCACAACAAGUCCUCACUUCUCAGUCUCCAAAAUUGCUGUUCCUAAACCAGAUCAUACAUAUGAGGUUUCAAUAGCUGGAUCUGCCAUGGCUACUCUGCAAAAAGAGUUGUCAGCUACUUCUGCCGUGCAAAAGAUCACCAAGCCUGUGAAGCCACCUCAGCUAAAGCCUCAUGAAGUCAGGAUAAAAGCAGAGCCAGUUGCCCCUCCACAGUUUCCUUUUGGAGAGGCUGCUGAAGCCUAUAAAAGUCAUUAUGAUGCUGAGACUAAAAAGGAGAUAGGUGUAAGCGUUAAAAGUGAAGCAGUGCGGGAAGAACACUUGAUGUUACGGAAAGAAGGUGAAGCAAAGGUGACAGAAACUGCCAGAGUUCCUGUGGCUGCAGAAAUCCCUGCUACUCCACCCACCUUUGUCUCAGGCCUCAAAAAUAAGACUGUGACUGAAGGAGAGUCUGUCACUCUGGAGUGUCAUAUCUCUGGUCAUCCUCAGCCUACUGUAACAUGGUACAGGGAAGACUACAAGAUUGAGAGUUCAAUGGACUUCCAGAUAACUUUCAAAGCAGGGCUUGCUCGCCUUGUGAUUCGUGAAGCUUUUGCCGAAGACAGUGGGAGAUUUACCUGCACUGCUACGAAUAAGGCUGGGAGUGUCAGCACAUCUUGCCACUUAUAUGUGAAAGUUUCAGAGGAAAUUGAGACUCGAGAAACCAUUUCUGAGAAGGCUGUUAGAGAAGAGAAACGCUACAUGGAGACAAAAGACAUUGUAAUGGAAGAUGUCUCUGCUGCAGUAGAGGAAGUAUCUGGAGAACCCAUACCUCCUUUCUUCAUAAGAAAACCCAUGGUACAUAAAUUAAUUGAAGGUGGGAGCAUUAUUUUUGAAUGCCAAGUAGGGGGCAACCCAAAGCCACAUGUCUACUGGAAAAAAGGUGGAGUUCCUCUAACGACUGGCUACAGAUACAAAGUGAGUUACAAAAGAGAAACCGGGGAAUGCAAACUUGAAAUUUCCAUGACUUUUGCCGAUGAUGCCGGAGAAUACACUAUUGUUGUUCGUAAUAAACAUGGCGAAGCUUCUGCAACGGUCUCCUUACUAGAAGAAGCUGAUUAUGAAGCCUACAUAAAAUCCCAACAAGAAGCAAUGUAUCAAACUCAAGUGACUGCAUAUAUUCAGGAACCUAAAGUGGCUGAGGUAGCCCCAGCUAUUUCAUAUGGUGACUUUGAAAAAGAAUAUGAAAAAGAACAAGCCCUAAUUAGGAAGAAAAUGGCGAAAGAUACAGUGAUGGUCAGAACUUUUGUAGAUGAGGAAUUCCAUAUUUCUUCUUUUGAAGAAAGACUUAUCAAGGAAAUUGAACUCAGAAUUAUUAAGACCACCUUAGAUGAACUUCUUGAAGAAGACGGAGAGGAGAUGAUGGUCGAUAUUUCUGAAUCUGAAGCUAUAGAAGCAGGAUUUGAUUUAAGGUUAAAGAAUUACAGAACUUUUGAAGGAACAGGAGUUACUUUCCAUUGCAAGACAACUGGAUAUCCAUUGCCAAAGAUUGCGUGGUAUAAAGAUGGUAAGCGCAUAAGGCAUGGAGAGCGCUACCACAUGGAAGUUCUGCAAGACGGCAGUGCUAGUCUCCAUUUGCCUGUUGUUCUACCUGAAGAUGAAGGAAUUUAUACUGUUUUUGCCAGUAACAUGAAAGGAAAUGCCAUUUGCUCAGCAAAACUCUAUGUUGAGCCAGUUGCACCCACAGCAACUCCAGGUUAUAUGCCAGGACCAGAAGUUAUGAGAAGAUAUAGGUCUAUUUCUCCACGAUCUCCAAGCAGGUCUCCUGCUCGCAGUUCUCCUUCUCGUUCUCCUGCCCGCAGAUUAGAAGAAACUGAUGAAGGACAACUAGAGAGACUAUACAAACCAGUUUUUGUCCUGAAACCUACAUCAUUUAAAUGUUCACAGGGGCAGACAGCAAGAUUUGACUUAAAAGUUGUUGGCAGACCUAUGCCAGAGACAUACUGGUUCCAUAAUGGUCAACAAGUGAUUAAUGACUACACCCAUAAAAUAGUGAUCAAAGAAGAUGGCACCCAGUCAUUGAUCAUUGUUCCUGCUAUGCCGGAGGACUCUGGAGAAUGGGCUGUAAUUGCUCAGAACAGGGCAGGCAAAGCCUCAGUCUCGAUGACACUGACUGUGGAAGCCAAGGAAGACCUAGUCAGACCACACUUUGUGGAAAGGCUGAGGAAUGUUAGUGUAAAGGAAGGCUCUAGACUGGAGAUGGCAGUGAAAGCUACUGGUAACCCUAAUCCUGACAUUGUAUGGCUGAAGAACAGUGACAUCAUUGUACCUCAUAAAUACCCCAAAAUAAAGAUUGAAGGAACCAAAGGGGCAGCUGCCCUUAAAAUCGAAUCUACCGCCAGGCAAGAUGCUGCAUGGUAUACUGCUACUGCUAUCAAUAAAGCUGGGCGGGACACUACUAGGUGCAAAGUAAAUGUUGAAGUUGAACAUGCAGAACCUGAACCAGAAAGGAGAUUAAUCAUUCCAAAAGGAACUUACAAAGCCAAGGAGAUUGCAGCACCAGAGUUAGAGCCUCUCCAUUUGCGUUAUGGUCAAGAGCAAUGGGAGGAAGGAGAUCUCUACGACAAAGAAAAGCAACAGAAACCAUUUUUUAAGAAGAAGCUUACAUCUUUAAGGCUCAAACAAUUUGGACCAGCACAUUUUGAGUGCAGGCUUACACCAAUUGGUGACCCUACCAUGGUGGUGGAGUGGCUGCAUGAUGGCAAACCCCUGGAAGCAGCUAACAGACUCCGCAUGAUCAAUGAGUUUGGGUACUGUAGCUUGGACUAUGGAGUAGCCUAUUCCAGAGAUAGUGGAGUUAUUACUUGCAGGGCAACCAACAAAUAUGGUACAGAUCAUACAUCUGCUACUCUGAUUGUCAAGGAUGAGAAAAGCCUUGUGGAAGAAUCCCAGUUGCCAGAAGGCAGAAGGGGGCUGCAGCGAAUUGAAGAGUUAGAAAGAAUGGCCCAUGAGGGUGCUCUUCCUGCAGUUGCAAUGGACCAAAAGGAAAAACAAAAACCAGAUAUUGUUUUGGUUCCUGAACCUGCAAGAGUCCUGGAAGGAGAAACAGCACGAUUCCGUUGCCGUGUGACUGGCUAUCCUUUGCCCAAGGUCAACUGGUACCUCAAUGGACAGCUCAUCCGUAAAAGCAAAAGGUUUAGACUCCGAUAUGAUGGAAUACACUACCUGGAUAUUGUGGACUGCAAAUCGUAUGACACAGGAGAGGUGAAAGUCACUGCAGAGAAUCCAGAAGGCUUUAUUGAACAUAAGGUGAGACUUGAGAUCCAGCAGAGGGAAGACUUCAGAUCUGUUCUUCGUCGUGCACCUGAACUCAAACAUGAGCCUGUACUGCCAGAGCCUGGAAAACUUCUCUUUGAGGUACAGAAAGUAGACAGGCCUGCAGAGGCAACAACCAAAGAAGUGGUGAAACUGAAAAGAGCUGAAAGAAUCACUCAUGAGAAGCUUUCAGAAGAAUCUGAAGAGCUGCGUAGUAAAUUCAAGCGUAGGACAGAAGAGGGCUAUUAUGAAGCUAUCACUGCUGUGGAACUUAAGUCUCGCAAAAAAGAUGAAUCAUAUGAAGAAAUGUUGAGAAAGACAAAAGAAGAACUUCUUCACUGGACCAAAGAGAUCCCAGAGGAAGAGAAGAAAGAACUUCCUCCUGAAGGCAAAAUCACCAUUCCAACAUUCAAACCAGAGAAGAUCGAGCUUAGCCCAAGUAUGGAGGCUCCCAAGAUACUUGAGCGCAUUCAGAGUCAGACUGUAGCCCAGGGAGCCGAUGCACACUUCCGUGUGAGAGUAGUGGGAAAACCAGACCCUGAGUGCCAGUGGUUCAAAAAUGGUGUGCAGAUUGAAAGGACUGAUCGCGUGUAUUGGUACUGGCCUGAAGACAAUGUUUGUGAAUUAGUAAUCAGAGAUGUGACUUCUGAUGAUUCUGCCAGCAUCAUGGUGAAAGCAGUCAAUAUAGCUGGUGAAACCUCUAGCCAUGCUUUCCUGUUAGUACAAGCCAAGCAGUUAAUCAGCUUUACCCAGGAGUUACAAGAUAUUGUUGCUAAACAGAAAGACAUCAUGGCAACAUUUGAAUGUGAGACAUCAGAACCCUUUGUCAAAGUGAAAUGGUUUAAGGAUGGAAUUGAGAUUCAUUCUGGAGAGAAAUACAGGAUGCACUCAGAUAGAAAGGCUCAUUUUCUUUCUGUAUUGGCAAUUGAAAUGUCUGAUACUGAUGACUACAGCUGUGCACUGAUAGAAGAUGAAUCCAUAAAAACUACUGCAAAGCUUACUGUUGAAGGUGCUGUGGUUGAGUUUAUAAAAGAACUUGAGGAUAUUGAAGUACCAGAAUCCUUCUCAGGUGAACUUGAAUGUGAGGUUUCCCCAGAAGAUGCAGAAGGGAAAUGGUAUCAUGGCGAUGUUGAACUCACUUCUAAUCAUAAGUAUGUGAUUACAUCCCGCCGUGGUCGCCAAAUCCUCACUAUUAAAGAUGUUACUAAAGAUGAUCAAGGAGAGUACAGCUUUGUUGUUGAUGGAAAAAAGACUCAAUGUCAGCUGAAGAUGAAGCCUCGUCCCAUGGCUAUUCUUCAAGGACUUACUGAUCAAAAAGUCUGUGAGGGAGACAUUGUACAACUUGAAGUUAAAGUCUCCCUAGAAAAUGUGGAAGGUGUCUGGAUGAAAGAUGGUCAGGAAAUUCAAUCAAGCGAUCGUAUUCACAUUGUGUUGGAUAAACAGUCACACAUGUUGCUUAUAGAAGAUGCAACAAAGGAAGAUAGUGGAGCUUACUCUUUCAGUGCUCCUGGUCUUGGACUGUCAACCACUGGGCAGAUCACAGUAUACAGUGUGGAAAUAGUGGUGCCACUAAAAGAUGUUCAUGUAGUUGAAGGAACAAAAGCUAUCCUUGAAUGCAAAGUUUCAGCACCUGAUGUGACUUCCUCCAAAUGGUACCUAAAUGAUCAUCAGAUAAAGCCUGAAGAACGUGUACAAGCUGUAUGUAAAGGCACUAAACAGAGGCUUGUGCUUACCAGAACCUAUGCAUCAGAUGAAGGACAUUAUAAGCUAAUGGUUGGCAAAGUUGAAACAACUUGCAAUGUCACAGUUGAAAAAAUUGAGAUUAUUAGAGGUCUUCAUGACAUCACCUGUACUGAAACUCAGAAUGUAUCCUUUGAGGUGGAGCUCUCCCAUUCAGGCAUUGAUGUAAUCUGGCAUUUCAAAGACCGAGAAAUAAAGCCUGGUCCUAACUAUAAAAUUGAAGCACAUGGCAAAAUAUAUAAAUUGACAGUGGUGAAGAUGAUGAAAGAUGAUGAAGGAGAGUAUGUAUUUCAUGCUGGAGAGAAGAAAACAUCUGGAAAACUUAUAGUAGCAGGUGGUGCCAUUUCAAAGCCUCUCGCUGAUCUGACUGUGGCUGAGUCCCAGACAUCUGUUUUUGAAUGUGAGGUGGCAAAUCCUGAAUCAGAGGGCCAGUGGCUAAAACAUGGUAGACCGUUAGCUAUGACAGAUCAGUACCGUGCUGAAUCUGAUGGUGUAAAGAGAAGGCUCAUUAUCCCUGUUACGAAAAUGGAUGAUAUGGGUGAAUAUAGCUAUGAAAUAGCAAGCUCAAAGACAACUGCCAAACUGAAGGUGGAAGCUGUUAAAAUAAAGAAGACACUAAAGAACUUGACUGUGACAGAAACACAGGAGGCGGUUUUCAGUGUAGAACUGACCCAUGCUGAUGUGAAAGGAGCUUUGUGGAUUAAAAAUGGUGUUGAACUUGAAUCAAAUGACAAAUAUGAAAUUACAGUGAAAGGAACUGUUCACACACUGAAAAUUAAACACUGUGUUGUCACUGAUGAGUCUGUUUAUAGCUUUAAGCUUGGAAAGAUAGGAGCAAAUGCCAGACUUCAUGUGGAAACUGUCAAGAUCAUCAAAAAGCCAAAGGAUGUGACUGCUUUGGAAAAUGCUGUUGUCUCCUUUGAACUGAGUGUCUCCCAUGAUACUGUACCUGUCCGAUGGUUCCACAAAAACAUUGAGCUUAAACAAAGUGAAAAAUACAAGAUGAUAUCUCAAAGGAAAGUUCAUAAGCUUAUGCUGCAUAACAUAUCUCCUGCUGAUGCCGGGGAAUACACAGCUCUUGUUGGGCAAAUCGAGUGUAAAGCAAAACUGUUUGUGGAAACUAUACACAUCACAAAGACAAUGAAAAAUAUUGAGAUUCCUGAGACCAAAACCGCCUCUUUUGAAUGUGAAGUUUCUCAUUUCAAUGUGCCUGCUGUCUGGUUGAAAAAUGGUGUGGAGAUUGAAAUGAGUGAAAAGUUCAAAAUAGUAGUCCAGGGAAAACUCCAUCAGCUCAAUAUCAUGAACACAAGCAGUGAAGAUUCUGCAGAAUACACCUUUAUCUGUGGAAAUGACAGAGUCAGUGCAACCCUGACCGUAAAACCUAUCUUGAUUACCUCCAUGCUAAAAGACAUCAAUGCUGAAGAGAAAGAUACGAUAACAUUUGAAGUUACUGUUAACUAUGAAGGUAUCUCAUAUAAAUGGCUAAAGAAUGGGGUAGAAAUAAAAUCGACUGAUAAAUGCCAGAUACGAACAAAGAAGCUCACACACUCUCUCUCCAUAAGAAAUGUGCAUUUUGGUGAUGCUGCAGAAUACACCUUUGUUGCUGGAAAAGCAGCUUCAUCAGCCACUUUAUAUGUGGAAGCUCGUCACAUUGAAUUUAGGAAGCAUAUAAAAGACAUCAAGGUUGUGGAGAAGAAGAGGGCUAUUUUUGAAUGUGAAAUUUCAGAACCUGACAUUCAGGUCCAGUGGAUGAAGGAUGGACAAGAACUCCAGAUUGGUGACAGGAUGAAAAUUCAAAGAGAGAAAUAUGUGCAUCGUCUCAUCAUUCCUUCCACAAGAAUAUCUGAUGCCGGUCAGUACACAGUAGUAGCAGGUGGAAACACAUCCAGUGCCAAUUUGAUAGUGGAAGGCCGUGACAUUCGUAUCAGAAGCGUCCGUAAAGAUAUUCAGGUCCUUGAAAGACAAAGAGCUGAAAUUGAAUUUGAAGUCAAUGAAGAUGACAUUGAACCACAGUGGUACAAGGACGGUAUUGAGAUCAACUUCCAGUAUGAGGAAAGAUACAGUUAUGUGGUAGAAAGGAGAAUUCAUCGAAUGAGCAUCUUUGAAACUACUUACUCUGAUGCUGGAGAAUAUACUUUUGUUGCAGGACGGAAUAGGAGUUCUGUUGUUCUCUAUGUGAAUGCUCCAGAGCCACCCAAGAUUAUUCAGGAACUAGAGCCAACCACUGUGGAGUCUGGCAAGCCUGCCCGCUUCUGUGCUAUGAUAUCAGGCAAACCCCAGCCCAAAAUUUCCUGGUACAAAGAUGAUCAACAGCUUUCUUCAGGUUUCAAGUGCAAAUUUCUUCAUGAUGCACAAGAAUAUACCCUAUUGCUCAUUGAAACUUUUCCUGAAGAUGCAGCAGUGUACACCUGUGAAGCAAAAAAUGACUAUGGAGUUGCUACAACUUCAGCUUCACUUUCAGUAGAAAUUCCAGAAGUUGUUUCUCCUGAACUAGAACUGCCAGUGUAUCCACCUGCUGUCUUAAUGCCAUUACGUGAUGCUGUUACAUCCGAGGGACAGUCUGCUUGUUUUCAGUGCAGAGUUACAGGGACAGAUCUGAAAGUCUCUUGGUACAGCAAAGAGAAAGAGAUCAAGCCUUCACGGUUUUUUAGAAUGACUCAGUUUGAAGACACUUACCAGCUGGAGAUUGCUGAAGCUUAUCCAGAGGAUGAAGGAGUCUAUACCUUUGUGGCUAGCAAUUCUGUAGGCCAAGUGACAAGCACUGCUACCUUGAAGUUAGAAGCUCCUGAAAAAAUGGUUCAUGAGAAGGUAGAGGAAGAGAUUGAAAUGGAAGCGAAAGACUUCUCUAGCUCUCUUCCUGUGUCUUCUGAGGAAGGAAGAAGUGUAGGCUACAGCAGUGGCCUUCAGUUGCCUGAUAAAGAAAAAACACUUGAAUUUGAGCCUGAAAAACCAGUUUAUUCCACCAAAGCAGAGAUGGAAACGGAGGGGGGCCAAGCCCCUGUUUUCCUAAAGCAGGUCUCAAAUGUUGAAGUCUGGCAGGGAGGUGUAGCUAGGCUCUCUGUUACUGUUACUGGCAGUCCCACACCCAAAGUCCAGUGGUUUUUCAACAGUAUGAAGUUAACCUCAUCUACAGACUGUAAGUUAGUGUUUGCUGGCAAUGAUCACAGCCUCAUCCUCCCAUAUGCGGGUGUGCAGGAUGAGGGUGAGUACACAUGUGUGGCCAGCAAUGUACACGGUGAGACCACGUGCAGCGCCCACCUCCAUGUGCAUCAGCGGGUACCAGGGGGCCCUUGCUUUGCCAGGAAGCCAGACGGCAUACGGUGUGCACCGGGUUUCACCGCAGUCUUUGAGUACACCGUGGCUGGCGACCCAUGCCCUGAUGUGCUGUGGUUCAAGGGGAGUGAACAGCUUUUCUCCGAUGCACAUCACUCUGUUUCUCACCAUCCUGAUGGGUCAGGCUCCCUGACAGUGCAGGAGUGCAUGGAGGAGGACACUGGGCUUUACACUUGCAAGGCAGUGAGUGCCCUGGGUGAGGCCACGUGCUCUGCUGAGCUCCUUGUGCUGUCUGAGGAGCAUGCUGUUCACAGGCAAAGCCCAGCCUUGCAGCAUUCUGCAGUGGCAGAAGACCAGAGUCCCCUGUCAUAUGAGGAGGCUGGUGAACUUCCUGCUGCAGAAGGAGCACUGAGACUUGAGGCCAUGAAAGAGCCCCUGGCCCUCCUUCAGCUCCAGAUGAUCCAGGAGGAACAUAGGCUGCCCAGGGAGGACAUCUUGCCCAGCCUGCCACCAGCCUGCCUGGCCACACAGACUGUUGAAGAGAUGCUCACCCGGGCAGCCACAACACAAGAGAGUGACAAGCUUUUGGCAGAGCCCCUGGAAACCUUCCCUGCUGGCCCCCAGGGUGUGGUGCCUGUGGCAGCAAUGGAGACACGACUGCCAGGCUGCCUUGGGACUGUAGCCACACAGAUACUCUUGCCCAAAGAGCAGGUCAUCCCUGAGACAGCAGAGCAAAUGGCUUCUCUGAAGACAGAGGCUUCCCAAGCCCUUCUGCAGGUGUCAAGCACCACUGAGAACCGUUCCAUAGAUGGUGACCAUAUGCAGGUCCUUGAGGACUUCCAGGCAGUGCAGGGUGAGCUGAAGGCUGAACCUAGACUUGCCUCUGAACUGGCCUUCACUGGGGGCCAAGCCGUUCCUCUGGAGACCGUUUCUUCCCUCGAAACAGCAGAGGCGGACUUUGUUGCAAGAAUCUGUGAGGGGCAGGCUGUGAGAUUUCCCUUGCUGCUAGAAGAAAAACAGCCCCUGGAGGAGGAACACAUUGUCAGUCUUGUCAAAGAAGGAAAAUCCUGUGAUGAAACCUCUGAGCUGAAGUCCCAGCAGGCUGAGACAACUAUGGAGGCAGAAAUACCCCUGGAGCAGCCUUUGUCUGUGCAAGUAAUCAACACUGUGACUGGGCAUAGUCAAAUCAAGGAUGUGGGUGCAGCUGCAGCCACUGCUGAUGUAGCCUCUGAGGGUGUUCCCAUCGAGACACCCACAGAAAUAUUGAAAGAGAAAGAGAAAGGGGAAGAAAUCUGUGAGGAAGAGAGCAGUAAAGUUCUGGAAGCUAAAGCUGGGAAGCUACAGAUCAAAGAGAGUUAUCCCAUCAUACAUAGCAACCUGGUCAACACUGUUGUGGAGGAAGGAGAAAGUGUCAGUUUGGUGUCUGUCAUAACAAAUGUCAGGGAGGUGAACUGGUACUUUGAGGGUAAACUGGUGUCUUCAGGUGACAAAUUCAAGUGUUUGCAAGAUCAGGACACAUACACACUUGUAAUAAGCAAAGCAUGCAGUGAUACUCACCAAGGAGAAUACACCUGUGAGGCGCUGAAUCAAGCUGGAAAAAGAGCAACAGCAGCAAAACUCACAAUUGUUAAAGGAGUUGCACCGAUCCUGAGGAGAAGGCUCACACCAGUGGAGGUGGCUGUAAAUCAUGUGGCCAAGUUUACCUGUGAGGUAGAGACUGCACCCAAUGUCAAGUUCCAGUGGUACAAAGCCGGCCGAGAGAUAUACGACGGGGACAAAUACUCCAUUCGCACAUCCAACUACCUCUCCACGCUUGAGAUUCUGAGGCCCCAGGUAGUUGACUGCGGAGAGUACAGCUGUAAGGCUUCCAACCAGCAUGGCAGUGUAAGCUCUACAGCCCUUUUGACAGUGAGUGAAGCAUUACCGCCAACGUUUCUUACCAGACCUGAAUCUAUCACUACUUUUGUGGGAAAAAGUGCCAAGCUCCUGUGUACUGUUUUGGGCACUCCAGUCAUCGACGUCGCCUGGCAGAAAGAUGGCACGACCAUUUCACCUUCAGACCAUCACAGAAUCUCCAAAGUGGAAAACAAACAUGUGCUAGAAAUUUCCCUUCUCACCAUCAGUGACAGAGGGGUUUACACUUGCAAAGCUUCCAACAAGUUUGGGGCUGACAUUUGCCAGGCUGAAUUGAUCAUUAUAGAUAAGCCUCACUUCAUUAAAGUGCUGCAGUCAGUGCAGUCAGCAGUCAAUAAAAAAAUACGCCUUGAAUGUCAGGUAGAUGAAGACAGGAAAGUAACAGUAGGGUGGACAAAGGAUGGAAACAAAAUUCCUCCAGGCAAAGAUUAUAAGAUUUACUUUGAAGACAAAAUAGCCUCACUUGAGAUUCCUUUGGCUAAGCUGAAGGAUUCAGGCCAUUAUGUGUGCACUGCCUCAAACGAGGCAGGAAGCAGCUCCUCUUCUGCCAGCGUCACAGUCAGAGAACCACCCAAGUUUGCUAAGAAGCUAGAGGCAGCAAAAGUAGUCAAGCAGGGUGACUCAGCCCGGCUUGAGUGCAAAGUAAGUGGGUCUCCAGAGAUGAAAGUAGUGUGGUUCAGAAAUGACCAUGAAAUUGUUGCCAGUGAAAAAUUCCGGACAUCAUUCAUUGACUCCUUGGCUGUGCUUGAAAUGAAUUAUCUCAGUACUGAUGACAGUGGUGACUACAUCUGCGAAGCUCACAACCCUGCCGGCAAGGCCAGCUGUAGCACUAAAGUCACAGUGAAAGAACCUCCUGUUUUUAGCAGGAAGCCCUCUCCAGUAGACAUGCUCAAAGGAACUGAGGUUAGCCUGGAAUGUGAGAUUUCAGGAACACCACCAUUUGACGUUACCUGGUACAAAGACAGGAGGCAAAUCCGCAGUAGUAAGAAGUAUAAGGUUACAGCCAAAAACUACCACACCAGUGUUCGCAUUCUUAAUAUUGAAGCUGCAGAUGUGGGUGAAUAUCAGUGCAAAGCCCAGAACGACAUAGGAAGUGACACUUGUUUUUGCACUGUGAAGCUGAAAGAACCACCAAAAUUCUUGACUAAAAUAAACAGUGUGACUGUUGUGGUUGGUGAACCAGUAGAGUUACAAGCAAGAGUGGAGGGCUCCCAGCCAAUUUCUGUGCAGUGGCUUAAAGACAAAGAGGAAAUUAUUAGAGAAAGUGAAAACACGAAGAUCACGUUUAUGGAAAAUAUUGCAACUUUACAACUUCUGCACACAGAGACAAGCAGUGCUGGAAAAUACAUCUGUCAGAUCAGAAAUGAUGCUGGAAGUCGAGAGUGCAUGGCUACCUUAAGUAUUCUAGAGCCUGCAGUCAUUGUAGAGAAAGCAGAACCAAUGAGAGUUACUAUAGGAGACGCCUGUACUUUGGAGUGCAAAGUGGCAGGCACACCAGAGCUUUCCACGGGGUGGUUCAAGGAUGGCAAAGAGCUGACCAGCAGCCAGAAAUACAGAAUUACUUUCCUCAAUAAAGUAUCUACGCUUAAAAUUAUGGAUGCAGAAAAGGAAGAUGCUGGACUGUACACUUUUGCAGUGCAGAACGACGUGGGGAAAAGCAGUUGCACAGCAUCAGUUGAUGUUUUAGAUCGAAUCAUUCCUCCUUCUUUCACAAGAAAAUUGAAGGAAACUCCUUGUGUUCUGGGUUCCUCAGCAUUGCUGGAAUGCAAAGUGUCGGGUUCACCUCCUAUUUCUGUGGCUUGGUUCCGAAAUGGACUUAAGUUAGUCAGUGGGGAAAAACAUCAAAUCUCCUUUUCAGAUAACCUUUGUAUUUUGGAAGUGAAUUCACUGAGUGAUUCAGAUGCUGGAACUUACACCUGCAAAGCUACCAACAUAGCUGGUUCAGAUGAAUGCAGUGCUGUAUUGACCGUACAAGAACCACCUUCUUUUGAGAGGACACCAGAGGCUCUGGAUGUCUUGCCAGGCACAAGCAUCACUUUUACAUGUGUUAUCAGAGGAACCCCACCUUUUAAGGUGAACUGGUUUAAAGGGUCCAAUGAGCUUGUGCCAGGAGACAAAUGCAAUAUCUACUUGGAGGACUCUGUUGUGGAGCUUGAGUUAUUUGACGUAACUCCUCUCCAAAGUGGAGAAUAUACUUGUCUAGUGACUAAUGAUGCUGGCAGGGCAAAUUGUACAACACACCUUACAGUAAAAGAGCCAGCAGUCUUUGUGAAGAAACUGAGUGAUCAGUAUGUAGAGCCCGGCAAGGCCAUCAUCCUGGAGGGAACUUACACAGGCAGCCUGCCCAUCUCUGUGACAUGGAAGAAGAAUGGCCACACCAUCACUCAAUCUCAGAAGUGUAGUAUCACCACCACAGAGAAAUCCUGCAUCCUGGAAAUACUUGACAGCACCAAAGGGGAUGCAGGAGAAUACACUUGCCAUGUUGAAAAUGAGGCAGGAAGAGAUGUUUGUGGGGCUAUAGUCUCUACUCUAGAACCUCCCUAUUUUAUUACACACUUGGAAUCUCUUGAGGUGUCAGUUGGGGAUUACACAACAUUGCAAUGCCAUGUUGGUGGUACACCAGAAAUCACUGUGUCUUGGUACAAAGGUGAUACAAAACUCAGAUCUACUCCUGAGUACAAAGUAUUCUUUAAAGACAAUGUUGCUACACUUAUUUUCAACAAAGCGGUUAGCAACGACAGCGGAGAAUAUAUCUGCAAGGCAGAAAACAGUGUAGGAAGUGCAUCUACAAAGGCUCUCUUGACAGUUCAAGAGCGCAAGCGACCACCUUCCUUUGCAAGAAAAUUAAAGGAUAUCGAGCACCCUGUUGGAUUACCCCUUAAAUUUAUGUGCCGGCUCAAUGGCUCAGAACCCAUUACUGUGGCUUGGCAUAAAGACGGUGUGCUGCUAAGCGAUGACCACAAUGUGCACACAUCCUUUGUAGAUAAUGUUGCAGUGCUGCAACUGGUGCAAACCGAGAUGAGUCAUACUGGGCAGUACUCCUGCACAGCCACCAAUGCUGUGGGCACUGCCACCUCGAGUGCUAGGCUUACAGUGGCAGAACCCAAGCAAGCACCUGUGUUUGACACCAAGCCAGAAUCUAUUGAUGUGCCUUUUGGCGAAAGUGCUGACUUUGAAUGCCAUGUUACUGGAGCACAGCCAAUAUGUAUCACCUGGUCCAAGGAUGGUCGGGAGAUCCGAACUGGAGGAAACUUCAAUAUUACAUUUGUAGCCAACACAGCUCACCUUCGUGUGCUCAGAGUGGGUAAAGGAGACUCUGGCCAAUAUACUUGCCAAGCUAGCAAUGAAGUUGGUAAAGACUUUUGCUCAGCCCAACUCUGUGUCAAAGAACCACCAAGGUUUAUUAAGAAACUUGACUCCUCAAGACUUGUGAAACAGCAUGAUUCCACUAAGUAUGAAUGCAAAAUAGGUGGAUCUCCAGAAAUCAAAGUCACCUGGUACAAAGGUGAAACUGAGAUUCAUCCCAGUGAAAAAUACCGAAUGUCCUUUGUGAAUUCAGUGGCAGUCAUUGAAAUGUACAACCUCAGUGUUGAAGACAGUGGUGACUACACUUGUGAAGCUCACAAUCCGGGGGGUAGUGCAAGCACCAGUACCUCACUGAAAGUAAAAGCACCCCCCAUUUUUACCAAGAAGCCCCCUCCAACUGAGACCUUGAAAGGGUCUGAUAUUCACCUAGAAUGUGAGCUUCAGGGCACUCCUCCGUUCCAGAUCUCUUGGUACAAAGACAAACGAGAAAUUCGGAGCAGCAAGAAGUAUAAGGUCAUGUCUGAGAACUACCUAGCCAGUAUUCACAUUCUCAGUGUGGAUACUGCAGAUGUUGGUGAAUAUCACUGUAAAGCUGUAAAUGAUGUGGGAAGUGACUCCUGCAUUGGCUCUGUAACACUAAGAGCACCACCAACCUUUGUGAAGAAACUGAGUGAUCUCACUGUUGUAGUUGGGGAGUCGAUUGAACUGCAGGCUGCAGUAGAAGGAUCACAGCCCAUUUCUGUUCUGUGGUUAAAAGACAAAGGGGAAAUCAUCAGAGAAAGUGAUAAUCUUUGGAUUUCCUAUUCAGAAAACAUUGCAACUAUGCGGAUUGGAAAUGCAGAACCAGCCAAUGCUGGGAAAUACAUUUGUCAGAUAAAAAAUGAUGCUGGAGUUCAGGAAUGCUUUGCCACACUGAGAGUUCUAGAACCUGCAGUCAUUGUUGAGAAGCCAGGCCCAGUCAAAGUUACAGCGGGAGACUCAUGUACUCUGGAAUGCACAGUAGAUGGCACACCAGAGCUUACUGCUAGGUGGCUUAAGGAUGGGAAUGAACUGUCCACUGACCAUAAAUAUAAAAUCAGUUUCUUCAAAAAAGUGUCUGGGCUUAAGAUUCUCAAUGCAAGACUAGAAGACAGUGGAGAAUAUACCUUUGAGGUGGAAAACAGUGUUGGUAAAAGCAGCUGCACAGCUUCAGUGCAUGUCUCAGAUCGUAUUAUACCUCCUUCUUUCACAAGAAAACUGAAAGAAACAUAUGGUCAGCUGGGCUCUUCUGCUGUACUGGAGUGUAAAGUUUAUGGGUCACCACCUAUUCUUGUUUCCUGGUUUCAUGACGGAGAGGAGAUUAUCAGCGGAGACAAGUAUCAGGCUACUCUUACAGACAAUACCUGUUCUCUGAAAGUGAAUGGACUUCAGGAAUCUGAUAUGGGAACUUAUUUGUGCACAGCUAGUAAUGUAGCUGGGUCCGAUGAGUGCAGCGCAUUUUUGAAUGUUAGAGAACCACCAUCUUUUGUGAAGAAACCUGAACCACUGAAUGUUUUAUCUGGGGCAAACAUAACCUUUACCAGUAUCAUAAAAGGCUCCUCUCCAUUGGAAGUCAAAUGGUUUAGAGGUAGUGUUGAGCUAGCACCAGGACACAGAUGCAGUAUCACCUUGCAAGAUUCAGUUGCAGAACUGGAGCUAUUUGAUGUACAUCCGCUUCAGAGUGGAGACUACACUUGCCAGGUCUCUAACAAGGCAGGGAUGAUUUCUUGCACAACACAUCUUUUUGUCAAAGAACCAGCCAAAUUUGUGAAGAGGGUGAAUGAUUUAACUGUAGAGAAAGGAAAAAAUUUCAUCUUGGAAUGCACAUACAUGGGUACUCCACCGAUUUCAGUGACAUGGAAGAAAAAUGGAGUAAAAAUAAUGCACUCUGAAAGGUGUAGCAUCACCACUACAGAAACAUCUGCCAUACUGGAAAUACCUAAUAGCAAACUAGAAGAUCAGGGGCAAUAUUCUUGUCAUAUUGAAAAUGAUUCUGGACAAGAUAAUUGUCAUGGUGCAAUCACAAUACUAGAACCACCUUACUUCGUUACACCCUUGGAGCCAGUGCAGGUGACUGUUGGGGAUUCUGCAUCCUUACAGUGCCAGGUUGCUGGAACACCAGAAAUGAUUGUAUCAUGGUACAAAGGCGAUACAAAGUUGAGAGGAACUGCUUCUAUGAAAAUGCACUUUAAAAACCAAGUUGCCACUUUGGUUUUCAGCCAGGUAGACAGUAGUGAUAGUGGGGACUACAUCUGCAAAGUAGAAAAUGCUGUUGGUGAGGCUGCUUCAUCAUCUUUGCUGACAGUUCAAGAGCGUAAGCUUCCUCCUUCUUUUACGCGAAAAUUAAGAGAUGUCCAUGAAACUGUUGGCUUACCAGUUACAUUUGAUUGUGGCAUUGCUGGUUCAGAACCUAUAGAAGUAUCUUGGUUUAAAGAUGGUGUGCGUGUAAAAGAGGACUACAAUGUUCAUACAUCCUUCGUAGAUAAUGUAGCAACUCUUCAGAUUUUGAAAACAGAUAGGAGCCUUAUGGGACAAUAUACCUGCACAGCUACCAAUGCAAUUGGGACAGCUUCUUCUAGUGGCAGGCUUGUCCUUACAGAAGGGAAGACUCUUCCAUUUUUUGACAUCCCAAUUACACCUGUGGAUGGUAUUAUUGGAGAAAGUGCUGACUUUGAGUGUCACAUCUCUGGAACACAGCCUAUUAAAGUCACUUGGGCAAAAGAUAACCAAGAGAUUAGAACAGGAAGAAACUACCAAAUCAGUUAUGUAGACAGCACAGCCCACUUGACCAUCUUGAGAGUUGAGAGGGGAGACUCUGGACAGUAUACAUGCUGUGCUAGCAAUGAAGUUGGAAAGGACUCUUGCACAGCUCAGCUGACUGUUAAAGAACGAAAAUCUCCACCAACUUUCACUAAGAAACUGUCUGAAGUAGUAGAAGAAACAGAAGGGAAUGAACUUAAACUUGAGGGCCAUGUUGCUGGCUCCCAGCCUUUGACUGUUGCUUGGUAUAAAAACAAUCAGGAAGUUCAUUCAAGCCCUCAUUGUGAAAUAUCUUUCAAAAAUAACACCUUAAUUUUGCACAUAAAGUGUGUAGAGCAAUCAGAUGCUGGUUUAUAUACCUGUAAAGUGUCCAAUGAAGCAGGAAGCGUGUUAUGUACAUCUUCUGUUGUUAUCAGAGAACCCAAAAAGCCUCCAGUUUUUGACCAGCCUCUUCAACCAGCAGCAGCAGAGGAAGGUGAUACUAUACAGCUCAGCUGCCAUGUUGAAGGAUCACAGCCAAUCCGGAUUCAGUGGCUGAAGGCAGGCAGAGAAAUAAGAGCUUCAGGCAGAUGCAACUUCAGCUUUGCUAAUGGAGUAGCUCUUCUAGAACUUGCUGCAAUUACCAAAUCCGAUUCAGGAGAAUAUGUAUGCAAAGCUUCAAAUGCAGCUGGCACUGACACUUGCAAAUCUAAAGUGACCGUUAAAGAAAAACCAGCAGCUGCACCAGUAGCUAAGAAAGCAGAACUGGAAGGAAAACUUUAUUUUGUGUCAGAGCCUCAGAGUAUCAAAGUCAUGGAAAAAACUGUUGCAAAAUUUAUUGCAAAAGUUGGAGGAGACCCAAUUCCAAAUGUUAAAUGGAUGAAGGGAAAAUGGAGGCAACUCAACCAGGGAGGUCGCAUUACAAUCCAGCAGAGAGGAGAUGAAGCCAAACUAGAAAUAAAGGACACAAUAAAAACUGAUUCUGGCAUGUACAAAUGCGUAGCUUUUAACCAACAUGGUGAAAUUGAGAGGAGCGUAAACCUACAAGUUGAAGAAAGAAAGAAAGAAGUUGUUGAAGGGGAUCUCAGGGCAAAACUAAAAAGCACUCCAAAAAGGAAGGAAGGAGAGGAAGAGCAACCUAUUGAUAUCUUGGAACUUCUCAAAAAUGUAGAUCCCAAAGAAUAUGAGAAAUAUGCUCGCAUGUAUGGAAUUACAGAUUUCCGUGGCCUCUUGCAAGCCUUUGAGUUACUAAAGCAAACUCAAGCAGAAGAAAGCCAUAGACUGGAAAUUGAGCUCACAGAAAGAGCUCAAAGAGAAGAUCAGGAGUUUGAUGAACUUGUAGCUUUUAUUCAACAACGACUCUCACAAACAGAGCCUAUUACUCUGAUCAGAGACAUUGAAAAUCAGACGGUUUUAACAGAUGAGGAUGCUAUCUUUGAAUGUGAGAUUAAAAUUAAUUAUCCAGAAAUUAAACUUUCAUGGUACAAGGGAACUCAGAAGCUGGACUCCAAUGACAAAUAUGAAAUUAGAAUUGAAGGUGAUCACCACAUACUGAGAAUCAGGAACUGCCAACUUGAAGAUCAGGGAAAUUUCAGAAUAGUGUGCGGACCACACAUUGCUAGUGCCAGGCUAACUGUGAUCGAACCUGCAGUUGAGCGGCAUCUCCAUGACACUACUUUCAAGGAAGGAAACACUUGCACGCUGUCCUGUCAGUUCUCUAUCCCAAAUGCCAAGUCUCAGUGGUAUAGAAAUGGGAGACCCAUUAAGAUAGGAGGGAGAUAUUCAACACAAGUGUCUGACAAAGUACACAAACUCAUCAUCAAGGAUGUUAGAACAGAAGACCAGGGACAAUAUACCUGCAAGCUUGACAACCUAGAAACAACUGCAGAUCUGGCCAUUGAAGCAGAACCAAUUCAGUUCACUAAGAGCAUACAGAAUAUUGUAGUGAGUGAACACCAGUCUGCAACCUUUGAGUGCGAAGUGUCUUUUGAUGAUGCAGUUGUGACAUGGUAUAAAGGCCCCACUGAACUGAGAGAGAGUCCCAAGUACAGCUUCAGAAGUGAAGGUCGCUGUCAUUAUAUGACCAUUCACAAUGUUAAUGCAGAAGAUGAAGGUGUAUACUCUGUAAUUGCUCGUCUUGAACCACGAGGAGAAGCAAGAAGCACUGCAGAGCUCUAUCUGGUAACCAAAGAAAUCAAACUGGAGUUGAAGCCACCAGAUGUUCCUGAUGCCAAGGUUGCAGUUCCACCUCAAAAAGCAGUUGAAGCUGCCCCUAUUCCUAUUCUUCUACCUCUUGUUCCACAACCAGAGGAGAAAAAGCCAGCAGAAAAAAAGGUUCCGUUAAAGAAAGUCUCCAAAAAGGUGGUUAAAAAAGUUCCUGAAGAAGUCCCACCACCAAAAGUUCCUGAGGUGCUGCCAGAGAAGCCCAAAGAGAUAAAAAUAACAUCCAUGGCAAGGAGAGAAGAGAUUCAUGAAGAAAAGAAGGAAAUAUAUGAAGAACCCAAAGAACCUUAUGAAGAAUGGGAAGAAGAUUAUGGAGAAGACCACGAAUAUUAUGUCAAGGAAGAAGGCUAUGACGAAGGCGAAGAGGAAUGGGAAGAAGCUUAUGAAAAAAGAGAAGUGAUUUAUGAAGAAAAACGAGUAAUUCAUGAAGAAGUUGUUGAAGUUCCUAAGAAGCCUGUGGCUGAGAGAAAACCACCACCAAUUACAGCUGAAAAGAAGGAAAAGAAAGAAGUAACAGUUCAUAAAGUUGUCAAGAAACCUGUUGAUGAAAAAGUGGAGAUAACUACUCAGAGGGCUGCAGAAGAAAAAGUCAAACGGGCUGAGGUUACCAAGAAAGUUCUACCACCAAAGCCUACACCAAUGAUCGUUGAAGAAAAAGUUAUGAAAAAGGAAGUACCUACAGUAGAAACAUGGACUGUUUCAGAAGAAAAGAUGUCAGUUUCUGUCCACAAACAAGAAGAGUAUUCAUAUGUCACAGAGCCAGCAGAGCGUGAGAAAACAGUUGAAGAAAGAUUCUUUGAAGCUGUUUACCCAAUUGAAGCACAUAAGGAAGUUGAAGAGCAAGAGGAGGAGGAAGAAGUAAUUUCUACAGAACAGGAUAUCUCACACGUUGAAGUGCCUGAGAUACCUAAGAGGCAUGUUCCAGAAGAAAGAAAGCCUGUUCCUGUUCCUAAAAAAGAAGCAGCUCCACCAGCUAAAGUGCCUGAAGUCCCUAAGAAACCUGUUCCAGAAAAGAAAGUUGCUGGUGCUAAAAAAGAAGUGGCUCCCCCAGCAAAAGUGCCAGAGAUGCCCAAGAGAGCUGCCCCAGAGACAAAAAUUGUUCCAAAAAGAGAGGAAGCUCCACCACCUAAAGCAACAGAAGUACCUAAGAAACCAGCUCCAGAAGAAAAAAUUCCACGUGUUCCUAAAAUAGAAGAAGCUCCACCUGCAAAAGUGCCUGCAGUUCCUAAGAAACCUAUGCCUAAAGAAAAAGUAUCUCCUGCUGUUCCUAAAAAAGUUGAACCUCCUCCAGCUAAAGUGCCUGAAGUGCAGAAGAAAGCCACUUUUGAAGAAAGAGUUCUUAUUACAGAAGAAAGAAUAUCUGUUGCCAUUCCAGAGGAAAUCCCACUACCUGAAGAACCAACAGUUGAAGAAUGGUCUGAAGAAGAAAUGGAGGAAGUAUCUAUUUCCAUUCACAGGGAAGAAGUUUCUGAAGUGACUGAAGAAGAGUCUUACUACAUAGAGGAGAGGGUAACUGCUCCUAAACGAGAGGAAGCCCCGCCCACUAAAGUGCCCGAGGUGCCAGAGAAAAUUCCAGAAGAGAAAGUACCUGUUGCUGUGCCUAGAAAACCAGAACUACCAGCAGCCAAAGUGCCUGACGCAUCUAAGGAAGUAGUUGUAGAAGAGAAAAUCAAAGUUGCUGUGCCUAAAAAGGCAGAAGCACCACCAGAUAAAGUGCCAGAAGUGCCCAAGAAAGUCCCAGAUGAGAAAAUACCAGUGGCAGAGCCUAAAAAACCAGCAGUUCGACCAGCUAAAGUGCCUGAGGUACCACAGAAAGUGAUCCCAGAAGAGGUUUCAGUUAAAGUACCAAAGAAACCAGAACCUCCACCAACUAAAGUGCCUGAGGUGCCCAAGAAAGUUGUUUCAGAAGAAAAAGUACACAUUGAAGUUCCUAAAAAACCAGAACCUCCACCACCUAAAGAACCUGAGGUGCCAAAGAAAGUUGUUCCAGCAAAGAAAAUACCUGUGCCUAAAGAACCAGAACCUGUAGUUGUCACAGAACCAGAGGCUGCACCUGAAGAACUAGAACCUGAGACAGUGCCUGGACUUGUAAAGAAACCUCACAAAAUAACUCCCGAAGUUACUCCUCCACCAGAAGAAGUUGUUUUGAAAAAAGUUCUUAGAAAGGAAAAAGAAGAGGAAGAACCUAAACCAGAAAAAGAACCUAAACCAGAAGUUAAAACAGUGCCUACACCAGUAGAAAAAAUUAAGAAACCUGAAGUUCCAGAGGUUCCUAAGAAGAAAACUGAGAUACCUGAAAUAAAAAAAGAGGAGAAAUAUGUGCCCAAACCACCAAAAGAACCUAAGCAAGCAGCUAUCCCACUUCCUGGGUCUGAACCUAAACCUGCAGUGGCUCUAAAAUCUCCAAAACCAGCAGCAGAAUCAGCACCAGCUGUUACUACUCCAGUGACAGUCCCAGUGGUUGGAAAGAAAGCAGAGGCCAAGACACCAAAAGAAGAAACUCCAAAGGGUAUCAGUCCAGUCAAAGCCAAGAAGACACCUUCACCAGCAGAUGCAGAAAGAAGGAAACUCAGGCCAGGCAGUGGUGGUGAAAAACCUCCUGAAGAGCCUCCAUUCACUUACCAACUCAAGGCUGUACCACUGAAGUUUGUCAAGGAGAUGAAAGAUAUAGUGCUAACAGAAGCUGAGUCUGUUGGGUCUUCUGCAAUCUUUGAAGUCCUUAUUUCACCAUCCACUGCAAUUACCAGCUGGAUGAAAGACGGAAGUAACAUACGAGAGAGCCCAAAGCACAAGUUUAUUGCUGAUGGCAAAGAUAGGAAGCUGCAUAUUAUUGACGUCCAGCUGUCAGAUGCUGGUGAAUAUACUUGUGUAUUACGACUGGGCAACAAAGAGAAGACCUCUACAGCCAAACUCAUUGUUGAAGAACUCCCAGUGCGGUUUGUGAAACCUCUUGAAGAAGAAGUCACUGUGGUUAAAGGCCAGCCACUGUACUUGACAUGUGAACUUAACAAAGAAAGAAGUGUGGUCUGGAGAAAGGAUGGGAAGAUCAUCAAAGACGUGCCUGGGAAAUUUGCUCUGGGCAUUAUUGGUUUGUCACAUACCCUCAUGAUCACUGAUUCAGAUGAUGCUGAUGCUGGUACUUACACUGUUACCGUUGAAGGCACUGAGCUCUCAUGCUCAUCUUGUGUUAAGGUAGUAGAAGUGAUAAGAGACUGGUUAGUAAAACCCAUAAGAGAUCAGCAUGUGAAACCAAAAGGAACAGCUACAUUCACCUGUGACAUUGUCAAGGAUACACCAAACUUUAAAUGGUUUAAAGGAGAUGAGGAAAUCCCUUCUGAACCCACUGACAAAACAGAAGUCUUGAAAGAGGGAAAUAAAAUUUUCCUGAAAAUCAAGAAUGCUGGCCCUGCUGAUGUUGGGGAAUAUUCAGUGGAAGUUGAAGGUCGCAGGUACCCAGCAAAACUUACCCUUGGAGAACGUGAAGUUGAACUUCUGAAACCAUUAGAGGAUGUUACCAUUUAUGAAAAAGAAACAGCAAACUUUGAUACAGAAAUAUCUGAGGAUGAUAUUCCUGGUGAAUGGAAGCUGAAAGGAGAAAUCCUGAGACCCUCACCUACAUGUGAAAUCAAAGCUGAAGGAGGAAAACGCUUCCUAACCUUGCACAAAGUGAAGUUAGAGCAAGCUGGUGAAGUCCUUUACCAGGCACUUAAUGCAGUUACUACAGCUAUCCUGACUGUGAAAGAAAUUGAACUGGACUUUGCUGUGCCCCUAAAAGAUGUUACUGUUCCUGAGAGGCGCCAAGCAAGGUUUGAAUGUGUCCUUACCAGAGAAGCCAAUGUUAUAUGGUCUAAGGGCACUGAUAUACUCAAGAUCGGAGAAAAAUUUGACAUCAUUGCAGAUGGAAAGAAGCAUAUUCUUGUAAUCAAUGAUUCUCAGUUUGAUGAUGAGGGAGAAUACACUGCUGAAGUCGAUGGCAAGAAGAGCACAGCAAGACUGUUUGUGGAAGGUGUGAGGCUGAAGUUCAUCUCACCUCUACAGGAUCAAACAGUGAAAGAAGGGGAAACAGCUCACUUUCAGUUUGAGCUUUCUCAUGAAGACAUGCCAGUGAAAUGGUAUAAAAAUGACAAGAGACUCCACACAAGCAGAACAGUUUUCAUGACUUCAGAAGGCAAAGUUCAUAAACUAGAACUUAGAGAAGUAACACUUGAUGAUAUCUCCGAAAUAAAGGCCGUGGUCAAGGACUUGAACACACAAGCAAACCUGAAAGUCUUAGAGGCUGAUCCAUAUUUCACUGUGAAAUUACAAGACUACAGUGCUGUGGAGAAAGAUGAUAUUACUCUGGAGUGUGAACUUAGCAAAGAUGUGCCAGUAAAAUGGUACAAAGAUGGUGAAGAACUGGUAGCUUCCAACAGAAUUUCCAUGAAAACGGAUGGCUUGCGCCGUAUCCUGAAGAUCAAGAAAGUUGCAGAUAGUGAUAAGGGUGUUUAUGAGUGCAACUGUGGAACUGACAAGACAACUGCUAAUGUCAGCGUUGAGCCUCGCUUAAUCAAAGUGGAGCGCCCACUUUAUGGAGUGGAAGUAUUUGUUGGUGAAACAGCACGUUUUGAAAUCGAAAUUUCUGAGCCUGAUGUCCAUCCCAUAUGGAAGCUAAAGGACAAAACACUAACACCUUCACCUGACUGUGAAAUCAUUGAAGAUGGGAAGAAGCAUAUUCUUGUCCUUCAUAACUGCAAACUUGAUAUGACUGGAGAAGUAUCUUUCCAAGCUGCUAACGUUAAAAGUGCUGCUAAUCUGAAAGUGAAAGAAUUGCCUCUCAUCUUCAUCACUCCACUAAGUGAUGUGAAGGUCUUUGAGAAAGAUGAAGCCAAGUUUGAAUGUGAGACGUCCAGAGAACCUAAGACUUUCCACUGGUUGAAAGGAACAGAAGAGAUCACUCCAGAUGAAAGAUACGAAAUUAUUUCAGAUGGAACAAAGCACGCUCUGAUUAUUAAAUCUGCUGCCUUUGAGGAUGAAGCUAAAUACAUGUUUGAAGCUGAGGAUAAGAGAACAAGUGCCAAGCUAAUUAUUGAAGGUAUCCGCCUGAAAUUCAUUACUCCUCUCAAAGAUGUAACAAAAAAGGAGCGAGAAACUGCAGUGUUCACUGUGGAACUCUCUCACGAAAAUAUCACUGUUGUCUGGUUCAAGAAUGACCAGCGAUUACAUACCAGCAAAGUGGUUUCAAUGACAGAUGAUGGCAAAUUCCAUUCACUCACAAUCAAAGAUCUUACUAUUGAUGAUACUUCUCAGAUUAGAGUGGAAGCUAUGGACAAAUCAUCAGAAGCCAAACUUACUGUUCUUGAGGCAGACCCUUACUUCACUGGGAAGUUGCAGGAUUACACUGCUGUAGAGAAAGAUGAAGUAAUCUUACAAUGUGAAAUCAGCAAAGCAGAUGCUCCAGUGAAAUGGAUGAAGGAUGGCAAACCAAUUACUCCAUCAAAGAAUGUUGUUAUUAAGGCUGAUGGUAAAAAACGAAUCCUUAUCCUCAAGAAAGCAUUGAAGAAAGACAUUGGACAGUACACUUGUGACUGUGGUACUGAUCAAACCUCUGCAAAGCUCAAUAUUGAAGACCGAGAUAUUGAGAUUAUACGUCCACUAUACAGUGUGGAGGUGAUUGAGACAGAGACUGCCCGUUUUGAUAUUGAAAUCUCUGAGGAAGGUGUCCAUGGCAAUUGGAGGUUAAAAGGAGAACCUCUGACUGAAUCAGCUGAAUGUGAAAUCAAGGAGGAAGGCAAAAAGCACUUCCUUACACUGUACAAUGUACGCUUAGAUCAAGCUGGUGGAGUAGAUUUCCAAGCAGCAAAUGCCAAAUCUGGUGCUCACCUCCGAGUGAAACCUCGAGUAAUUGGCUUGCUGAGACCCCUCAAGGAUGUAACAGUGACAGCUGGGGAAUCAGCAACCUUUGACUGCGAACUCUCUUAUGAGGGAAUUCCAGUAGAGUGGUUCCUGAAAGGAAAGAAACUGGAGCCCGGUGAAAAGAUCAUGACACGUGCUGAAGGGAGAGUUCACACACUUAUUCUAAGAGAUGUCAAGUUAACAGAUGCAGGAGAGGUAUCACUGACAGCAAAAGAUUUCAGAACUCAAGCAAAUCUUUUUGUGAAAGAACCCCCAGUUGAAUUUACUAAACCACUUGAGGACCAGACUGUUGAAGAAGAGGCCACCGCAAUACUGGAAUGCGAAGUUUCCAGGGAAAAUGCAAAAGUUCAAUGGUUCAAAAAUGGUGAAGAAAUUCAUAAAACAAAGAAGUAUGAUAUAAUUUCUGAUGGCAGGGUCAGAAAGCUCAUUAUCCAUGGCUGCACACUGGAUGAUGCAAAAACAUACACUUGCAAAGUUAAGGAUUUUAAGACAUCCUGUUUCCUCAAUGUAGAACCUAUUCGUCUUGAGUUCCUGAAGCCCCUAACUGAUCUUGAAGUGAAAGAAAAAGAAUCUGCCCGGUUUGAAUGUGAAAUUUCCCGUCCAGGUGUCAAGGUGAAGUGGUUUAAAGAUGGCAUUGAAAUCAGAAAAGGCAAGAAGUAUGACAUCAUUUCCAAAGGAGCAGAACACAUUCUUGUUGUCAAUAAAUGUGCCUUCGAUGAUGAAGCUGAAUAUGCCUGUGAAGCAAAAACAGCUCGAACAUCAGGACUACUUACGGUGAUAGAGGAAGAGGCUGUUUUCACAAAAAAGCUUCCUGAUCUUGAAGUGAAUGAAAAUGACACUGUAAAAUUGAUCUGUGAAGUUUCAAAGCCUAAUGCUGAAGUUACUUGGUUUAAAGGAGAUGAGGAGGUGCCUGAUGGUGCUAGAUUUGAACAUAUUUCUGAUGGCCGAAAGAGAAUCCUUCUCAUACAUAAUGCUCAUCCUGAGGAUGCUGGCAAAUAUACUUGCAAGCUCCCAAGCUCUAGUACAACAGGAAAACUUACUGUACAUGAACUUACACCACAAUUUCUUACCAGACCACAAAAUCUUGAGGUUCUUGAAGGAGACAAAGCUGAAUUUGUCUGUUCAGUAUCCAAAGAGGUAAUUUCAGUACAGUGGCUGAGGGAUGACACAGUCCUGGAGCCUGGUGAUAAGUAUGACAUCAUUUCAGAUGGCAAAAAGAGAACACUUGUAGUUAAAGACUCUAUUCUAGGAGAUGCAGGAAAGUAUACUGUCACAGUUGGCGAAGCUAAAGCAACAGCACGUUUAACAGUGAUUGAAAAACUCAGGAUUAUAACUCCCCUUAAGGACCAAGAAGUUAGUGAGGGUCAAGAAAUUAUCUUCAAUUGUGAAGUCAAUAAAGAAGGUGCCAAAGAGAAGUGGUACAAAAAUGAUGAGGCAAUAUUUGAUAGUGCAAAAUACAUUAUUGUUCAUAAGGAUUUAGUUUACACUCUCAGAAUCAGAGAUGCACAGCUGAAAGAUCAAGCUACCUACACCAUUGCACUGUCAAACCAGAGAGGUGAACAUGUCAAAAGCUUUGCUGCCGUAACCGUAUUAGAGGAGGAUCUCAGAAUUGUUGAGCCCCUUGAAGAUAUUGAGACAAUGGAAAAGAAAACCGUCACAUUCUGGUGUAAAGUCAAUCGCCUUAAUGCAACCCUCAAAUGGACAAAGAAUGGUGAAGAGAUCACAUUCGACAGACGCAUUUUGUACAAAAUUGAUAAGUACAAACACUCACUCAUUAUUAAAGACUGUGGGUUUAUAGAUGAAGGCGAGUACACUGUCACUGCUGGACAAGACAAAUCCGUUGCAGAGCUUCUCAUCACAGAAGCACCAGCAGACUUCAUCGAACAUCUUCGGGACCAGACCGUCACAGAAUUUGAUGAUGCUGUCUUUACAUGCCAACUUUCCAAAGAGAAAGCCAGUGUAAGAUGGUACAGAAAUGGAAGAGAGAUAAAAGAAGGCAAAAAAUACCAGUUUGAAAAAGAUGGAAAUCUGCACAGAUUAAUCAUUAAAGACUGCAGACUAGAUGAUGAGUGUGAAUAUUCCUGUGGCGUAGAUGACAGGAAAUCUAGGGCAAGACUUUUUGUUGAAGAAAUCCCUGUUGAGAUCAUCCGACCACCACAAGAUAUUUAUGAACCUCCUGGUACAGAUGUCAUCUUCAUGGCUGAGUUGAACAAAGAUGGUGUGGAGGUCAAGUGGUUGAGAAACAACAUGAUUAUUGUCCAAGGUGACAAACAUCAGAUGAUGAGUGAAGGAAAGGUCCACAGGCUGCAGGUGUGCGAUAUAAAGCCCCGCGACCAAGGAGAAUACAGAUUUAUUGCCAAAGAUAAGGAAGCUAGAGCUAAGCUUGAACUAGCUGCUGCACCCAGAAUCAAGACUGGUGAUCAAAACCUUGUAGUUGAUGUUGGGAAGCCUUUAACUAUGACUGUUCCAUAUGAUGCCUACCCAAGAGCAGAAGCUGAAUGGUUGAAAGGGGAGGAAAAUCUGCCCACAACAACUGUUGAUACGACAAAUGACUGUACUACUUUCAAAAUUUAUGAAGCAAAGAAAUCAGAUAAGGGGAGGUACAAGGUUAUACUUCGAAACAAACAUGGCCAGGCAGAAGCAUUCAUCAACGUAGAGGUCAUUGAUGUUCCAGGUCCAGUUAGAAACUUGGAAGUCACUGAAACUUAUGAUGGUGAAGUUGGCCUUGCCUGGCAAGAACCAGAAAGUGAUGGUGGAAGUAAAAUAAUAGGCUAUGUUGUUGAAAGACGUGAUAUCAAGCGCAAAACUUGGAUUAUGGUCACUGACCGUGCCGAAAAUUGUGAAUACACUGUUACUGGACUACAAAAAGGAGGUGUUGAGUACCUCUUCCGUGUUAGCGCAAGGAACAGGGUGGGCACUGGUGAGCCCGUGGAAACAGAUACACCUGUGGAAGCUAAGAGCAAAUUUGAAGUUCCUGGACCUCCUCAGAAUGUAGAAGUUACUGAUGUGAACAGGUUUGGAGCUACACUUACCUGGGAACCACCUGAGUAUGAUGGAGGAUCUCCAAUUACUGGCUACGUUAUUGAACUGCGUAACAGAGCUUCCAUCAAAUGGGAGCCAACUAUGACCACUGGAGCUGAUGAACUGUCAGCCGUCCUGACUGAUGUUGUGGAAAAUGAAGAAUAUUUCUUCAGAGUAAGAGCUCAAAACAUGGUUGGAGUUGGCAAACCAAGUCCUGCUACACGUGCAGUAAAAAUUAUGGACCCAAUCAAGAGACCAAGUCCUCCCAUUAACCUUGAUCAUUCAGAUCAAACUAAGUCAUCAGUGCAGCUCACAUGGGAACCUCCUCUCGACGAUGGAGGAAGUCCAGUCUUAGGCUAUAUUGUUGAAAGGCAAGAAGAAGGUACAGACAAGUGGAUUCGCUGUAACCCAAAAUUAGUACCUGCUCUUACUUUUAAGGUUACUGGAUUGAAACCAGGAUCCAGUUAUUACUACAGAGUCUCAGCAGAAAAUGCAGCUGGUGUGUCAGACCCAGCAGAGGCUAUUGGACCAUUAACUGCAGAUGAUACUUUUGUUGGACCUACAAUGGACCUAAGUGCAUUCAAAGAUGGGCUGGAAGUUAUUGUUCCGGAGCCAAUCAAGAUCCGUGCUCCUAUCACUGGCUACCCUGUGCCAACUGCCACAUGGUCUUUUGGUGACCAAGUCUUAGAAGAGGGUGAUCGUGUAACAAUGAAAACAACUGCCUCCUUUGCAGAACUUGUAAUUACUCCAAGUGAACGUCCAGACAAGGGAAUUUAUUCCUUAACGUUAGAAAACCCUGUGUCAUCUGUUUCAGGAGAAAUUAACGUUAAUGUCAUCGCUCGUCCAAGUGCACCAAGAGAACUCAAAGUUUUAGACGUAAGCAGGAACACAGUACAGUUGUCAUGGGAACCUCCAGAGGAUGAUGGUGGAAGUCCAGUUACUGGCUAUAUAAUUGAAAAACGUGAAGUAAGCCGGAAAACAUGGAGCAAAGUUAGGGAUCAGGUUGUUGACCAAGAGUUCACUGUACCUGACCUCAUCCAAGGAAAAGAAUAUUUGUUCAGAGUUUCUGCAUGCAAUAAAUGUGGCCCAGGAGAACCUGCAUAUAUUGAUGAACCAGUAAAUAUGUCAGCACCAGCAACGGUGCCUGAUCCACCAGAGAAUGUUAAAUGGAGGAACCCAACAUCAAAAGGAAUCUUCCUAACAUGGGAGCCUCCUAAAUAUGAUGGUGGUGCCCGCAUUAAAGGUUAUCUGGUAGAAAAAUCUCAGCGUGGUACAGACAAGUGGGAGACUUGUGGGGAACCUGUUGUUGAAACAAAGAUGGAAGUAACAAAACUCAAGGAAGGAGAGUGGUAUGCAUAUCGGGUUAAGGCUUUGAACAGAAUAGGAGCGAGCAAGCCAAGUAAACCAACAGAUGAUAUUCAAGCCAUUGAUGCAAAAGAGGCUCCAGAAAUUUUCUUAGAUGUGAAGCUUCUUGCUGGACUUACAGUGAAAGCUGGAACUAAAAUUGAGCUGCCAGCUAAAGUGGUUGGAAAGCCUGAGCCCCAGAUUACUUGGACCAAGGCUGACAAAAUUUUGAGGCCUGAUGACAGAAUCACCAUUGAAACCAAACCUAAUCAUUCUACAGUCACAAUUACAGACAGCAAGAGGAGUGACAGUGGAACCUAUAUUAUAGAAGCUGUAAAUACCAGUGGACGUGCUACUGCUGUUGUUGAAGUUAAUGUUCUUGAUAAACCUGGGCCACCAGCUGCAUUUGAUGUAUCAGAAAUCACAAAUGAAUCCUGUCUUCUGACAUGGAAUCCUCCACGAGAUGAUGGGGGUUCUAAAAUUACCAACUAUGUCCUUGAGAAAAGAGCUACAGACAGUGAAAUAUGGCACAAGUUGUCAUCAACUAUAAAGGAUACAAAUUUCAGAGCUACCAAUUUAACUCCUCGUAAAGAAUAUGUGUUCCGAGUCAGUGCCGAGAACAUGUAUGGUAUUGGGGAGCCAGUAGAGUGUAGCCCCAUCAUUGCAAAAUAUUCAUUUGAUCCACCAGGCCCUCCAACAGGUCUCAAGCCUACAGAAGUCACUAAAGACUCAGUCACCCUAACAUGGAAUGAACCAGAUGAAGAUGGUGGUAGCCCCAUAACUGGCUACUGGGUUGAAAGAUAUGAUCCUGAGCAGGAUAAAUGGAUAAAAUGCAAUAAAAUGCCAGUGAAAGAUACAGCAUUCAAGGUUAAAGGUCUUACGAAUAAGAAGAAAUAUAAGUUCCGUGUCUUGGCAGAGAAUCUUGCAGGACCUGGAAAACCAAGCAAGGAAACAGAGCCAAUCUUAGUGAAAGACCCAAUUGAUCCACCAUGGCCUCCUGGAAAGCCAACUGUGAAAGAUGUUGGCAAGACAUCAUUAUCCCUUAGCUGGACAAAACCAGAACAUGAUGGAGGGGCAAAGAUCGAAUCUUAUGUCAUUGAACUAUUAAAGACUGGAACAGAUGAGUGGGUGAGAGUGGCUGAAGGAGUUCCCACAACUGAACACUUCCUUAAAGGGCUUAUGGAGAAACAAGAAUAUUCAUUCCGUGUAAGAGCUGUGAAUAAGGCUGGCGAGAGUGAGCCCAGUGAACCCAGUGACCCUGUGCUGUGCAAGGAGAGGCUCUAUCCUCCUUCACCACCUCGGUGGCUUGAGGUUAUUAAUAUUACUAAAAACACAGCAGAUCUUAAAUGGACAGUACCAGAGAAGGAUGGAGGUUCCCCAAUUACCAACUACAUUGUUGAAAAGAGAGAUGUAAGACGUAAAGGCUGGCAGACAGUUGAUACAACAGUGAAAGAUACCAAGUACACAGUGAGCCCACUGACUGAAGGCUCAUUGUAUGUGUUCCGUGUGGCUGCUGAAAAUGCCAUUGGACAGAGUGACUAUUGUGAAAUAGAAGAUUCAGUGCUUGCUAAAGAUACUUUCACAACUCCUGGGCCUCCUUAUGCACUUACAAUAGUUGAAGUGACAAAAGGUCAUGUGGAUUUGAAAUGGGAACCACCUAAGAAUGAUGGUGGCAGACCAAUUCAAAGAUAUAUUAUUGAAAAGAAAGAAAAACUAGCCACUCGCUGGGUAAAAGCUGGCAAGACAGCUGGUCCAGACUGCAAUUUCAGAGUGACUGAUGUCAUCGAAGGUACAGAUGUACAGUUCCAGGUUCGUGCAGAAAAUGAAGCUGGCUGUGGUCAUCCCAGUGAACCAACUGACCUCAUUCAUAUUGAAGAUCCAACAAGUCCUCCUUCACCUCCUCAGGAUUUACAUGUCACAGAUGCAGGUCGAAAGCAUAUUUGCAUUGCAUGGAAACCACCUGAGAAGAAUGGUGGAAGCCCUAUUAUUGGGUAUAAUGUUGAGAUGUGCGAAGCAGGAACAGAAAAAUGGAUGCGGAUCAAUUCUCGUCCAAUAAAAGAUCUAAAAUGUAAAGUGGAGGAAGGUGUUGUUCCAGACAAAGAGUAUGUGCUGAGAGUCAGAGCAGUCAAUGCUGUUGGAGCUAGUGAGCCAUCAGACGUCUCAGAAAAAGUUGUUGCCAAGGACCCAGACUGUAAUCCCACCAUUGAUCUACAAACUCGUGACAUUGUUGUUGUUAAAGGACAGAAAUUAAGUAUUCCUGUACCCUUUAGAGCUGUUCCAUCACCAACUAUUACAUGGCACAAAGAUGGCAAAGAGUUGAAAGCUGGUGACAGAACAACAAUGAAGAGCGAUUACACCUCUGCAUUGCUUGAAGUCAUAGACAGUGUUCAUGCUGAUGCUGGUGUUUAUACCAUCACAUUGGAGAACAAGCUGGCAUCAACGACUGGUUCAGUCAAUGUCAAAGUCAUAGGACCACCUGGACAGUGUAAAGACAUCAAGGCAAGUGAAGUAACUAAGAAUUCUUGCAAAAUAUCCUGGGAACCUCCAGACUUUGAUGGUGGCACUCCUAUUCUGCAUUAUGUUCUGGAGCGCAGAGAAGCUGGUCGUAGAACAUAUAUCCCAGUUAUGUCUGGUGAAAAUAAGCUUUCAUGGCAAGUCAAAGAUCUUAUCCCAAACAGUGAAUAUUAUUUCCGUGUUAAAGCUGUCAAUAAGAUUGGAGGAGGUGAAUAUCUUGAACUAAGAAACCCAAUCAUUGCAGAAGACCCGAAACAGCCCCCAGAUCCUCCUGUUGACCUUGAAGUCCAUAAUCCAACAUCAAAAUCAGUAACACUUACAUGGAAACCACCCCUGUUUGAUGGCGGAAGCAAGAUUAUGGGCUACAUAAUAGAAAAGCUCGCUAAGGGCAAGGAGAGGUGGGAGAGGUGCAAUGACUAUCUGGUACCUCUCUUAACUUAUCCAGUGAAAGGUCUUGAGGAAGGAAAGGAAUAUCAGUUUCGUGUUCGUGCUGAGAAUGCUGCUGGCAUUAGUGAGCCUUCUCGGAUUACUCCUUUUGUGAAAGCCGUGGAUCCUAUUGAGGCUCCAAAAGUCUUCCUAGCUGCAAACCUACAGUCUGGCCUUGAGGUGAAAAGAGGUGAUGAGAUCAUACUUGAGGCACAUAUUUCAGGGUCACCUUAUCCAUCUAUCACUUGGCUGAGGAAUGAUGAAGUUGUCACACCAGAGGAAAUCAAAAAGAGAGUACCAACAUAUACAAGGAAGAAGAAGGAUGAAGCUGAAGAAGAGAAACCUUUCCAGCUUUCACUGCCAGAACGUAUGAGUAUUGACAACCAUAAAGAAGGAGAGUCUAUACUAUCAAUUCGUGACUCCAUCAGAGCUGACCAUGGCACAUUUACAAUUAAAGUGGAAAAUGAUCACGGUGUUGCAAAAGCCUCAUGUGAAGUCAAUGUUUUAGAUACACCUGGGCCUCCAAUCAACUUUGUAUUUGAAGAUGUCAGGAAAGAUUCUGUCAUUUGCAAGUGGGAGCCUCCCAUUGAUGAUGGCGGAAGUGAAAUCCUAAACUAUGUACUGGAAAAGAAAGACAAUACCAAAGCUGAAAUGGGCUGGGUCACUGUCAGUUCAACACUCAGGCAUUGCAAAUUCCAUGUAACAAAACUGAUUGAAGGAAAAGAAUAUCUCUUCCGUGUAUUUGCUGAAAAUAGAGUUGGAUCAGGGCCACCAUGUGUUUCAAAACCAAUGACAGCAAAAGAUCCUUUCUCUCCACCAGACCCACCUAAUAAGCCUGAUGUGGAGGAUGUUACCAGCAACAGUAUGUUGGUUAAAUGGAAUGAACCAAAAGACAAUGGCAGCCCAAUCAUAGGAUAUUGGAUUGAAAAACGUGAAAUUAAUAGUACUCAUUGGGCUCGGGUCAACAGGAGCCUUGUGAACGCUCUGGAAAUAAAAGUUGACGGACUGUUGGAAGGUUUAACCUACAUCUUUAGAGUAUGUGCUGAAAAUGCAGCUGGUCCUGGGAAAUUUAGUCCCCCGUCAGAUCCAAAAACUGCACAGGACCCAAUAAUGCCACCUGGUCCACCAGUUCCAAGGGUUGCUGAUACAAGCUCAACUUCUAUUGAGUUAGAAUGGGAGCCUCCUGCGUAUAAUGGUGGUGGAGAUAUCACCGGUUACCAUGUAUAUAAACAACUGGUGGGAGUAAACGAGUGGUCACGUUGCACAGAGAAACCCAUUAAGGUCCGACAGUAUACUGUUAAAGAAGUCAGAGAAGGUGCAGACUAUAAACUUCGUGUUACUGCACUUAAUGCAGCUGGUGAAGGACCCCCUGGUGAAACCGAACCCACAACAGUUGCAGAACCUAAAGAGCCUCCCACAGUUGAGCUGGAUGUUUCUGUCAAAGCAGGUAUUCAGGUCAUGGCUGGACAAACUAUUAAAAUUCCUGCUACUGUGACAGGACGUCCUACUCCCACCAUUGUAUGGGCUAUGGAAGAGGGUGAAUUAGACAAAGAUCGAGUUGUUAUUGAAAAUGUCGGCACAAAAUCUGAAUUAACCAUUAAGAAUGCAUUAAGAAAAGACCAUGGAAGAUACGUAAUUACUGCUACCAAUAGCAGUGGCUCCAAAUCUGCAGGAACCAGAGUAGAAGUAUUUGAUGUUCCUGGGCCAGUCCUUGACCUAAAGCCAGUGGUCACAAACAGAAAGAUGUGUUUGCUGAACUGGUCUGAUCCUGAAGAUGAUGGUGGCAGUGAUAUCACUGGCUUUAUUGUUGAGCGGAAGGAUGCCAAAAUGCAUACAUGGAGACUAGCUGUAGACACAGAGAGAUCUAAAUGUGAUAUAACAGGUUUAGUUGAAGGGCAAGAAUAUAAAUUCCGUGUUAGUGCCAAGAAUAAGUUUGGUACUGGUCCACCUGUUGAAAUAGGACCUAUUCUCGCAGUUGAUCCAUUAGGUCCUCCAACAGCACCUGAGAGGUUUAUGUACACAGAGAGAACAAAGUCAAGCAUUACACUUGAUUGGAAACCUCCACGUAGUGAUGGUGGCAGUCCAGUCUUAGGAUAUAUUGUUGAAAAGAGGAGACAUGAUUCUAAAGACUAUGAAAGAGUUAAUGCAAGGCUCUGUCCAACAACAUCUCUUCUUGUUGAUAAACUUGACGAACUUCAUAUGUAUGAAUUCCGUGUCAAAGCUGUCAAUGCUAUUGGAGAAAGUGAACCAUCAUUGCCUCUCAAUGUAGUUAUACAAGAUGAUGAAGUACCUCCAAGUGUUACAUUACGCUUGGCUGUGAGAGGAGAUACUAUCAAAGUGAAGGCAGGAGAACCAGUUAAUAUUCCUGCUGAUGUGACAGGUCUGCCAAUGCCAAAGAUUGAAUGGGACAAGAAUGAAGUUUUAAUUGACCAGACAUCUGAUGCACUUAAGAUAACCAAGGAAGAAGUAUCUAGAAGUGAGGCAAAAACUGAACUUAUCCUGCCUGCAGCAGUGAGGGCUGAUAAAGGCACUUACACUGUGAGAGCUUCCAAUCGUCUUGGCACUGCAUUUCGCAAUGUGCAUGUUGAAGUGUAUGAUCGUCCUUCUCCACCAAGAAAUCUUGCUGUUUCUGAUAUUAAAGCAGACUCAUGCUAUUUAACAUGGGAUGCACCUCUUGAUAAUGGUGGUAGUGAAAUUACUCAUUACAUUAUUGAGAAACGUGAUGCUAGUAGGAAGAAAGCCGAGUGGGAAGAAGUCUCCAAAAGUGUUGUUGACAGAAGAUUUGGGGUAUGGAAUCUUGCAACAAAUGAAAAAUAUCAAUUUAGAGUCCAGGCUGUAAACAAAUACGGAAUAAGUGAUGAAUGCCUCUCAGAAAAAGUUGUUAUUAAGGAUCCCUAUGGCCUUCCUGGACCCCCUGGCAAGCCAAAAAUUUUAGAUCGCACCAGAUCAUCAAUGCUGGUGACUUGGGAGCCUCCUUUGAAUGAUGGUGGCAGCCCAAUAACUGGCUAUUGGUUGGAGAAAAGAGAGGUGGGAGGUGUCUACUGGUCACGUGUUAACAGGGCUCCAGUAACAAAGCCAUCAGUAAAAGGUCUACAGUACAAUGUGCUUCGUUUGGCUGAAGGUGUUGAAUACCAGUUUAGAGUUAUGGCUGAAAAUCUUGCUGGAAUUGGUCCUCCCAGUGAACCAUCAGAUCCUGCUUUAGCAGCAGAUCCCAUAUUUGUUCCUGGUCCACCAUCUUGCCCAGAGAUCAAAGAUAAAACCAAAUCAUCUGUAGCUCUUGCAUGGAAGCCUCCACAAAAGGAUGGUGGCAGUCCUAUAAAAGGAUAUAUUGUUGAAAUGCAAGAUGAAGGUAGUUCUGACUGGAAGAAGGUGAAUGAAGGAGACAAACUCUUUCCUACUUGUGAAUGUGUUAUUCCCAACUUGAAAGAGCUCAGAAAAUAUCGAUUUAGGGUGAAAGCUGUAAAUGCUGCUGGAGAAUCAGAACCAAGUCCUGCAACAUCAGAAAUACCUGUCCAAGAUAUUCUAGAGGAACCAGAAAUCUUCCUUGAUAUUGGAGCACAGGAUUUUCUCUCUUGUCGUGCUGGCACAACAAUUAAAAUCCCAGCUGUUAUCAAGGGUCGUCCAGUUCCAAAAACAUUUUGGGAGUUUGAAGGAAAAGCAAAGACAAUAGCAAAGGAGGGUGGUCAUAAUAUACCUGAAGAAGCUCAGGUGGAAGCAACUGAAACACGUUCAGCGAUUAUCAUCCCUGAGUGCAACAGAAGUCAUUCUGGACGAUACAGUAUUACAGCAAAGAACAAAGCAGGACAAAAAACUGUGCAUGUCAGAGUCAAUGUGCUUGAUGUCCCAGGCCCACCAAAAGACCUAAAAGUAAGUGAUAUCACAAGAGGUAGUUGUAAACUUUCAUGGAAGAUGCCAGAUGAUGAUGGUGGAGAUAGAAUCAGAGGCUAUGUUAUAGAGAAAAGAACUAUUGAUGGGAAGGCCUGGACUAAAGUCAAUGCAAACUGUGGAAGUACUUCCUUUGUUGUACCUGAUCUCAUAUCUGGCCAAGAGUAUUUCUUCCGGGUGCGUGCAGAAAACCGUUUUGGUGUUGGCCCUCCUGCAGAAACCAUUCAACGGACCACAGCCAGGGAUCCAAUCCAUCCUCCUGAUCCACCUAUUAAACUAAAGAUUGGCCUUGUAACCAAGAACACAGUGAGUUUGACAUGGAAACCACCAAAGAAUGAUGGUGGGGCUCCUGUUACACAUUAUAAUGUUGAAUGUCUCCGCUGGGAUCGUACGGGAGAAGUGAAGGAGACUUGGAAGCAAUGCAACAGACGUGACGUGGAAGAAACAAAAUUUACUGUUGAGGAUCUUGUCGAAGGUGGAGAAUAUGAAUUCAGAGUCAAAGCUGUAAAUAUAGCAGGUCCUAGUAGGCCUUCAGCCACUGUUGGCCCACUUGUUGUCAAAGACCAGACUUGCCCACCAUCUAUUGAACUCAAAGAAUUCAUGGAGGUUGAAGAAGGAACAGAUGUCAACAUUGUGGCCAAGAUAAAGGGUGUACCCUUCCCCACAUUAACAUGGCUAAAAGCUUCUCCAAAGAAACCAGAUGACAAAACACCAGUGAUGUAUGAUCAACAUGUCAACAAGAUUGUUGGUGAAGAUAGCUGCACUUUAUUAAUUCAACAGUCUCGCAGGAAUGAUACAGGCUUAUAUACUAUAACAGCUGUAAAUAAUCUGGGAACUGCUUCAAAGGAGAUGAGACUAAACGUUCUGGGCCGUCCUGGACCUCCAGUGGGACCUAUUAAAUUUGAAUCAAUUUUGGCUGAUAAAAUGACAAUAUCAUGGCUUCCUCCAUUAGAUGAUGGUGGUUCUAAGAUUACAAACUAUGUUAUAGAGAAAAAAGAAGCAAAUAGGAAGACAUGGGUACCUGUUACUAAUGAGCCUAAGGAAUGCAUAUUCACUGUUCCCAAGUUGAUGGAAGGCCAUGAAUAUGUGUUCCGCAUUAUGGCGCAAAACAAAUAUGGUAUUGGAGAACCUUUGGAUAGUGAACCAGAAACAGCACGAAACCUUUUCACUGUUCCUGGACCUUGUGACAAGCCAACAGUAAGCAGUAUAACACGUGACUCAAUGACUGUAAACUGGGAAGAACCAGAACACGAUGGUGGCUCUCCUAUUACUGGUUACUGGUUGGAGCGCAAAGAGACUAGUGGAAAGAGAUGGACCAGGGUUAAUCGUGAUCCUAUCAAACCUAUGACACUAGGAGUUUCAUACAAAGUUACAGGUCUUAUUGAAGGCUCAGAAUAUCAGUUCCGUGUUUCAGCUAUCAAUGCAGCUGGUGUUGGUCCACCAAGCAUGCCGUCUGAUCCAGCAGUUGCUAGAGAUCCUAUUGCCCCGCCUGGCCCUCCUAUUCCAAAAGUUACUGAUUGGACAAAGUCUUCUGUGGAUUUGGAAUGGUCUCCACCACUAAAGGAUGGUGGUUCCAGGGUCACUGGCUACAUUGUUGAGUAUAAAGAGGAAGGAAAGGAAGAAUGGGAACGGGUAAAAGAUAAAGAAAUUAGAGGAACAAAGUUCGUUGUGGCAGGAUUAAAAGAAGGAUGUUUUUACAAAUUUAGAGUUAGAGCAGUGAAUGCUGCUGGCAUUGGAGAGCCUGGAGAAGUUACAGACAUUAUCGAAAUGAAGGACAGAAUUGUGGCUCCUGAUAUUAAUUUGGAUGCAAGUGUCAGGGACAGAAUUGUUGUUCAUGCUGGAGGAGUAAUUCGAAUCAUAGCAUAUGUCUCAGGAAAACCAACUCCAACAGUGACCUGGAGUAGGGAUGACCAAGCUUUACCAGAAGAAGCCAAAAUUGAAGAGACAGCUAUUAGUUCUUCUUUGGUUAUCAAGAACUGCAAGAGGAGCCAUCAGGGUCUAUACACUUUACUUGCUAAAAAUGCCGGUGGUGAGCGGAAGAAGACUAUUAUUGUUGAUGUGCUAGAUGUGCCAGGCCCAGUUGGAAUGCCAUUCCUUACUGAGAACCUGACCAAUGACUCUUGCAAAUUGACAUGGUUUACUCCAGAAGAUGAUGGUGGUUCUCCUAUUACCAACUAUAUAAUUGAAAAACGUGAAUCUGACCAUAGAGCUUGGACUCCAGUAAGCUACACAGUUACAAGACAAAAUGCUACUGUUCAGGGACUCACUGAAGGGAAAGCUUACUUUUUCCGAAUUGCAGCAGAGAAUAUAAUUGGCAUGGGUCCAUUCACAGAGACUACCAAAGAAAUUGUUAUUAGAUCUCCUAUAACUGUUCCUGACCGUCCAGAAGACCUGGAAGUAAAAGCAGUUACCAAGAACUCUGUUACAUUAACUUGGAAUCCUCCAAAAUAUGAUGGAGGCUCAGAAAUCACCAUGUAUGUUCUAGAGAGCCGUCUCAUUGGAAAAGAGAAAUUCCACAAAGUUACAAAGGAGAAAAUGCUUGAUAGGAAAUACACUGUAGAAGGCUUGAAAGAGGGUGACACCUAUGAGUAUCGUGUGAGUGCUUGCAAUAUUGUGGGGCAAGGCAAACCAUCAUUUUGCACAAAACCAAUCACCUGCAAGGAUGAAAUUGCUCCUCCAUCACUUGACCUUGACUUCAGAGACAAGCUUAUUGUUAGGGUUGGUGAAGCUUUCAGCCUGACUGGACGUUACUCAGGCAAGCCCACACCAAAGGUUACUUGGCUAAAGGAUGAUAUUGUUGUAAAAGAAGAUGACCGUACAAAGAUCAAGACAACUCCUACAACUCUUUGCCUGGGGAUAGUAAAAUCUGUCCGUGAAGACUCAGGCAAAUACUGUGUUACUGUGGAGAACAGCACAGGAUCAAGAAAAGGAUUUUGUCAAGUUAAUGUUGUUGAUCGUCCAUCACCUCCAGUAGGCCCAGUUAUAUUCAAUGAAGUUCAUAAAGAUCACAUGAUAGUUUCCUGGAAACCUCCAUUAGAUGAUGGAGGCAGUGAAAUUACAAAUUACAUUAUUGAGAAGAAGGAUACACACAGAGAUUUGUGGAUGCCAGUUACCUCAGCCACAGUAAAGACCACAUGCAAAAUUCCGAAGCUGCUUGAAGGAAGAGAAUAUCAAAUAAGAAUUUAUGCUGAAAAUCUUUACGGCAUAAGUGAUCCUCUCAUCUCUGAUGAGAUGAAAGCCAAGGACCGUUUCCGUGUUCCUGAUGCACCUGAGCAACCAAUCAUUAAGGAUGUUACCAAAGACUCUGCAGUAGUGGUUUGGAAUAAACCGUAUGAUGGAGGCAAGCCAAUAACAAACUAUAUUGUAGAAAAGAAGGAAACAAUGGCUCCAAGAUGGGUUAGAGUUACCAAAGACCCAAUUUUCCCCGGUACUCAGUUCAAAGUACCUGACCUCCUUGAAGGCUGUCAGUAUGAAUUCCGUGUUUCAGCAGAAAAUGAAAUUGGUGUUGGUGAUCCUAGUCCACCAUCAAAACCAAUUUUUGCUAGAGAUCCAAUCGCAAAGCCAAGUCCACCCAUUAAUCCGGAAGCAGUAGAUAAAACUAAAAAUUCAGUUGAUUUAUCUUGGCAACCUCCACGUCAUGAUGGUAAUGGCAAGAUAAUUGGCUACCUUGUUGAAUAUCAGAAGGUUGGAGAUGAGGAAUGGAAAAAGGCUAAUCUUACAGCAGAUUCUUGUCCUGAAACAAAAUACAAAGUCACUGGCCUUACUGAGGGUUUGACCUAUAAAUUCAGGGUCAAGGCAGUCAAUGCAGCAGGUGAAUCUGAACCAGCCUAUGUUCCUGAUCCAGUAGAAGUAAAGGACAGACUUGAACCUCCUGAGCUGAUACUUGAUGCUAACAUGGCCCGAGAACAGCAUGUAAAAGCUGGAGAUACCCUGAGGCUUAGUGCUGUUAUUAAAGGUGUUCCAUUCCCAAAAGUCACAUGGAAGAAAGAGGAUCAUGAGGUCUCACCCAAAGCUGAUAUUGAGGUUACAGGAGUUGGCAGUAAGCUUGAAAUUCGUAACACUGUCCAUGAAGAUGGUGGAAUUUACUCCUUGACAGUUGAAAAUCCAGCUGGUUCAAAGACAGUUUCAGUAAAAGUUGUGGUCUUAGAUAAGCCUGGUCCACCCAGAAAUCUGCAAGUCAGUGAAGUUAGAAGCGAUUCUUGCUAUCUCACAUGGAUGGAACCAGAAGAUGAUGGUGGCUCUGUCAUUACCAACUAUGUGGUGGAAAGGAAAGAUGUAGCUUCUGCACAAUGGGUAGCCAUCUCAUCAUCCUCCAAGAAACGUAGUCACUUGGCUAAAUAUCUGAUGGAAGGCACUCAGUAUGUCUUCCGAGUUGCAGCUGAGAAUCAGUAUGGUAGAGGUCCAUAUGUGGAAACGCUCAAGCCUAUUAAAGCUAUAGAUCCACUGCAUCCUCCAGGGCCACCAAAGAAUCUGCAUCAUGUAGAUGUUGACAAAACUGAAGUUUCCCUUGUUUGGAAUAAACCAGAUCGUGAUGGUGGUGCUGAGAUAACUGGAUAUUUGGUGGAAUAUCAAGAAGAUGGUGCAGAUGAGUGGACAAAGUUCCAGACAGUCCCUAUGCUAGACUGUGUUGUUACAGGCCUACAAAAAGGAAAAAUAUACAAAUUCCGUGUGAAAGCUCAGAAUAUUGUUGGUCUUAGCCUUCCAGAUACAACUAUACCAAUAGAGUGUCAAGAAAAAUUGGUACCUCCAUCUGUGGACCUAGAUGUGAAAUUAAUUGAAGGUCUUGUUGUUAAAGCUGGCACCACAGUAAGACUUCCUGCGAUUAUGAGAGGUGUGCCAGUUCCCACUGCAAAAUGGGUUACUGAUGGCAUUGAAAUUAAACCAGAUGGCAGAUACAGGAUUGAGACUGACAAUUAUUCGACUGUACUUACCAUCAAAGACUGUAUAAGGAAAGAUACAGGAGAGUAUCUACUCACAGUAUCUAAUGCAGCUGGCAGCAAAACUGUUGCUCUACAUCUUACAGUUUUGGAUGUUCCUGGCCCACCAACUGGUCCUGUUAAUAUUCUUGAAGUAACACCAGAACAUAUGGUUAUUUCUUGGCGCCCUCCUAAAGAUGAUGGUGGGAGUCCUAUAAUAAAUUAUAUUGUUGAGAAGCGUCAAUCAAAGAAAGAAACUUGGGGAGUGGUUAGCUCUGGAACAAGUCACACAAAAAUUAAGAUUCCACGACUGCAGAAAGGCUGUGAAUAUAUUUUCCGUGUCCGGGCAGAAAAUAAGAUAGGCAUUGGUGCACCCCUUGAUUCAGAACCAACAGUUGCUAAACAUAUGUUUGAUCCACCAUCCCCACCUGGUAAACCAACUGUUUAUGAUAUUACAGAAAAUGCUGCAACAGUGUCUUGGACCCUACCAAAAUCCGAUGGUGGAACUCCAAUAACUGGUUAUAUACUUGAACGUCGGGAAGCAUCUGGUAAAUGGGUGCGUGUCAAUAAGGCACCAAUACUUGAUAUGAAAUACAGAGUCACUGGUCUUUUUGAAGGCAACACGUAUGAAUUCAGAGUUUUUGCAGAAAAUAUGGUGGGCUUAAGCAAACCAUCUCCAAGCUCUGAUCCAAUAAAAGCCUCACGUCCUAUCACUCCUCCUGGACCACCUAUUAAUCCAAAACUAAAAGACAAAACCAAAGAAACAGCUGAUCUUGUGUGGACAAAGCCCCUCAAAGAUGGUGGCAGCCCGAUCCUGGGAUACAUUGUGGAAUGUCAGAAGACUGGAACUACUCAGUGGAAUAGGAUCAAUAAAGAUGAACUCAUUAGACAAUGUGCUUUCAGAGUACCUGGGUUAAUAGAAGGAAAUGAAUAUAAAUUCCGAAUAAAAGCUGUCAACAUUGUGGGAGAGGGAGAACCAAGAGAACUGGCAGAAACUGUACUUGCAAAGGAUAUUCUUUCUCCUCCAGAAGUAAGCCUAGAUGUGACCUGUCGAGAUAUAAUUACUGUUCGAGUAGGCCAAACAAUCCGUAUUACUGGUAAAGUAAAAGGCAGGCCAGAUCCUGACAUAACAUGGUCUAAAGAUGGCAAAAUAUUAGUUCAAGAAAAACGUGUUGAGAUACUCCAAGAUCUACCUAAUGUUGAACUACAAGUGAAAGAAGCCAAAAGAUCUGAUCAUGGCAAAUAUAUAAUAGCAGCUAAGAACAGCUGUGGACAUGCUCAAGCUUUUGCUGUUGUUAAUGUGCUUGACAGACCUGGACCAUGUCAGAACCUGAAAAUAAGCUAUGUCACAAAAGAUUCUUGUAUGAUCGCUUGGGAGAGUCCAGUGGAUAAUGGUGGCUCUGAAAUUACAAAUUACAUAGUAGAGUGCCGUCAACCAAACCAGAGGGGGUGGUCAAUUGUAUCCUCUGAUAUCACUAAGCGAUUAAUAAAGGCAAACCUGAUAGAGAACCGUGAAUACUUCUUUAGGGUUUGUGCAGAAAACAAAAUAGGUCCAGGUCCUUCCAUUGAGACCAAGACUCCUAUCCUUGCCAUCAAUCCUAUUGACAAGCCUGGAGAACCAGAAAAUCUUCACAUUGCAGAGAAAGGAAAGACAUUUGUUUAUCUGAAAUGGAGAAGGCCAGAUUAUGAUGGUGGCAGUCCCAAUUUAAGUUAUCAUGUUGAGAGAAAACUGAAAGAUUCAGAUGAAUGGGAAAGGGUUCACAAAGGCAGCAUUAAGGAAACACACUACAUGGUAGAUAAAUGUAUUGAAAAUAAGAUUUACGAAUUCAGAGUUCAAACCAAGAACGAGGCAGGUGAAAGUAACUGGGUAAAAACAGGUGAAGUUGUUGUGAAAGAAGAUCUGCAGAAACCAGUUCUAGACUUAAAGUUAAGCGGUGUGCUAACUGUAAAAGCAGGUGACACAAUUAGAAUUGAGGCUGGAGUCAGAGGAAAACCACAGCCUGAAGUUGUAUGGACAAAAGACAAAGAUGCCACAGAUCUAACUAGAUCUCCAAGAGUCAGCAUUGAAACAACUUCUGACACAUCUAAAUUUGUUCUCACAAAAUCAAGGCGUAGUGAUGGUGGGAAAUAUGUGAUCACUGCAACUAACACAGCUGGUAGUUUCGUAGCAUACGCUACUGUUAUUGUCUUGGAUAAACCAGGUCCUGUAAGAAACUUGAAAGUCACUGACAUUUCAAGUGAUAGAUGUACUGUUACUUGGGACCCUCCAGAAGAUGAUGGUGGUUGUGAAAUACAGAACUAUAUCCUGGAAAAAUGUGAAAGCAAGCGUAUGGUUUGGUCUACAUACUCUUCCUCUGUUUUAACAAACUAUGCGAAUGUGACACGGCUUAUUGAAGGUAAUGAAUAUAUAUUUAGAGUUCGUGCAGAGAAUAAAAUGGGCACUGGUCCACCAACAGAAACAAACCCAAUUAUUGCAAAAACAAAAUAUGAUAGACCUGGUCGCCCUGACCCUCCAGACGUCACAAGAGUUAGCAAAGAAGAGAUGACUGUAGUUUGGAAUCCACCAGAGUAUGAUGGUGGCAAAUCAAUUACAGGAUACAUUUUAGAGAAGAAAGAGAAACGAUCACUGAGAUGGGUUCCUGUUACUAAGACUGCAAUCCCAGAGAGACGCAAGAAGGUUACUAAUCUCAUCCCUGGUCAUGAAUAUCAAUUCCGUGUCAGUGCCGAAAAUGAAGUUGGACUUGGAGAACCAAGCUUGCCAUCAAGACCUGUAGUAGCAAAAGACCCAAUAGAACCACCUGGUCCUCCCACAAACCUGAGAGUGGUUGAUAGCACAAAGAGUUCAAUAACUCUUGGCUGGGGAAAACCAGUGUAUGAUGGUGGUGCUCCAAUUAUUGGAUAUGUUGUAGAAAUUAGACCAAAAGUUGAGGGUGCUGAUCCUGAAGCAGGAUGGAAACGAUGCAAUGUUGCUGCCCAAGUUAUUCACACAGAAUUUACAGCCACCAGCCUGGAUGAAAACCAAUUGUACGAGUUCAGAGUUUCUGCUCAAAACCAGGUUGGUCUUGGCCGACCAGCUGAACUGAAAGAAGCUGUGUCUCCCAAAGAAAUACUUGAACCUCCUGAGAUUGAGUUGGAUGCAAGCAUGAGAAAGUUAGUCACAGUCAGGGCAGGAUGCCCUAUUAGACUUUUUGCCAUUGUUAGGGGUCGCCCAGCACCAAAAGUCACCUGGAGGAGAAUGGGUAUCGAUAACGUUAUCAGAAAAGGACAAGUUGAUCUGGUUGACACUAUGGCCUUCUGUGUCAUUCCUAAUUCAACACGUGAUGACUCAGGCAAAUAUUCAUUGACACUUGUUAAUGCAGCUGGAGAAAAGGCUGUAUUUGUGAAUGUCAGAGUCCUGGAUACUCCUGGACCUGUGUUGGACUUCAAGGUUUCAGAUGUCACAAAGAUGUCAUGUCAUCUUUCAUGGGCACCUCCAGAGAAUGACGGUGGUAGCCCAGUGACUCAUUACAUCCUGCAGAAACGUGAGGCUGACAGGAAGACCUGGGGAACAGUCACUGCAGAACUGAAGAAAACUAGUUUCCAAAUAGCUAACCUUGUACCUGGAAAUGAAUAUUACUUUAGAGUAACAGCAGUAAAUGAAUAUGGGGAAGGUGUUCCAAGUGACAUACCAAAACCAGUUCUAGCAUCAGAUCCGCUAAGUGAACCUGAUCCACCACGAAAACUUGAAGUUACUGAAGUCACGAGGAAUAGUGCUACUUUAGGCUGGCUGCCACCACUGCGUGAUGGAGGCUCUAAAGUUGAUGGGUACAUUGUUAGCUACAAAGAAGAUGACCAACCAGCAGAUCGCUGGACGGAAUAUUCAGUUGUUAAAGAUCUCUCCAUUGUUGUAGCUGGUCUGAAAGAGGGAAAGAAAUACAAGUUUAGAGUGGCGGCUAGAAAUGCAGUAGGAGUAGGUUUGCCUAGAGAAACUGAAGGAAUAUUUGAAAUCAAAGAACAACUCAUCCCACCUAAGAUUCUGAUGCCUGAUCAUGUUCACAUCAAAGCUGGAAAGAAACUGAGAAUUGAAGCUCAUGUAUAUGGGAAGCCUCAGCCAGUCUGUAAAUGGUUGAAAGGAGAUGAAGAUGUACUUACAUCCAGUCGCCUUGCUGUACAUAAAGCAGAAAAGUCUUCUGUUCUUAUCAUUAAAGAUGUGACUAGAAAAGAUUCUGACUUUUACACUCUUACUGCAGAAAAUAGCUCUGGUACUGAUAGUCAGAAAAUCAGAGUGAUAGUCAUGGAUAAACCAGGUCCACCACAGCCUCCAUUUGAUAUUUCUGAAAUAGAUGCAGAUGCAUGCACUCUUGCAUGGCAUAUACCUCUUGAAGAUGGUGGCAGUAACAUUACGAACUAUGUAGUUGAAAAAUGUGAUGUAAGCCGAGGAGACUGGGUAACAGCUUUAGCUUCUGUCACAAAGACAAGCUGCAGAAUUGGAAAACUGAUUCCUGGAGAAGAGUAUAUGUUCCGCGUUCGUGCUGAAAAUCGUUUUGGGAUUUCUGAACCACUUACUUCUGGAAAGAUGAUAGCAAGGUUCCCAUUUGAUGUUCCUAGUGAACCAAAGAAUGCACGUAUUACCAAGGUCAAUAAGGACUGCAUUUUUGUUGCUUGGGAUAAACCAGAUAGUGAUGGAGGCAGUCCAAUCACAGGUUAUCUCAUUGAGCGCAAAGAAAGGAACAGUUUACUAUGGGUGAAAGCUAAUGACACAGCUGUGCGCACCACAGAAUACCCUUGUGUGGGGCUCAUCGAAGGCCUUGAGUAUACCUUCAGAAUUUACGCACUGAAUAGAGCUGGAGCAAGUAAACCUAGUAAACCAACUGAGUUUGUCACAGCAAGAGCACCAGUUGAUCCCCCUGGAAAACCUGAAGUUAUUGAUGUCACUAAGAGUACUGCAUCACUGGUAUGGACAAGACCAAAGCAUGAUGGUGGUAGCAAACUUAUUGGCUACUUUGUUGAAGCUUGCAAAUUACCUGGUGAUAAGUGGGUCCGGUGCAAUACAACUCCACAUCAAAUACCCUUAGAAGAGUAUACAGCUGCCGAUUUAGAAGAAAAUGCUCAGUAUCAAUUUAGAGCAAUUGCUAAAACAGCAGUUAACAUUAGCAGACCUUCUGAACCUUCUGAUCCAGUGACCAUUCAUCCAGAAAAUGUUCCCCCCAGAAUAGAAUUGGAUCUGUCUAUGCAAUCACAGCUUACAGUAAAAGCUGGAACGAAUGUGCGUCUGGAGGCAAAUGUAUAUGGCAAGCCAAUGCCAUCAAUUACCUGGAAGAAAGACGGGGAAGUUUUAAAGCCAUCUGAAGGUGUUAAGAUCACCACUAAGAGAAAUCUUGCUACAGUUGAGUUGUUCAGUGUUAACAGGAAGCAAACAGGAGACUAUACUAUUACUGCUGAAAAUGCAAGUGGAACAAAGUCAGCAACCAUUAAACUUAAAGUACUUGAUAAGCCUGGUCCUCCAGCCUCUGUUAAAAUCAAACAUAUGUAUGCAGAUCGUGCAAUGCUUUUGUGGGAGCCUCCUCUGGAAGACGGAGGUUCAGAAAUUACUAACUACAUUGUAGACAAACGUGAAACAAGCAGACCAAACUGGGCCCAAGUCAGUGCCAAUGUACCCAUUACAAGCUGCACAGUGGAGAAACUUAUUGAAGGACACGAGUAUCAGUUCCGCAUAUGUGCUGAAAACAAAUAUGGUGUUGGAGACCCUAUCUUCACUGAACCAGCGGUUGCUAAGAAUCCAUAUGAUGUACCUGGACCUUGCGAUCCACCAGUAAUUAGCAAUGUAACGAAAGACUUCAUGACUGUUAGCUGGAAGCCACCAGCUAAUGAUGGUGGAUCACCAAUAACUGGUUAUAUGCUUGAGAAACGUGAAACUAAGGCUCUUAACUGGACAAAGGUAACCAGAAAGCCUGUAAUUGAAAGAACUGUUAAAGCUACUGGACUCCAAGAAGGAACAGAAUAUGAGUUCCGGGUGAUAGCGUUGAAUAAAGCUGGACCUGGCAAGCCUAGCGCACCAUCUAAAGCAGUGUAUGCUCGUGAUCCUCAAUAUCCUCCUGGCCCACCAGCUUUCCCGAAAGUGGUUGAUACUACUCGUAAUUCAAUAAGCCUGUCAUGGAGUAAACCAGCAUAUGACGGAGGAAGUCCUAUUAUUGGUUAUCUAGUGGAAGCAAAAAGAGCUGACACAGACAACUGGGUCAGAUGCAAUCUACCCAAGAACUUACAGGCUACACGAUUUGUGGUAACAGGGCUGAUAGAAGAUACAGAGUACCAGUUCCGUGUUUAUGCUGUCAAUAAGAUUGGAUACAGUGAUCCAAGUGAUGUUCCUGAUAAACACACUGCCAAAGACAUUUUAACUCCUCCUGAAGGAGAACUUGAUGCAGAACUAAGGAAAGUCCUUGUAUUGCGUGCUGGAGUCACAAUGAGACUUUAUGUGCCGGUAAGAGGACGUCCACCUCCAAAGAUUACAUGGUCUAAAGUGGGUGCCAACCUAAGAGACAGACAAGGAUUAGAUAUCAAAUCAACUGAUUUUGAUACCUUCCUGCGCUGUGAAAAUGUAAACAAAUAUGAUGCUGGAAAAUACAUCCUCAGUCUGGAGAACAGCUGUGGCAAAAAGGCAUACACUAUUGUUGUAAAAGUCCUUGAUACUCCAGGCCCUCCAGUUAACCUGAUUGUAAAGGAAGCAUCUAAGGAUUCUGCCCUGAUUACAUGGGAACCUCCGCUAAUAGAUGGUGGCAGUCCAAUCACAAAUUAUGUGGUUGAAAAACGCGAUGCAGAAAGAAAGUCAUGGUCCACAGUAACAACAGAAUGUCCAAAGACAAGCUGCAGGAUAACUAACUUAGAAGAAGGCAAAUCCUACUUCUUCAGGGUUUUUGCUGAAAACGAAUAUGGCAUUGGUGACCCCUGUGAAACUCGUGAUGCUGUUAAAGCUUCUGAAACACCUGGACCAGUUGUGGAUCUAAAAGCUUCAGCUGUAACAAAAUCAUCAUGCAAUUUAGUAUGGAAAAAACCUAUCAGUGAUGGUGGAAGCCGUAUUUUUGCAUAUGUUGUUGAGGUCCUCAUUGGUGAAGAUAAAUGGCAAGAAGUCAUGCGGGCAAAGAACCUCCAUUUUUCAAUGAGAGACCUAAAAGAAGGACAAGAAUACACUUUCAGAGUGAGAGCCCAAAAUGACGCUGGAUAUGGAACUCCAAGAGAGCUUACAAUUGUGGCAAGAGAUGAUGUUGUGGCACCUGAUCUUGAUUUAAGAGAUCUACCUGAUUUGUGCUAUACAGCUAAAGAGGGUAGCAAUUUCCGUCUUAAAAUCCCAAUUAAAGGCAAGCCUGUCCCAUCUGUAACUUGGAAGAAAGGUGAAGACCAGGCACUUACUGAGAGUGGAAGAGUUGCAUUUGAGUCUACAGCAGUUAACACCACACUUGUAGUACAUGACUGCCAGAAAGCUGAUGCUGGAAAAUACACCAUAACUCUGAAGAAUGUUGCUGGCAGCAAGGAAGGCACUAUUUCUGUGAAAGUUGUUGGCAAACCUGGCAUACCAACAGGUCCAGUGAAAUUUGAAGAAGUCACAGCUGAUGCCAUAACCUUAAAGUGGGGCCCUCCAAAAGAUGAUGGUGGUUCAGAAAUCACCAACUAUGUCCUAGAGAAGAGAGAUAAUGUAAACAAUAAAUGGGUGACUUGUGCCUCCGCAGUGCAGAAAACCACAUUUAGAGUUACAAGACUUCAUGAAGGAAAUGAAUAUACAUUCAGGAUCAGGGCUGAAAACAAAUAUGGAGUAGGUGAAGGUCUUAAAUCUGACCCUGUCAUUGCAAAACAUCCAUUUGAUGUUCCAGAUGCUCCUCCACCUCCCAACAUUGUUGCUGUGCGGCAUGACUCUGUAGCUUUAACUUGGACUGAUCCAAGAAGAACUGGAGGCUCACCAAUCACAGGUUAUCACAUUGAAGUCAAAGAAAGAAACAGUCUUCUGUGGAAGAGAGCAAAUAAAACACCAAUUAGAAUGAAAGAUUUCAGAGUGACAGGAUUAACUGAAGGUCUGGAAUAUGAAUUCAGAGUAAUGGCAAUCAACAUGGCUGGAGUAGGUAAACCAAGUCUGCCAUCUGAACCAGUUGUGGCACUUGAUCCUAUUGAUCCCCCUGGGAAACCUGAAGUUAUCAAUGUAACCAGGAGCUCAGUAACACUCAUUUGGACAGAACCAAAAUAUGAUGGUGGACACAAAUUAACUGGUUAUAUUGUUGAAAAGCGUGAUUUACCUUCAAAGAAUUGGACAAAAGCUAAUCAUGUGAAUGUUCCAGACUGUGCAUUUACUGUAACUGACCUCACUGAAGGCUCCAAAUAUGAGUUCAGAAUUAGAGCAAAGAACACUGCUGGAGCUAUCAGUGCUCCAUCUGAAUCCACAGAAACCAUAAUAUGCAAGGAUGAGUAUGAGGCACCAAGCAUUGUUAUUGAUCCUACUUUGAAGGAAGGUUUAACAGUAAAAGCAGGGGACACCAUUACAGUGUCUGCUAUUAGUAUCCGUGGCAAACCACCUCCAACUUCAGCAUGGUCAAAAGCUGGAAAAGAUUUUAGACCUUCAGAGCUCGUGCACAUUGAAACCACACCAACUUCUUCUACUCUGUCUGUCAAAUACGCAGCCAGAAAAGAUUCUGGAGAAUACACAAUUACUGCAACCAAUCCUUUUGGCACUAAGCAGGAGAGCAUACAUGUGAAAGUUUUAGAUGUUCCAGGACCUCCAGGACCUAUUGAGAUCAGCAAUGUUUCAGCAGAAAAAGCAACUCUUACAUGGUCACCUCCUGCAGAAGAUGGUGGAUCACCAGUCAAAUCAUAUGUUCUUGAAAAGAGAGAAACUAGCAGACUGCUCUGGACAUUGGUUGCUGAAAAUAUUGAAAGCUGCAGGCAUGUUGUUAGCAAGCUCAUUCAAGGAAAUGAAUAUGUUUUCCGUGUCUCAGCAGUAAAUCAAUAUGGCAAGGGUGAACCAGUACAAUCAGAACCAGUUAAAAUGGUGGAUAGAUUUGGUCCCCCAGGCCCUCCUGGAAAACCAGAAGUAACAAAUGUGACGAAAAAUACUGUCACAGUUACCUGGAAAAGGCCAGUAGAUGAUGGUGGAAGUGAAAUCACAGGUUACUAUGUGGAGAGAAGAGAAAAGAAAGGUUUAAGAUGGGUCAGAGCAACAAAGAAACCAGUUUCAGAUCUUAGAUGCAAAGUAACUGGUCUCCUGGAAGGAAAUGAAUACGAAUUCCGUGUCAGUGCAGAAAACAGAGCAGGAGUUGGACCACCAAGUGAUGCUUCAAAAUCAAUCAUGUGCAAGGAUAUUGCAUACCCACCAGGUCCACCUGCAAACCCAAGAGUGACUGAUACUACAAAGACAAGUGCAUCUUUAGCCUGGAGCAAGCCCCACUAUGACGGUGGUCUUGACAUCACUGGCUAUAUAGUGGAGCAUCAAAAGGAAGGAGAAGAAGAAUGGGUAAAAGACACAACAGGGACUGCUUUAAGAAUCACUCAGUUUGUUGUUGCUCAUCUGCAAACAGGAGCCAAAUACAAUUUCAGAAUCUCUGCCAUGAAUGCUGCAGGUGUGGGUGAACCAGCAAUAAUUCCAAGCGUGGAAAUCAAAGACCGUGAAGAAAUUCCUGACUUUGAAUUAGAUGCUGAACUAAGAAGAACACUUGUUGUUAGAGCUGGAUUAACUAUUCGUAUUUUUGUGCCAAUUAAAGGGCGUCCAACUCCAGAAGUUACAUGGACAAAAGAUGAUGUUUCUCUCAAAGGACGUGCCAGUAUUGAAAAUACAGAUUCUUUUACGCUCUUGAUUGUCACAGAGUGCACCAGAUAUGAUGCAGGGAAAUACGUAAUGACUCUUGAAAAUGCUGCUGGUAAGAAAACUGGCUUUGUAAAUGUAAAGGUCUUGGAUACACCAGGUCCACCAAUAAACCUUAAGCCUAGGGAAAUAACGAAAGACAACAUCACUCUCCAAUGGGAUAUGCCUCUAAUAGACGGUGGUUCACGUAUAACAAACUAUAUUGUUGAGAAACGUGAAUCGACUAGAAAAGCAUAUUCAACAGUCACUACCAACUGCCAGAAGUGCUCCUUCAGGAUUACUAAUUUGGCUGAGGGGUGUGAAUACUAUUUUAGAGUGCUGGCUGAAAAUGAGUAUGGUAUUGGUGAACCAGCUGAAACCACGGAGCCCAUAAGAGCUUCUGAGGCACCAUCCCCACCUGAGAGUCUUAAUAUUAUGGAUAUAACACGGAACUCAGUUAGCCUGGCUUGGCCAAAACCAGAACAUGACGGUGGCAGCAAGAUCACUGGGUAUGUAAUUGAAGCACAGAGGAAAGGAACAAACCAGUGGGCACACGUCACCACUGUAAAAACACUGGACUGUGUAGUAAAGAAUCUAACUGAAAAUGAAGAGUAUACUUUCCAGGUUAUGGCAGUUAACAGUGCUGGAAGAAGUGCCCCAAGAGAAAGCAGGCCAGUUAUUAUCAAAGAGCAAACAAUGCUACCAGAGUUUGAUCUCCGGGGUAUCUACCAGAAAACAGUCAUUGCCAAAGCUGGUGAUAAUAUAAAGAUUGAAAUCCCUGUGCUUGGUCGUCCAAGGCCUACUGUGACUUGGAAGAAAGAAGAUGAGAUACUUAAGCAAACACAAAGAAUAAAUUAUGAAAAUACUGCAACUGCUACUAUACUAACCAUCAAUGAAUGUAAACGAAGUGAUAGUGGUCGAUACCCAUUAUCAGCUAAAAAUAUUGUUGGAGAAGUUAGUGAAGUAAUCACAGUUCAGGUUCAUGACAUACCUGGACCACCUACUGGACCAAUAAAAUUCGAUGAAAUUUCAUGUGACUCUCUAUCAUUCUCAUGGGAGCCUCCUUUGAAUGACGGUGGUGUACCAAUAAGCAACUAUGUUGUGGAAAUGCGUCAAACUGACAGUACUACAUGGACUGAACUGGCAACCACAGUGAUACGUACUACAUUUAAAGCCAUUCGUCUCACUACUGGAGUUGAGUAUCAGUUCCGUGUUAAAGCUCAAAACAGAUAUGGAAUUGGUCCAGCCAUUACUUCAGAGUCUGUAGUUGCCAACUACCCAUUUAAGGUACCUGGGCCUCCUGGAACUCCUCAGGUGAUAGCAGUCACCAAAGAAACCAUGACCAUUAGCUGGAAUGAGCCAGUUACUGAUGGUGGAAGCCCAAUUUUGGGGUAUCACAUUGAAAGAAAAGAACGAAAUAGCAUUCUUUGGCAGACUGUAAAUAAAAUGCUGGUAUCAGGCAAUAUCUUUAAAUCAACUGGACUUACUGAUGGCAUUGCAUAUGAAUUCCGUGUUAUAGCAGAAAAUCUGGCUGGGAAGAGUAAGCCAAGCAAGCCAUCUGAGCCUAUGUUUGCCCUAGACCCAAUAGAUCCACCUGGUAAGCCAAUACCUCUGAACAUUACAAGACAUGCAAUUACACUGAAGUGGACUAAACCAGAAUAUAAUGGUGGGUUUAAGAUAACUGGCUAUACUGUUGAAAAAAGAGACCUUCCUAAUGGCCGUUGGCUAAAAGCUAAUUUCAGCAAUAUAUUAGAGACUGAAUUCACUGUAAGUGGCUUGACAGAAGAUGCUGCCUAUGAAUUCCGUGUGAUUGCUAGGAAUGCUGGGGGUGCUGUUAGUCAGCCCUCUGAGCCAUCAGAUGCAAUUACUUGUAGAGAUGACAUUGAAGCACCAAAGAUAAAGGUAGAUGCUAAAUAUAAAGACACAUUAGUGCUGAAAGCAGGUGAAGUUUUCAGACUUGAGGCUGAUGUUUCAGGCCGCCCUCCACCAACUAUGACAUGGACAAAAGGAGAAAAAGAACUUGAAGACACAGCAAAAUUAGAAAUUAAAAUAGCAGAUUUCUCUACUGCUCUCACCAAUAGAGACUCUUCAAGAAGAGAUGGCGGUGCCUACACACUUACUGCAACAAAUCCUGGUGGCUUUGCUAAGCAUAUCUUCAAUGUUAAAGUUCUUGAUAGACCUGGUCCCCCAGAAGGACCUUUGGCUGUGUCUGAAGUCACUGCAGAAAAAUGUGUGCUGUCAUGGCUACCUCCACUGGAUGAUGGAGGAGCAAAGAUUGACCAUUAUGUGGUUGAAAAACGUGAAACCAGUAGACUGGCAUGGACAGCUGUAGCCACAGAAGUUCCAGUAACUAAACUGAAGGUUACUAAGCUGUUGAAGGGCAACGAGUAUGUGUUCCGUGUUAUGGCCGUUAACAAAUAUGGAGUUGGUGAGCCUCUGGAAUCAGAGCCCAUUCUUGCAGUAAAUCCAUAUGUGCCACCUGAUCCACCUAAAACACCUGAAGUUACAGCAAUUACAAAAGAUUCUAUGGUUGUCUGUUGGGGCCAUCCUGAUUCUGAUGGUGGGAGCCCAAUAAUUAACUAUAUCGUGGAACGUCGAGACAGGGCUGGUCUACGGUGGGUGAAGUGUAAUAAACGGGUUGUUACUGACUUACGUUAUAAAGUGUCUGGACUGACAGAAGGUCAUGAAUAUGAAUACAGAGUCAUGGCUGAAAAUGCUGCUGGCAUCAGUGAGCCAAGCCCAACCAGUCCAUUUUAUAAAGCUUGUGAUACUGUAUUUAAGCCUGGUCCCCCAGGUAAUCCUCGUGUUUUGGACAGCAGCAAGUCUUCAAUUACAAUAGCAUGGAACAAACCAGUAUAUGAUGGUGGAUCAGAGAUCACAGGUUACAUGGUUGAGAUAGCACUACCUGAAGAAGACGAGUGGAAGAUUGUAACUCCACCAACAGGUCUAAAGGCCACUUCUUUCACCAUCACUAACCUAAAAGAAAAUCAAGAGUAUAAAAUACGAAUAUAUGCUAUGAACUCUGAAGGUCUUGGAGAACCUGCUCUUGUUCCUGGUACUCCAAAAGCUGAAGAGAGAAUGCUACCUCCAGAAAUUGAACUUGAUGCAGAGCUGCGUAAAGUUGUCACUAUUAGAGCCUGCUGUACUCUACGGCUCUUUGUCCCAAUUAAAGGAAGACCAGCGCCUGAAGUAAAAUGGACAAGAGAACAUGGAGAAUCUUUGGAUAGAGCAAGCAUUGAAUCAACAAGUUCUUAUACUCUACUUAUUGUUGAAAAUGUAAAUAGAUUUGAUAGUGGCAAAUACAUACUGACAAUUGAAAACAGCUCAGGUAGUAAGUCAGCAUUUGUGAACGUCAGAGUUCUUGAUACCCCAGGGGCACCUCAAGAUUUGAAAAUAAAAGAAGUUACAAAGUCAUCAGUUACACUCACAUGGGAGCCUCCUCUCAUAGAUGGUGGCUCUAAAAUAAAAAAUUACAUUGUUGAAAAGCGUGAAUCAACAAGAAAAGCUUAUUCAACUGUUAAUGCAAAUUGCCACAAGACCAGCUGGAAAGUCGAUUCACUGCAAGAAGGCUGCAACUACUACUUCAGAGUCCUAGCUGAAAAUGAGUAUGGAAUAGGCCUUCCAGUUGAAACUUCAGAAUCUGUAAAAGUAUCAGAAAGACCACUUCCACCCGGGAAAAUAACUUUGCUGGAUGUGACAAGCAAUAGUGUAUCUUUAUCUUGGGAAAAACCUGAACAUGAUGGUGGUAGCAGAAUUCUGGGCUACAUUGUAGAAAUGCAAAGCAAAGGCAGUGAAAAGUGGUCAACUUGUGCUACAGUAAAAGUUACUGAAGCCACUAUCACAGGAUUGAUCCAAGGUGAAGAAUACACCUUCCGUGUUUCAGCUCAGAAUGAGAAAGGUAUCAGUGAUCCUCGUCAGCUGGGUAUACCAGUUGUUGCAAAAGACCUUGUGAUUCCACCAGCUUUCAAAUUACUGUUUACCACUUUCAGUGUUCUAGCAGGAGAGGACUUAAAGGUUGAUGUUCCUUUUGUUGGUCGACCCAAACCAGCAGUGUUUUGGCAUAAAGAUGAUAUUGCAUUGAAGCAGACUACAAGAGUAAAUGCAGAAAGUUCAGAAAAUAACACAGUGUUAACAAUAAAAGAAGCAUGCAGAGAUGAUGUGGGGACAUACUUAGUUAAACUUACAAACUCUGCAGGUGAGGCAACUGAGACCCUAAAUAUUGUUGUCCUUGACAAACCAGGACCUCCAACUGGACCAGUAAAAGUAGAUGAAGUAACAGCAGAUAGUAUCACCAUUUCCUGGGAACCACCUAAGUAUGAUGGUGGUAGCUCUAUCAAUAAUUACAUUGUAGAAAAAAGAGACACCUCGACCACAACUUGGCAGAUGGUGUCAGCUACUGUUGCAAGAACAACUAUAAAAGCAUGUCGAUUAAAGACUGGAUGUGAGUAUCAAUUCAGAAUCGCAGCCGAGAAUAGAUAUGGAAAGAGUACCUAUCUUACUUCAGAGUCAAUUGUAGCCCAGUAUCCAUUUAAAGUUCCUGGUCCACCUGGAACACCUUUUGUAACAAACGUCUCAAAAGACAGCAUGAUGGUACAGUGGAAUGAACCAGUCAAUGAUGGUGGCAGCAAGAUCAUUGGGUAUCACUUGGAGCGCAAAGAAAGAAACAGUAUUCUCUGGGCUAAACUGAAUAAAACACCUAUUCCAGAUACCAAAUUUAAGACAACAGGACUUGAGGAAGGUCUCGAAUAUGAGUUCAGAGUUUAUGCAGAAAACAUAGUGGGCAUUGGAAAGGCAAGUAGAGCAUCUGAAUGCUAUACUGCACAUGACCCAUGUGACCCUCCGGGUCGUCCAGAACCUAUAAUUGUCACAAGAAGCUCAGUAACACUUCAAUGGAAGAAACCUGUAUAUGACGGUGGAAGUAAGAUCACAGGUUAUGUUGUUGAAAAGAAGGAGCUACCUGAUGGUCGUUGGAUGAAAGCAAGCUUUACAAAUGUCAUUGAUACCCAAUUUGUAGUAACUGGUCUAGUUGAAAACCAGAGGUAUGAGUUCCGUAUUAUAGCACGAAAUGCUGCAGGUGUUUUCAGUGAACCAUCUGAGAGCUCAGGGGCAAUUACAGCAAGAGAUGAAGUAGAACCACCUCAGAUAAGUAUGGAUCCAAAAUACAAAGACACAAUUGUAGUGAACGCUGGUGAGUCAUUCAAGCUUGAAGCUGAUGUUCAUGGCAAACCAAUACCUUCCAUUCAGUGGUUAAAAGGCGAUCGUGAGCUGGCAAACACUGCUCGUAUGGAAAUAAAAAGUACUGAUUUUGCAACAAGCCUUAGUGUGAAGGAAGCCAUUAGAGUUGACAGUGGUCAGUAUGUAUUACUGGCAAAGAAUGUUGCAGGUGAAAAGAAAGUUCCUGUUAAUGUUAAAGUUCUUGAUAGACCUGGACCACCAGAAGGACCUGUUGAGAUUACAGGCGUUACUGCUGAAAAAUGCAUGUUGUCAUGGAAACCUCCACUACAAGACGGUGGUAGCGAUAUUUCACACUAUGUUGUAGAAAAAAGAGAAACCAGUCGCUUAGUGUGGACGGUCAUUGAUUCAAAUGUGCAAACCCUAAAUUGCAAAGUUACAAAACUUUUAGAAGGAAAUGAGUAUGUUUUCCGCAUCAUGGCAGUCAAUAAAUAUGGUGUUGGUGAGCCUCUCGAGUCUGAACCAAUACUCGCGAAGAACCCAUUUGUAGUGCCACUUCCACCAAAGGCACCAGAAGUAACCGCCAUUACCAAGGAUUCUAUGAUAGUCGUAUGGGAAAGGCCAGCCUCAGAUGGUGGUAGUGAAAUCCUAGGUUAUGUCCUUGAAAAACGAGAUAAGGAAGGUAUUCGCUGGACAAGAUGUAACAAACGCCUGAUAAGUGAACUGCGAUACAGAGUGACUGGGCUUAUAGAAAAUCAUGAUUACGAGUAUAGAGUUUCAGCUGAAAAUGCUGCAGGUCUUAGUGAGCCAAGCCCACCUUCAAUUUACUACAAAGCAUGUGAUCCUAUUUACAAGCCAGGUCCACCCAAUAAUCCUAAAGUUGUGGAUGUUACAAGAUCUUCAGUUUUCCUUUCAUGGGGUAAGCCCAUCUAUGAUGGUGGCUCUGAAAUUCAGGGAUACAUUGUGGAAAAAUGUGAUGUAAGUGACAGUGAAUGGGCAAUUUGUACCCCUCCAACUGGAAUUAAGAAUACUCACAUGGAAGUAGAAAAAUUGGUGGAAAAACAUGAAUACAAAUUCCGCAUAUGUGCAGUUAAUAAAGCAGGAGUUGGAGAGCAUGCAGAUGUUCCUGGUACUGUUGUUGUGGAAGAAAAGAUGGAAGCGCCAGACCUUGACCUUGACAUGGAAUUAAGGAAGAUUGUAAAUGUGAGGGCAGGAGGUUCCUUAAGACUGUUUGUUCCCAUCAGAGGUCGUCCAACACCUGAAGUAAAAUGGGGUAAAAUGGAUGGUGACAUCAGAGAGGCAGCUAUUAUUGAUACCACUAGCAGCUUUACUUCCCUUGUUCUAGACAACGUUAACAGAUUUGAUACUGGAAAGUAUACUCUGACUUUAGAAAACAGCAGUGGAACAAAGUCUGCAUUUGUCAGUGUAAGGGUACUGGAUACCCCAAGUGCACCUGUUAAUUUAAAAAUCAGAGAAAUUACUAAAGACUCUGUUUCACUUUCGUGGGAGCCUCCUCUCUUGGAUGGUGGAGCAAAAAUAAAGAAUUACAUUAUUGAAAAGCGUGAAGCAACAAGAAAGGCAUAUGCAGCUGUUGUAACAAACUGCCAUAAGACUUCAUGGAAAGUAGAUCAACUUCAGGAGGGCUGCUAUUACUUCUUUAGAAUCUCUGCUGAGAAUGAGUAUGGAAUUGGCCUCCCUGCAGAAACCAGUGACCCAAUCAAAGUUGCUGAAGUUCCACAGCCUCCUGGGAAAAUAACAGUGGAUGAUGUCACAAGAAGCAGUGUCUCACUAAGCUGGGAAAAACCUGAACAUGAUGGUGGCAGCAAAAUCAUACAAUACAUUGUUGAAAUGCAAGCAAAGGGUAGUGAGAAGUGGUCAGAGUGUGCUCGUGUGAAAACUCUUGAAGCAGUCAUUACUAACCUAACUCAAGGGGAAGAAUAUCUUUUUAGAGUAAUGGCUGUGAAUGAAAAGGGUAAGAGUGAUCCUAGAGCACUUGCAGUUCCAAUAGUUGCCAAAGACCUGGUGAUUGAACCUGAUGUAAGACCUGCUUUUCAUAGUUAUAGUAUCCAAGUGGGACAAGAUCUGAAAGUAGAAGUACCAAUUGCAGGUCGACCUAAACCAACUGUAACCUGGGUAAAAGAUGACCAGCCAUUAAGGCAGACAACAAGAGUCAAUGUUAGUGAUUUGACUGACCUCACUAUACUGAAUAUUAAAGAAACUAGCAAAGAGGACAGUGGCACUUAUGAAAUCACUGUGGCUAAUGUUGUUGGGCAGAAGUCUGCUUCUGUUGAAAUUAUAACUCUAGAUAAACCUGACCCUCCAGUAGGACCUGUGAAGUUUGAUGAAAUAAGUGCAGAAAGUAUUACCCUAUCGUGGAAUCCCCCAGCUUACACAGGCGGCUGCCAGAUCACCAACUAUAUUGUUCACAAGAGAGAUACAACAACCACUGUCUGGGAAACUGUUUCAGCUACCGUCGCAAGAACUACACUGAAGGUGACUAAACUGAAAACUGGUUCAGAAUACCAGUUCAGAAUAUUUGCUGAGAACAGGUACGGGCAGAGCUUUGCACUGGAUUCUGCACCAGUUGUAGCACAGUACCCCUACAAGGAACCAGGACCUCCUGGCACACCAUUUGUGACAAUUGUUACAAAAGACUCCAUGGUUGUACAGUGGCAUGAACCAAUAAAUGAUGGUGGCAGUAGAGUGUUGGGCUACCAUCUUGAGAGAAAGGAGAAAAACAGCAUUUUAUGGGCUAAAGUGAACAAGACUAUUAUUCAGGACACAAGCUUUAAGACAACUAACCUUGAAGAAGGAAUCGAAUACGAGUUUCGAGUUUCUGCAGAAAAUAUUGUUGGUGUAGGCAAAACAAGUAAAGUGUCUGAGUGCUAUGCAGCUCGUGACCCAUGUGAUCCUCCAGGUCGCCCAGAAGCUAUAAUAAUAAAAAGAAGUUCUAUUACUCUACAGUGGACCAAACCAGAAUAUGAUGGUGGAAGUAAGAUUACUGGUUAUAUUGUAGAAAAACGUGACUUACCAGAUGGUCGCUGGAUGAAAGCUAGCUUCACAAAUAUCAUUGAAACUCACUUCACUGUAACAGGGCUUACUGAAGACCAAAGAUAUGAGUUUAGAGUAAUUGCAAAGAAUGCUGCAGGUGCCAUAAGCAAACCUUCUGACAGUACAGGACCAAUAACAGCAAGGGAUGAAGUUGAACUUCCACGAAUUUCAAUGGAUCCAAAGUACAAAGACACAAUUGUUGUAAAUGCUGGUGAAACAUUCAGACUUGAGGCUGAUGUUCAUGGAAAACCACUGCCAACUAUUAAGUGGUACAAAGGAGAUAAAGAGCUUGAGGAAACUGCUAGGUAUGAAAUCAAGAACACAGAUUUCAGUGCAUUAAUAAUUGUAAAAGAUGCUAUUAGAGUUGAUGGUGGACAGUACAUUUUAGAAGCCUCUAAUGUUGCAGGAACAAAGACAGCAACACUAAAUGUAAAAGUCUUGGACAGGCCAGGACCUCCAGAGGGCCCAGUCCAAGUGACAGGAGUCACAGCUGAAAAAUGUUCAUUAGCAUGGGCUCCUCCUCUUCAUGAUGGUGGCAGUGAUAUUUCUCACUACAUUGUAGAGAAGAGAGAAACUAGUCGCCUAGCAUGGACUGUUGUUGCUUCAGAGGUUUUACCUACAAUGCUGAAAGUAACAAAACUCUUGGAAGGAAAUGAGUAUGUUUUCCGUAUUAUGGCAGUUAACAAAUACGGGGUUGGUGAGCCAUUAGAAUCUGUGCCAGUAAUGAUGAAAAAUCCAUUUGUGGCUCCUGGACCACCAAAGGCCUUGGAAAUUACUAACAUUACAAAGGAUUCUAUGACUGUCUGCUGGACCCGGCCAGACAGUGAUGGAGGUAGUGAAAUCAUAGGUUACAUUGUAGAAAAAAGAGACCGAGCAGGCAUCAGAUGGAUAAAAUGCAAUAAACGCAGGAUUACAGAUUUGCGAUUAAGAGUUACAGGCUUAACAGAAGAUCAUGAAUAUGAAUUCAGAGUUUCUGCUGAAAAUGCUGCUGGAGUGGGUGAACCAAGUCAAGUGUCUCCUUACUUUAAAGCUUGUGACCCCAUGUUCAAGCCUGGCCCACCUACAAAUGCCCAUGUUGUGGAUACAACCAAAAGUUCAGUUACACUUGGCUGGAGUAAACCUAUUUAUGAUGGUGGUUGUGAAAUCCAGGGGUACCUUGUAGAAAUCUGUAAAGCUGAUGAAGAUGAAUGGUCACUUGUUACUCCACAGACAGGUAUACGUGCCACUCGGUUUGAAAUCAAAAAGCUUACUGAACAUCAAGAAUAUAACCUACGAGUGUGUGCCCUCAACAAGAUUGGUGUAGGAGAGGCUGCAUCAGUUCCUGGUACUAUUAAGCCUGAAGAUAAACUUGAAGCUCCAGAACUUGAUAUUGAUUCAGAGCUAAGGAAAGGGAUAGUGGUUAGAGCUGGUGGGUCUGCUAGAAUUCACAUACCAUUCAGGGGACGACCAACACCUGACAUCAUGUGGUCUCGAGAAGAAAGUGAAUUCACAGAAAAAGUUCAGAUUGACAAAGGCAUAAAUUACACACAACUUUCAAUUGACAACUGUGAUAGAAAUGAUGCUGGCAAGUACAUUCUUAAGCUGGAGAACAGCAGUGGUUCUAAAUCUGCAUUUGUUACGGUGAAAGUCUUGGACACACCAGGAAGACCUCAAAACUUAGUGGUAAAGGAUAUAAAGAAGGAUUCUGCUGUAUUAUCUUGGGAACCACCCAUUAUUGAUGGUGGUUCAAAGAUAAAGAACUAUGUAAUAGACAAGCGUGAGUCAACCAGGAAGGCAUUUGCAAAUGUAAGUGCUAAGUGUGGCAAGACAAGUUUCAAAGUUGAAAAUCUUACAGAAGGAGCAAUUUAUUACUUCAGAGUUAUGGCUGAAAAUGAAUUUGGAAUUGGUGUUCCAGCUGAAACCAAAGAUGCUGUCAAAGCCUCAGAGCCACCUCUGCCCCCUGGGAAAGUAACACUCACUGAUGUGACUCAGAGAAGUGCAUCUCUUACAUGGGAAAAACCUGAACAUGAUGGAGGUAGCAGAAUUUUGGGAUAUAUUGUUGAAAUGCUGCCUAAAGGAACAGAAAAAUGGAGUGUUGUUAGUGAGACCAAAACAUGCAAUGCGGUUGUGUCUGGUUUGAGUCCAGAACAGGAAUAUCAAUUCCGUGUGAUUGCCUACAAUGAAAAAGGCAAAAGCGAUCCCAGAGCCCUUGGAAUUCCUGUGAUAGCUAAAGACUUGACAAUUGAGCCAAGUUUCAAACUGAUGUUUAAUACCUACAGUGUACAGGCUGGAGAAGAUCUGAAGGUAGAAGUACCAUUUAUAGGUAGACCUAAACCAACUAUUACUUGGACAAAAGAUGAGCAGCCACUGAAACAGACAACCAGAUUACAUAUUCAGGACACAUCAACAUCAACUAUCUUAAAUAUUAAAGAAAGCAACAAGGAAGACUUUGGUAAAUAUACAGUAACAGCAACAAACACAGCAGGUACAGCAACAGAGCAGCUGAGCAUAAUUGUACUGGAAAAGCCUGGCCCACCACAAGGACCUGUGCGCUUUGAUGAAGUUAGCGCGGAUUUUGUUGUUUUAUCAUGGGAUCCACCUGAUUAUACUGGUGGCUGUCAGAUAAGCAACUACAUAGUAGAAAAGCGUGACACAACCACUACCACGUGGAGCAUUGUGUCAGCAACUGUUGCCAGAACAACUAUCAAAGCAACAAAGCUUAAAACAGGUUCUGAAUACCAGUUCAGGAUUUCUGCUGAAAACAGAUAUGGGAAGAGCGCUCCUUUGGAUUCUAAACCAGUUGUUGUGCAAUACCCUUACAAGGUGCCUGGGCCACCUGGAACCCCAUUUGUAACAGCAGCUUCCAAGGACCAUAUGAUCGUAGAAUGGCAUGAACCAGUUAAUGAUGGAGGAAGCAAAGUUCUAGGCUACCAUCUUGAACGUAAAGAUAAGAAUAGCAUUCUUUGGACAAAACAAAACAAGUCACUCAUUGCAGAUACCAAAUAUAAAACAGAUGGCCUUGAAGAAGGUCUUGAAUAUGAAUUCAGAGUUUCUGCUGAAAAUAUUGUUGGCAUUGGCAAAGUCAGCAAAGUAUCAGAAUUGUAUGUUGCCCGAGAUCCUUGUGACCCACCUGGCUGCCCAGAGGCUAUUGUUGUUACAAGAAAUAAUAUCACACUGAAAUGGAAAAAACCAGAGUAUGAUGGUGGAAGCAAAAUAACAGGAUAUAUUGUAGAAAAGAAAGAGCUACCAGAUGGUCGCUGGAUGAAAGCCAGCUUUACAAAUGUGUUGGAAACAGAAUUUACAGUAAGUGGUCUUGUUGAAGACCAACGAUAUGAAUUUAGAGUAAUUGCAAGAAAUGCAGCAGGUUGCUUGAGUGAACCAUCUGAAAGUACAGGGCCCAUUACUGCCAGAGAUGAAAUUGAGGCACCAGGGGCUUCACUGGAUCCUAAAUACAAAGAUGUCAUUGUUGUUCAUGCUGGAGAAACCUUUGUUCUUGAAGCUGAUAUCCAUGGCAAACCUAUUCCUGACAUUACAUGGUCAAAAGAUGGUAAAGACCUUGAAGAAGCAACCGCAAGAAUGGAAAUCAAAUCUACCAUUCAGAAAACAAUUCUUACCGUCAAAGACUGUAUAAGAGUAGAUGGAGGUCACUAUACUCUUAACCUCAAAAACGUUGGUGGCACAAAAUCCAUACCAAUCACUGUUAAAGUGCUUGACAGACCAGGACCUCCAGAAGGACCUUUGAAGGUUACAGGUGUCACUGCAGAAAAAUGCUACUUGGCAUGGGCACCACCUUUACAUGAUGGCGGUUCUAGUAUCUCACAUUAUAUCAUUGAGAAGAGAGAGACAAGCAGGCUUUCAUGGACACAAGUAGCAACAGAAGUGCAGGCUCUUAACCACAAAGUAACCAGACUCCUUGCUGGCAAUGAGUACAUUUUCCGUGUAAUGGCAGUGAACAAAUACGGAAUUGGAGAACCCUUGGAAUCUGAGCCAAUUGUGGCUCGUAAUCCAUACAAACCCCCUGGUCCUCCUUCAACACCUGAAGUUUCAGCAAUCACAAAAGAUUCAAUGGUGGUAACGUGGGGUCGUCCAGAAGACAAUGGGGGAGCUGAAAUUGAAGGUUACAUACUUGAAAAACGAGACAAAGAUGGUAUCCGGUGGACCAAAUGCAAUAAGAAAAGGCUGACGGACUUGCGAUUCAGAGUAACAGGUCUUACUGAUGGGCAUUUCUAUGAAUUUAGAGUUUCUGCUGAAAAUGCUGCAGGGGUAGGGGAACCCAGUGAGCCAUCCAUUUUCUAUCGAGCUUGUGAUGUAUUAUAUCCACCAGGUCCACCAAGCAAUCCGAAGGUUACAGACACUUCCAGGUCAUCAGUUUCCCUUGCCUGGAGUAAGCCUAUAUAUGACGGUGGUGCUCCAGUUAAGGGAUAUGUAGUAGAAGUAAAAGAAGCUGCCGCUGAUGAAUGGACUACCUGCACCCCACCAACAGGCCUACAAGCAAAACAGUUCACUGUAACAAAACUUAAAGAGAACCAGGAGUAUAACGUCCGCAUCUGUGCCAUCAACUCAGAAGGAGUAGGAGAACCUGCUACUAUACCUGGUACAGUCAUAGCAGCAGACAAGAUUGAACCUCCUGAAAUUGAACUUGAUGCAGAUCUCAGAAAAGUAGUCACUGUACGUGCUAGUGGUACAUUACGCCUGUUUGUCACCAUCAAAGGAAGACCAGAACCUGAAGUUAAAUGGGAGAAAGCAGAAGGAAGAAUUAGCGAGCGAGCUCAGAUUGAAGUCACCAGUUCCUAUACAAUGCUGAUCAUUGACAAUGUGAAUAGGUUUGAUAGUGGUAGGUACAAUCUUACUUUAGAGAACAACAGUGGAAAAAAAUCAGCUUUCGUUAAUGUCAGGGUGCUUGAUACACCUAGUGCUCCUAUAAACCUGACAAUCAGAGAAGUGAAGAAAGAUUUUGUAACAUUAGCCUGGGAACCACCACUUAUUGAUGGUGGAGCUAAAAUUACCAACUAUGUAGUUGAAAAGCGAGAAUCCACAAGAAAGGCAUAUGCCACUGUUACAAACAACUGCAUUAAGAAUUCCUUCAAAGUUACCCAACUACAAGAAGGAUGUAGUUAUUACUUCCGUGUUCUAGCAGUAAAUGAAUAUGGGGUUGGUCUACCAGCAGAAACACCGGACCCAGUUAAGGUUUCUGAACCACCUUCGCCACCUGCGAAGGUCAUUCUUGUUGAUGUGACUCGCAAUUCUGCUUCAAUUAAAUGGGAAAAACCAGAGAGCGAUGGUGGUAGUAAAAUCACUGGUUAUAUAGUAGAAAUGCAAACUAAAGGAAGUAUAAAAUGGAGUGCAUGUACACAGGUGAAAACCUUAGAAGCAACAAUAACAGGCUUAAGUAUGGGAGAAGAGUACAGUUUCAGAGUGAUUGCUGUUAAUGAAAAAGGAAAAAGUGAUCCAAGAGAGCUUGGUGUCCCAGUCAUUGCAAAAGAUAUUGAAAUCCAGCCAUCUGCUGAGCUCCUUUUCAAUACAUUCACUGUGAAAGCUGGAGAUGAUCUUAAGAUUGAUGUGCCAUUCAGAGGGCGACCUCUUCCAACUGUUAGCUGGAAGAAGGAUGGGAAUCCCUUGAAAGAGACAACCAGAGUAAAUAUUCAUACUUCAAAGACUUCAACUUCACUGUCCAUCAAGGAAGCUUCAAAUGAAGAUUUGGGACAUUAUGAAUUACAUCUUUCAAAUACUGCUGGAUCAACAACAGCUUCUUUAACUGUAGUUGUCCUUGACAGACCAGGACCACCAACUGACGUGCAUAUUGACGAAGUUAGUGCUGAUAGUGUAACUCUGUCUUGGAAAGCUCCAGUAUAUGAUGGUGGGUGCCAUAUUAGCAAUUAUGUUGUGGAGAAGCGAGAAACCACCACAACGACGUGGAGUGUAGUAUCUGCAGCAGUUGCAAGAACAUCAAUUAAAGUAUCUCAACUCACCACUGGGUCUGAAUAUCAGUUCCGUAUUUGUGCAGAAAACCGCUAUGGGAAAAGCACUUACACGAAUUCUUCUUCUGUUGUGGCAGAGUAUCCAUUUAAGCCUCCAGGACCACCAGGAACUCCUCAUGUGGCACAUGCAACUAAAGCUUUCAUGAUUGUAACUUGGCAGGUACCAGUUAAUGAUGGAGGUAGCAGAGUACUAGGAUAUCACUUGGAGCGUAAAGAAAGAAGCAGCAUUCUUUGGACAAAAGUCAACAAAAGCCUUAUAUCUGAUACACAAAUGAAAGUUACAGGACUUGAUGAAGGGCUGCUGUAUGAAUAUCGUGUUUACGCUGAAAACAUUGCUGGAAUAGGCAAAUGCAGUAAGUCAUGUGAGCCAGUUGCUGCAAGAGAUCCAUGUGAUCCUCCUGGUCAACCAGAAGUUACUAAUAUUACAAGAACAUCUGUCUCACUGAAAUGGACUAAACCAGAAUAUGAUGGUGGGGCUAAAGUAACAGGUUAUAUUAUUGAACGCAGAGAGAUACCAGACGGUCGGUGGCUGAAAUGUAAUUUUACUAAUGUACAAGAAACAUAUUUUGAUGUAGGUGGACUUUCAGAAGACCAGAGAUACGAAUUCCAUGUGAUUGCAAAGAAUGCUGCUGGACUUUUCAGUCAGCCAUCUGAAUCAACUGGACCUGUGACUGUAAAAGAUGAUGUGGAGGCUCCAAGAAUUAUGAUGGAUGCCAAAUUCAGGGAUGUUGUAGUUGUGAAAGCUGGAGAAGUGUUUAAGGUCAAUGCUGAUGUUGCAGGAAGGCCAAUACCGGUGAUUUCGUGGACAAAAGAUGGCAAGGAGCUUGAAGGAAAAGCUAGAGUUGAAAUAGCCUCAACAGAUUACACUACUGCAAUAACCAUUAAGGACUGUAUCCGAGGUGAUUCAGGACAGUAUUUACUAACAUUACAAAAUGUUGCAGGAACAAAAUCUUUGGCAAUUAACUGCAAAGUGCUUGAUAGACCUGGCCCACCUGCAGGCCCAUUAGAAACACAUGGCCUUACUGCUGAAAAGUGCCACUUAUCAUGGGGACCCCCUCAAGAAAAUGGUGGUGCAGAUAUUGAUUAUUAUAUUGUAGAAAAACGUGAGACCAGCAGACUUGCAUGGACCCUUUGUGAAGGAGAGCUUAGAACAACAUCCUGUAAAGUGACGAAACUACUGAAGGGUAAUGAGUAUAUUUUCAGAGUGAUGGGAGUUAACAAAUAUGGUGUUGGUGAGCCUCUGGAAAGUGUUGCUGUCAAAGCCCUAGACCCAUUUACAGUUCCAAGUCCACCUACAUCUCUAGAGAUCACCAGUGUGAGCAAAGAUUCAAUAACUCUGUGUUGGGCAAGACCUGAGUCUGAUGGAGGAAAUGAGAUCUCUGGCUAUGUAAUUGAAAGACGUGAGAAAACUAGCUUAAGAUGGAUUCGUGUAAACAAAAAGCCAGUUUAUGAUUUAAGAGUGAAAUCAUCUGGUCUCCGCGAAGGAUGUGAAUAUGAAUUCCGGGUUUAUGCAGAAAAUGCUGCUGGCCUCAGUCUUCCAAGUGAAACCACACCAUUGAUUAAGGCAGAAGAUCCAAUCUUCUUGCCGUCUCCCCCAUCUAAGCCUAAGAUUAUGGAUUCUACAAGGUCAAAUAUCACAAUCGGGUGGACAAAGCCGCUGUUUGAUGGAGGUGCUCCAGUAACAGGAUACACAGUUGAAUACAAGAAAACUGAUGAAACUGAUUGGACCACUGCUGUUCAGAACUUAAGAGGCACAGAAUACACUGUAUCUGGAUUAGUGUCAGGCUCUGAGUACGUCUUUAGAGUGAAAUCCAGUAACAAAAUUGGUGUCAGUGAACCAAGUGAUGUCUCAGAACCUCAGCUGGCAAAAGAAAGAGAAGAAGAACCUGCCUUUGAUAUUGACAGUGAAAUGCGGAAGACUUUGAUUGUAAAGGCUGGUGGAUCAUUCACAAUGACUGUUCCUUUCAGAGGCAAACCAGUCCCAAAUGUAACAUGGAACAAACCGGACACUGAUCUCCGUAUACGAGCAAGCAUUGAUACUUCAGAUAGUUGCACAUCUCUUACUAUUGAAAAAGCAACAAGAAAUGAUUCUGGAAAAUACACCUUAACAUUGCAAAACAUCCUGAACACUGCUACCUUGACUUUAAUUGUCAAAGUUCUUGAUACUCCUGGCCCACCAUCUAAUAUUGCAGUAAAAGAAGUAACUAAAGAAUCUGCUGUGUUAUCUUGGGAUGUUCCUGAAAAUGAUGGUGGAGCACCUGUGAGGAACUAUGUUAUUGAAAAACGAGAAGCUAGCAAAAAAGCGUGGGUCACUGUGACAAACAAUUGUCAUCGCCUGUCCUACAAAGUGACUGGCUUGCAAGAAGGUGCCAUUUACUACUUCCGGGUUUCUGGAGAAAAUGAGUAUGGUGUUGGAGCGCCUUCUGAGACCAAGGAAGGCACAAAAAUAACAGAAAAACCCAGCCCACCAGAAAAACUUGGAGUAACAAAUGUCACAAAGGACAGUGUUUCUCUUUCAUGGCUAAAACCAGAACAUGAUGGUGGAAGCAGAAUUGUGAGCUAUCUUGUUGAAGGUCUUGAGAAAGGACAGCAAAAAUGGGUUAAGUUUGCAGUUGUAAAGACAAAUCAUCAUGUUGUUCGUGGUCUUAAGGAGAAUGUUGACUAUUUCUUCAGAGUGUCUGCAGAAAACCAAGCUGGUUUAAGUGAUCCUAAGGAACUAUUGGUCCCUGUUACAGUUAAAGAACAAUUAGAAUCCCCUGAGAUUGACAUGAAGGGCUUCCCUCAUAACACUGUAUAUAUUCGAGCAGGAUCAAACCUGAAAGUUGAAAUUCCAGUUUCUGGAAAACCAGUGCCAAAGGUGACAUUGUCUAGAGAUGGUGCUCCACUGAAACCUACCAUGAGAUUUCACACAGAAACCACUGCAGAAAGUCUCAUCAUUAACCUUAAAGAAAGUGUGGCUGCUGAUGCUGGAAGAUAUGACAUUACUGCUGCCAACUCAAGUGGCACCACAAAAUCAUUUGUUAAUAUUGUUGUGUUGGAUAGACCAGGUCCUCCUGUUGGUCCUGUUGUCCUUAGCGAUAUCACUGAAGAGAGCGUAAUACUCAGAUGGCAGCCUCCAGCUUAUGAUGGUGGUAGUCAAGUUACCAACUAUAUUGUACUGAAAAGAGAAACAAGUACUGCUGCUUGGUCUGAGGUGUCUGCAACUGUUGCUAGAACUGUUAUUAAAGUUAUGAAGCUCACAACAGGAGAAGAAUACCAAUUCCGCAUCAAAGCUGAGAACCGCUUUGGCAUCAGUGAUCACAUAGACUCAAAAUGUGUGGUUGUUAAGCUUCCUUACACUACCCCUGGACCUCCUUCCACACCAUGGGUCACAAACGUAACCCGAGAGAGUAUUACUGUUGGAUGGCAUGAACCAGUCACUAAUGGUGGCAGUGCAGUCACUGGAUACCACCUGGAAAUGAAAGACAGGAAUAGCAUAUUAUGGCAGAAGGCUAAUAAGACUCUCAUUCGCACAACCCACUUCAAAGUCACCACAAUCAGUGCUGGCCUUAUCUAUGAAUUUAGGGUUUAUGCAGAAAAUGCAGCUGGCAUUGGAAAAGCAAGCCAUGCUUCUGAUCCAGUCCUUGCAAUUGAUGCUUGUGAACCACCAAGAAAUGUUCGUGUCUCAGAUAUUUCGAAGACUGCUAUCACUCUAACAUGGCAGAAGCCAGCAUUUGAUGGUGGUAGCAAGAUCACUGGAUACAUCGUAGAAAAACGUGAUCUUCCAGAUGGCAGAUGGACAAAAGCUAGCUUCACCAAUGUUAUUGAGACUCAUUUCACAAUAUCUGGUCUGACACAGAAUUCCCGGUAUGAAUUCCGGAUCUUUGCUAAGAAUGCGAUUGGUUCCAUUAGUAACCCCUCAGAUGUUGUGGGUCCUAUCACAUGUGUGGAUACAUACGGUGCACCUGAAAUCGAUGUGCCACCAGAAUAUACAGAAGUGGUGAAAUAUAAAGCAGGAACUUCAGUUAAGUUAAAACUAGGCAUCUCAGGCAAGCCUAUACCCACAAUUGAAUGGUUCAAAAAUAACAAUGAGGUACAAACCAGUGCACUAGUGUCUAUUGAAAACACAACAGAAUUUGCUUCUAUACUUAUCAAGGAUGCAACUCGGCUGAACAGUGGCACCUAUGAAUUAAAAUUGAAGAAUGCCAUGGGUUCGGCAUCAGCCCAUGUUAGACUACAGAUACUUGACAAGCCAGGACCCCCAAGUGGACCUAUACAGUUUAAGACAGUCACUGCUGAAAAGAUUACAAUAAUAUGGAACCCGCCAGUGGAUGAUGGUGGUGCACCUGUAACACACUAUGUUGUUGAAAAACGAGAGACAAGUCGGGUUGUAUGGUCUUUAAUUUCUGAAAAACUGGAGGGGUGUAUCAUAACUACAACAAAACUUAUCAAAGGAAAUGAAUAUGUGUUCCGUGUCCGUGGUGUAAACAAGUUUGGAGUUGGUGAUCCACUGGAGUCUGAGCCUGUUAUAGCUAAAAAUUCAUUUGUUACACCUGGACCACCUAGUGUGCCAGAAGUCACAAUGAUAACCAAAAAUUCUAUGACCGUUGUCUGGAAUAGGCCUACCGUUGAUGGAGGCAGUGAAAUAUCAGGAUAUUUUCUUGAGAAGCGUGACAAGAAGAGUCUGAGUUGGUUCAAGGUUACUAAAGAAACCAUUCGGGACACCAGACAAAAAGUAACAGGCCUGACUGAAAACAGUGAAUAUCAUUUCCGAGUUUGUGCUGUCAAUGCUGCUGGACAAGGGCCGUUCUCUGAAGCUUCUGACUUCUACAAAGCUGCAGAUCCUGUUGAUAAGCCAGGCUCACCAACAAAGCUGAAGGUUGUGGAUACAACCAAGACAUCUGUCACCCUUGGCUGGGUUAAACCUGCUUAUGAUGGAGGAAGUCCAAUUACCAGCUAUGUGGUGGAGAAAAGAGAAGGUGAAGAGCAAGAAUGGACUGUAGUCAGUACUAAGGGAGAAGUGAGAACAACUGAGUACGUUGUAUCCCACCUUCAGCCAAGUGUUAAUUAUUAUUUCCGCGUGUCUGCUAUAAAUUGUGCUGGACAAGGAGAGCCUAUUGAAAUGAUGGAACCUGUUCAAGCUAAAGAUAUUCUCGUGGCAUCAGAGAUUGAUCUGGAUGUUGCUCUCCAGACCUCUAUUAUUGCUAAAGCAGGUGAAGAUGUGCAAACAAUGAUUCCAUUCAAAGGCAGACCUCCUCCAACAGUCACAUGGAGAAAGGGUGACAAGAAUCUUGGGAUCGAUGAAAGAUAUAUCAUCCAGAACACAGAAUCAUCUACGCUACUUACUAUUCCUCAAGUUACCCGAAAUGAUACAGGAAAAUAUGUUCUUACAAUAGAAAAUGGAGUUGGAGAAGCAAAAUCCACAUUUGUUAAUGUAAAAGUACUUGACACGCCAUCAGCCUGCCAGAAGCUGCAGCUUAAGCAUGUUUCUCGUGGCACAGUUACACUGGUAUGGGAACCACCUCUCAUCAAUGGUGGUUCUGAAAUAACAAAUUAUGUUGUUGAAAAAAGAGAUGCUACAAAGAGGGCCUGGUCAACUGUAACAACAAAGUGUUCUCAUACUACCUUUAAGCUAACUAACCUGUCAGAGAAGACUGCAUUCUUCUUCCGUGUUCUUGCUGAAAAUGAAAUUGGACUGGGUGAACCUUGUGAGACAUCUGAACCAGUGAAAGCUGCAGACAUACCUGGACCAGUAAAAGACCUAGCCAUGAAAGAUUCUACAAAGACUUCUGUUAAAUUGCAGUGGAGCAAACCUGACUAUGAUGGUGGUAGCAUUAUAUCAGACUAUGUUAUUGAAAAGAAACUGCAGGAAGAAAAAGAAUGGACAUAUGCAGGCACAAGCAAAAGCUGUGAAUUUGAAGUUGAAAAACUUAAGGAGCUCUCUGUCAUGGAAUUCAAGGUCUUUGCUAGAAAUGAAAAAGGCAAAAGUGACGGUGUUACUGUUGGACCCAUUACAGUGAAAGAACAUAUAAUACCACCUGAAGCUGAUCUUUCUGAUAUUCCUGGAGGUCAAGUUUCAGUGAGAAUUGGACAUAACCUGCUUAUUGAAUUGUCCUAUAAAGGUAAACCUAAGCCAUCAAUGAGCUGGCUGAAAGACAACCUCCCUCUUAAAGAAACUGAACAUCUUCGUUUCAAGAAAACUGAAAACAAAAUAAGCUUAAGCAUCAAGAAUGCGAAAAAGGAGCAUGGUGGCAAAUAUACUUUAAUUCUUGACAAUGUAGUCUGCAGAAAAACAUUCACAAUCACUGUCAUUACUCUUGGGCCUCCAUCUAAGCCAAAAGCACCUUUAAGACUAGAUGAAAUCAAAGCAGAUAGUGUAGUUUUGUCAUGGGAAGCUCCUGAUGAUGAUGGUGGAGGAGAAAUUACUGGCUACAGUAUUGAGAAGAGAGAAACUUCACAAAUGAACUGGAAAUUGGUGUGUUCAAGUGCUGCAAGAACAACCUUCAAAGUACCAAACCUUGUUAAAGACACUGAAUAUCAGUUUAGAGUUCGUGCAGAAAACAGAUAUGGAGUGAGUCCACCUCUUGUCUCAGCAGAUGUUGUGGCAAAGCAUCAGUUUAGACCACCAGGUGCCCCAGGCAAGCCUGUUGUAUACAACAUAACCGCUGAUGGAAUGACCAUAUCUUGGGAUGCUCCUGUUUAUGAUGGUGGCUCAGAGAUUAUUGGAUACCAUGUUGAAAAGAAGGAAAGAAACAGUAUUUUGUGGCAAAAGGUUAAUGUUGCAUUAAUAUCUAGCAGAGAAUACAGGAUUACUGGACUGCUUGAGGGCCUGGAUUACCAGUUCCAAGUAUAUGCUGAAAAUGCUGCAGGUCUAAGCCGAGCUAGUGAGCCAAGCAAAUUUACUUUGGCAGUCUCUCCAGUGGACCCACCUGGUACUCCUGAUUACAUUGACGUCACCAGGGAAACAGUCACCCUUAAAUGGACCCCACCGCUACGCGAUGGAGGCAGUAAGAUUGUGGCUUACAGCAUUGAGAAACGGCAAGGAAGUGAAGACCGUUGGCUCAGAUGUAACUUUACUGAUGUCAGUGAAUGCCAAUAUACAGUUACAGGACUCAGUUCAGGUGACCGAUAUGAAUUCAGAGUGCUUGCAAGAAACGCUGUUGGUACAAUCAGCCCGCCUUCACAGUCUUCAGGCUAUAUCAUGACCAGAGAUGAAAACAUUGCUCCAACAAUUGAAUUUGGCCCUGAGCACUUUGAAGGCCUUACUGUUAAAGCUGGAGAGAGCAUUAGACUUAAAGCUCUAAUCAAAGGACGUCCAGUACCUAAAGUGACAUGGUUUAAAGAUGGUAAGGAGAUUGAGAAAAUAAUGAAUAUAGAAAUAACUACAGCUAUUGGAUAUAGCACAAUCUUCAUCAGAGAUGCUAUCCGGGAACAUCGUGGAGUGUACACAGUAGAAGCCAAAAAUGCAUCAGGCACUAAACGAGAAGAUAUUACCAUCAGAGUACAAGACACACCAGGAAAAGUUGGUGGACCAAUACGAUUCACAAACAUUACUGGAGAGAAAGUCACGUUAUGGUGGGAGCCUCCAGCUAAUGAUGGUUGCGCUUCUAUCUCCCACUACAUAAUUGAAAAACGUGAAACUAGCAGGAUUGCUUGGGCAUUAGUUGAAGAUAAAUGUGAAGCUUGCAGCUACACAGCACUUAAAUUAAUUAAAGGAAAUGAGUACCAGUUCCGUGUCUCUGCAGUGAACAAAUUUGGAGUUGGCAGACCAUUGGAGUCUGAUCCAGUUACUGCACAAAUACCUUAUACUAUCCCUGAUGCACCAGGAACUCCAGAGCCUACCAACGUAACAGGAGAUAGUAUCACACUCACUUGGACAAGACCAGCAUCAGAUGGCGGAAGCGAGAUAAAUGAGUAUAUUCUAGAAAGGAGAGAAAAGAAGAGCAUGCGCUGGGUUAAAGUAUCCAGUAAGAGGCCUAUUACUGAGAACAGAUACAGAGUAACAGGCCUAAUGGAAGGCAAUGAGUACGAGUUCCAUGUCAUGGCUGAAAACGCUGCAGGAGUUGGACCUCCAAGUGAUGUUUCAAAACUGGUUAAAUGUAGAGAACCAGUCAGCCCACCAAGUGCUCCUAAUGUUGUCAAGGUGACAGAUACAUCAAAGACUAGUAUAAGCUUGGAGUGGACCAAGCCAGUAUUUGAUGGAGGCAUGGAAAUAAUUGGAUAUAUCAUUGAGAUGUGCAAAGCUGAUCUCGAAUCAUGGCAGAAGGUCAAUGCAGAGACUGUUCUUGCUACUAAAUAUACUGUCAUUGAUUUGGAGGCAGGAGAACACUAUAAAUUCAGAGUUAGUGCUGUCAAUGGUGCUGGCAAAGGAGAAAGUUGUGAAAUUCCUGCUUCGGUCCAAACUGUGGACAGGCUUUCUGCACCUGAAAUUGAUAUUGAUGCAAACUUCAAGCAGACUCAUAUUGUAAGAGCAGGUGCAAGCAUUCGUCUAUUUAUUGCCUUCUCUGGAAGACCUGUUCCUACUGCUGUGUGGUCCAAAGCAGAUGCUAAUCUCAGCUUGCGUGCUGACAUUCAAACAACUGAUUCAUUCAGUACAUUGACUGUGGAGGAAUGCAAUAGAAAUGAUUCUGGCAAGUAUGUCUUUACUGUGGAAAACAACAGUGGAAGUAAGUCUAUUACAUUUACUGUCAAGGUUUUGGACACACCUGGUCCACCUGGUCCUAUUACGUUUAAAGAUGUGACUCGAGGAUCUAUAACUUUAAUGUGGGAUGCUCCUGUUCUGGAUGGAGGUUCACGUAUCCAUCACUACAUUGUGGAAAAACGAGAAGCAAGCCGUCGUAGCUGGCAAGUGGUGAGUUCAAAAUGCACUCGACAAAUCUUUAAGGUCACCGAUCUGUCAGAAGGCGUGCCAUAUUUCUACCGAGUGUCAGCAGAAAAUGAAUACGGUGUAGGUGAACCCUGUGAAUUAACAGAACCAGUUGUAGCCACAGAAGAACCUGCUCCACCUAAGAGACUAGAUAUUGUUGAUACAACCAAAUCUUCUGUAGUUUUAGCUUGGCUUAAACCUGAUCAUGAUGGUGGUAGCCGUGUUACUGGAUACCUUCUCGAAAUGAAACAAAAAGGAUCUGACUCAUGGAUUGCAGCUGGGCAAACUAAACAACUUACUUUCACUGUUGAAGGCCUUGUGGAGAACACUGAAUAUGAGUUCCGGGUCAAGGCAAGAAAUGAUGCUGGCUACAGUGCACCGAGAGAAGCUUUCUCUUCUGUUAUUAUUAAGGAGCCACAGAUUGAACCAACAGCAGAUCUCAGUGAAAUAAGCAGACAGCUCAUAACAUGCAAGGCUGGAAGCACCUUUACUAUUGACAUACCCAUCAGUGGGCGCCCAGCUCCAAAAGUGACAUGGAAACUUGAGGAGAUGCGGCUGAAGGAAACUGAGAGAGUGACUAUCAAGACAACAAAAGACAGAACCACACUGACUGUAAAGGACAGUAUGAGAGGUGACUCUGGUAAAUACUACCUCACACUUGAAAACACUGCUGGUGUGAAAACAUUCGCUGUCACAGUGGUAGUCAUAGGAAGGCCAGGUCCCGUCACUGGCCCAAUUGAAAUAUCAUCUGUCUCUGCUGAAUCCUGUGUGUUGACCUGGAAAGAACCUGAAGAUGAUGGUGGCAGUGAGAUUACAAACUACAUUGUAGAAAAACGUGAAUCUGGCACAACAGCAUGGCAGCUGGUAAAUUCCAGUGUGAAGCGUACACAAGUCAAAGUCGCUCAUCUCACAAAAUACCAGGAGUACAGUUUUCGAGUAAGCUCAGAAAACAGAUUUGGUGUUAGCAAACCCCUUGAAUCAAAAACGAUAGUUGCUGAGCAUCCAUUCGUCCCACCAAGCCCACCUUCUAGGCCAGAAGUCUAUUCUGUGUCUGCAACUGCCAUGGCCAUUCGCUGGGAGGAGCCCUAUCAUGAUGGUGGCAGCAAAGUCAUUGGAUAUUGGGUUGAAAAGAAGGAACGCAACACUAUCCUUUGGGUGAAGGAGAACAAAGUGCCAUGCUGUGAAUGCAACUACAAAGUCAUGGGAUUGGUGGAAGGCCUAGAAUAUCAAUUCAGAACAUAUGCUUUAAAUGCUGCAGGUGUUAGCAAAGCUAGUGAAGCUUCUAGACCUGUAGUGGCUCAAAAUCCAGUUGAUCCACCAGGGAGACCAGAAGUAACAGACGUCACCAGAUCUACAGUGUCACUGAGCUGGUCAGCACCCCUUUAUGAUGGUGGAAGCAAAAUUAUCGGAUAUAUUAUAGAGCGCAAACCAUAUAAUGAAUCUGGUGAUGGACGCUGGCUGAAAUGCAAUUAUACCAUUGUCUCAGAAAACUCUUUUACGGUGACAGCUCUUAGUGAAGAUGAAGCAUACGAAUUCCGUGUACUAGCAAAGAAUGCUGCUGGUGUGAUUAGCAAAGGAUCUGAAUCGACUGGUGCUGUCAUUUGCAGAGAUGAAUACUCACCACCAAAGGCUGAACUUGAUGCCAGACUGCAGGGAGAAGUUGUGACCAUCAGGGCUGGAUCAGAUCUUGUUCUCGAUGCAGCCAUUGGUGGGAAACCAGAACCAAAAGUCUUCUGGUCCAAAGGUGAUAGGGAAUUGGAUCUAUGUGAAAAGAUAUCUCUGCAAUAUACCAGCAAACGAGCCAUCGCAAUUAUCAAGUUCUGUGACAGAAGUGACAGUGGAAAAUAUACUCUAACAGUUAAAAAUGCCAGUGGGAUGAAACAAAUUUCUGUAAUUGUUAAAGUGCUUGAUUCACCAGGGCCAUGCGCAGGCAAAAUCACAGUUAGCAGAGUAACAGAAGAGAAAUGUACUCUGGCAUGGAACAUUCCUGAGGAAGACGGAGGAGCACAAAUCACUCACUAUAUUGUAGAAAGGCGUGAAACCAGCAGACUUCAUUGGGUUAUUGUUGAGGCUGAAUGCCAGACUUUAUCAUAUGUGGUAACAAAACUUAUUAAAAAUAAUGAAUACAUCUUCCGUGUGAGAGCUGUCAAUAAAUAUGGACCAGGUGUUCCACUUGAAACAGAACCUGUGAUUGCCAGGAAUGCUUUCACUAUCCCAUCACAGCCUGGUGCUCCUGAAGAAGUGAGUGUUGGCAAAGAACAUAUCAUUAUUCAGUGGACAAAACCAGAAUCUGAUGGUGGCAAUGAGAUUAAGGACUAUCUUGUCGACAAACGUGAAAGGAAAAGUCUGCGCUGGACACGGGUGAACAGAGAUUACACAGUUUAUGAUACCAGACUGAAAGUCACGGGUCUUAUGGAAGGCAGCCAGUACCAGUUCCGUGUCACUGCAGUGAAUGCUGCUGGGAACAGUGAGCCUAGUGAAGCUUCGCAAUACAUGCUAUGUAAAGAACCAUCGUAUACUCCUGCACAACCUUCAGCUCCAAGAGUCGUGGAUACUACUAAGCACAGCAUAAGUUUAGCAUGGUCAAAGCCCACAUAUGACGGUGGUGCUGACAUCUUAGGCUAUGUUCUUGAAAUGAAAGAAGAAGGUACUGAACAGUGGUAUCGACCACAUACAACUGCCACUCUGAGGAAUGCUGAGUUCACUGUGACUGGUCUUAAAACAAGCCAGAAAUACCAAUUUAGAGUUGCUGCUACAAAUGUGAAUGGUAUGAGUGAAUUCAGUGAAUCAUCAGCAGAAAUAGAACCUGUGGAAAGAAUAGAAAUACCUGAACUUGAACUUGCUGAGGACCUGAAGAAGACAGUCACAGUCAGAGCUGGUGGUUCCCUGCGCCUAAUGGUCUCUGUAUCUGGCAGACCUGCUCCUGUAAUCACAUGGAGCAAGCAGGGUGUUGACCUUGUAAGUCGAGCUAUUAUUGAUACUACAGACAGCUACACUCUUCUUGUUGUGGAUAAAGUUAAUCGGUAUGAUGCUGGAAAGUACGUCAUUGAGGCUGAAAAUCAAUCAGGAAAAAAAUCUGCAACUAUUUCUGUAAGAGUGUAUGAUACACCUGGUCCGCCAGCUUCAGUGAGAAUUAAAGAAGUAUCAAAAGAUUCUGUGACACUUACUUGGGAUAUUCCAACCAUUGAUGGUGGAGCCCCAGUCAACAAUUACAUAAUUGAGAAACGUGAAGCUUCCAUGAGAGCUUACAAGACUGUCACUACCAAAUGCAGCAAGACAUUUUAUAGAGUUACUGGACUUCUAGAAGGAGCUUUGUAUUAUUUCAGAGUACUACCAGAAAAUAUUUAUGGCAUUGGUGAACCUUGUGAAACAUCUGAUGCAGUACUAGUAUCCGAUGUCCCCAUGGUACCACAAAAACUUGAAGUGAUUGACACCACUAAAUCAACUGUUACUCUUGCAUGGGAGAAACCAUCCCAUGAUGGUGGCAGCAGGUUGACUGGCUAUGUUAUUGAGGCCAGCAAAGCUGGAACAGAAAGAUGGUUGAAGGUAGUGACACUGAAGCCUACUGUCUACGAGCAUACAAUUAUCUCUCUCAAUGAAGGUGAACAGUAUUUGUUCAGGGUCAGAGCACAGAAUCAGAAGGGAGUGUCAGAACCACGAGAGAUUGUCACAGCAGUGACAGUACAAGACCAAAAAGUUCUACCAACAAUUGACUUCUCUGGAAUACCUCAGAAGACAAUUCAUGUACCUGCUGGCAAGCCCAUUGAAUUAGCUAUUCCAAUUGAAGGACGACCACCUCCAGCUGCAUCUUGGUUCUUUGCUGGUUCUAAAUUAAAAGAAUCAGAACGCAUCAAAGUGGAGACUGCUGCAAAAAUGACUAAAUUAACUGUGCGUGAGACCACCAUACAUGACACUGGAGAGUAUACACUUGAACUAAAGAACACAACUGGAACAGUUACAGAUACGAUAAAGGUUAUAAUCCUCGACAAACCUGGACCACCUGUUGGACCUAUCCGAAUUGAUGAAGUUGAUGCAAAUUAUGUAACCAUUUCCUGGGAGCCACCUGAACUAGAUGGGGGAGCUACCCUGAGUGGCUAUGUGGUAGAGCAGCGUGAUGCUCACCGUCCUGGAUGGCUGCCAGUUUCAGAGUCAGUAACCAGGACAACGUUUAAGUUCACAAGACUUGUUGAAGGUGCAGAAUACGUGUUCCGCGUGGCUGCUACAAACCGCUUUGGAAUUGGAUCUUACCUGCAGUCUGAAAUUAUAGAAUGCAAGAGCAGAAUCCGUAUUCCUGGUCCUCCUGGCACUCCAGAAGUGUUUGAUAUCUCUAGAGAUGGCAUGACAUUAACUUGGUAUCCUCCAGAAGAUGAUGGUGACUCACAGAUUACUGGCUAUAUUGUGGAACGCAAAGAAGUUAGAGCAGAUAGAUGGAUCCGUGUAAAUAAAGUUCCAGUCACUAUGACUCGUUACCGCUCCACUGGCUUGGUUGAAGGAUUAGAAUACGAACACCGAGUCACUGCAAUCAAUGCCAGAGGCACUGGGAAACCCAGCCGUCCUUCUAAGUCUGCUGUUGCCAGAGAUCCAAUUGCUCCUCCAGGUAAACCACAGAAUCCAAGAGUAACUGAUACUACAAGAACAUCUGUCUCCCUGGCUUGGAGUCCACCAGAAGAUGAAGGUGGUUCUAAAGUUACUGGCUACUUAAUUGAGAUGCAGAAGGUUGAUCAAUUUGAAUGGACCAAAUGCAAUACCACACCAACCAAGAUUCGUGAAUACACCUUAACACAUUUACCUCAGGGUGCAGAGUACAGAUUCCGUGUACUAGCCUGUAAUGCUGGUGGACCAGGAGAACCUGCUGAUGUGCCAGGAACUGUCAAAAUAACAGAAAUGCUUGAAUAUCCUGACUAUGAACUUGAUGAAAAAUACCAGGAAGGUCUCAUGGUGAGACAAGGUGGAGUUAUCAGGCUUACAAUACCCAUUAAAGGUAAACCCAUCCCAAUAUGCAAAUGGACUAAAGAAGGACAUGACAUCAGCAAGAGGGCCAUGAUUGCGACUUCUGACACUCACACAGAACUUGUGAUCAAAGAUGCAGAAAGAGAAGACUCAGGCACCUAUGAUUUGGCACUUGAAAACAAGUGUGGCAAAAAAGCUGUGUAUAUUAAAGUCAGAGUGAUUGGCAUUCCAAAUCCACCAGAAGGGCCACUUGAGUAUGAUGAUAUACAAGCUCGUUCCGUCAGAGUUAGCUGGAGACCUCCCACAGAUGAUGGUGGUGCUGAUAUCCUAGGUUACAUUGUUGAGAGACGAGAAGUACCGAAGACUGCCUGGUACACUGUUGACUCUAGAGUGAAAGGGACAUCACUAGUGGUGAAAGGGCUAAAAGAAAAUGUGGAAUAUCACUUCCGUGUUUCUGCUGAAAACCAUUUUGGUAUUAGCAAAUCUCUCAAAUCUGAAGAACCAGCAGUGCCAAAGACACCUCUAAAUCCUCCAGAGCCUCCAAACAACCCACCUGAAGUGCUUGAUGUUACAAAGAGUUCUGUCAACUUGUCCUGGGCCAGACCUAAAGAUGAUGGUGGUUCCCGUGUAACUGGCUACUACAUUGAACGUAAAGAGACAUCUACAGAAAAAUGGGUCCGGCAUAAUAAAACACAGAUUACCACUACAAUGUACACAGUCACAGGACUUGUUCCAGAUGCUGAAUAUCAAUUCCGUAUCAUUGCUCAAAAUGACAUUGGUGAAAGUGAAGCAAGUCCUCCUUCUGAACCAGUUGUAUGCAAGGAUCCAUUUGACAAACCAAGCCAGCCUGGAGAAAUUGAGAUCACUUCUAUAUUAAAGGACAGCAUUACAUUAGAAUGGGAAAGACCUGAAAGUGAUGGUGGCAAAGAGAUCCUUGGCUAUUGGGUUGAAUAUCGCCAGUCUGGAGAAAGCACCUGGAAAAAAUGCAAUAAAGAACGCAUCAAGGACAGGCAGUUUACAGUAGGAGGUUUACUCGAGGCUACAGAAUAUGAGUUCCGUGUUUUUGCAGAAAAUCAGACUGGCCUCAGCAGACCUCGAAGGACUGCUAUGGCAGUGAAAACUAAAUUAACAUCUGGAGAAGCACCCGCCAUCAAAAAAGAAAUGCAGGAUGUUACAACUAAACUGGGUGAAGCAGCUCAGCUGACAUGCCAGAUUGUUGGGAGACCUUUGCCUGAUAUUAAAUGGUAUCGCUUUGGCAAAGAACUGGUGCAAAGCCGAAAAUACAAAAUGUCAUCUGAUGGUCGCAAUCAUACUCUGACAGUAAUGACAGAUGAACAGGAGGAUGAAGGUCUCUACACCUGUAUGGCUACUAAUGAUGUUGGGGAAAUUGAAACUAGUGGCAAGCUAUUAUUGCAGGCUCCUCCUCAGUUCCACCCUGGCUUCCCGUUGAAAGAGAAGUACUAUGCAGGUGCAGGUGGCACCCUCCGCCUUCAUGUUGUGUAUAUUGGCCGACCAGUACCAGCAAUAACUUGGUUCCACGGCAACAAACCUUUGAGAGGAUCAGAAACAGUUACUAUUGAGAACACAGAGCAUUAUACUCAUCUUGCGAUUAAGAAUGUCCAGCACAAGGCUCAUGCUGGGAAAUACAAAGUGCAACUCAGUAACACAUUUGGAACUGUUGACACAGUACUUAAUGUGGAAAUACAAGAUAAGCCAGAUAAACCAGUAGGGCCAAUUGUUAUAGAGUCUAUACUGAAGAAUUCUGUGGUGAUAAGCUGGCAACCACCGGAGGAUGAUGGAGGUGCUAUGAUAACCAGUUAUAUCAUAGAGAAACGUGAAGCCAAGGAAGGAGCAGAAUGGCAACUUGUAUCUUCAAGCAUUUCAGGCACAACCUGUAGAAUUAUUAACCUAACUGAAAAUGCAGGCUAUUAUUUCCGUGUUUCUGCUCAGAACACAUAUGGCAUUAGUGAAGCACUGGAGGUUUCAUCAGUUGUUGUUAUGAAGCCUCCAUUUGAAAAACCAGGACCACCAGGUCAGCCAGCAGUAAGUGCUGUCACAAAGGAUUCUUGUGUUGUCUCAUGGAAGCCACCUGCAAGUGAUGGCGGUGCAAAGAUUAGAACUUACUAUCUCGAGAAGCGUGAGAAAAAACAGAACAAGUGGAUUUCUGUUACAACAGAUGAAAUUCGUGAAACAGUCUAUUCUGUGAAAGACCUUAUUGAAGGUCUGGAAUACGAGUUCCGCGUCAAAUGUGAAAAUCUUGGCGGUGAAAGUGAGUGGAGUGAGGUAUCACAACCAGUCACUCCAAAAUCUGAUGUACCAAUUAAAGCUCCACAUUUCAAGGAAGAACUAAGGAAUUUAAAUGUGAAAUUCCAAGCUAAUGCCACAUUUGUCUGCAAAGUCACUGGUCAUCCUAAACCAAUUGUCAAGUGGUACAGACAGGGCAAAGAAAUCAUGCCAGAUGGUGAAAAGAUCAAGAUACAGGAAUUCAAGGGUGGAUAUCACCAGCUAGUUAUCACAAAUGUAACAGAUGAUGAUGCCACAGUAUAUCAAGUUAGAGCUACCAACCAAGGAGGAUCUGUGUCUGGGACUGCCUCUUUGGAUGUUGAAGUUCCUGCAAAGAUUCACUUGCCCAAAAAUCUGGAAGGCAUGGGAGCUGUUCAUGCCCUCCGAGGGGAAGUAGUGAGCAUCAAGAUUCCAUUCAGUGGCAAGCCAACCCCUGUGAUCACAUGGCAGAAGGGACAAGACCUCAUUGAUACUAAUGGACACUACCAAGUCAUUGUUACGCGAUCAUUCACAUCUCUUGUUUUCCCAAAUGGUGUUGACAGAAAAGAUGCAGGGUUUUACAUUGUUUGUGCCAAAAAUAGAUUUGGAAUCGACCAAAAAACAGUUGAAUUAGAUGUAGCUGAUGUGCCUGAUCCACCAAGAGGUUUGAAGGUAACUGACAUUUCAAGGGACUCGGUUAAUUUAACCUGGAAUGAACCAGCUACUGAUGGUGGAAGCAGAAUCAUAAACUACAUUAUUGAGAAACGUGCUACAACAGCAGAGCAAUGGAUUCGUGUUGCACAGGCUCGUGAUACACGGUACACAGUGGUGAACCUGUUUGGCAAAACCACCUACCAGUUCCGUGUAAUUGCAGAAAACAAGUUUGGCCAAAGCCAGCCUUCUGAACCUACUGAUCCAAUUAUAACAAAAGAAGAUAAGACCAGGGUAACGAACUAUGAUGAAGAAGUUGAUGAGACCAGGGAAGUCACCACAGAUAAAGCAGCUCACUAUUCUACAAAGGAACUCUAUAACAGAUACAUGAUUGCAGAAGAGCUUGGACGUGGGCAGUUUGGCAUUGUACACCGCUGUGUUGAAGCGGUUUCAAAGAAGACUUACCUGGCUAAGUUUGUCAAAGUAAAGGGUGCUGACCAAGUUUUGGUAAAGAAAGAAAUUUCCAUUCUUAACAUUGCUAGGCACCGAAAUAUCCUGUAUCUUCAUGAAUCAUUUGAGAGCCUAGAAGAAUUGGUCAUGAUCUUUGAAUUCAUUUCUGGAGUUGACAUCUUUGAAAGAAUCAGCACAGCUUCAUUUGAACUUAAUGAAAGAGAAAUAGUAAGUUAUGUACGCCAGGUCUGCGAUGCACUAGAAUUUUUGCAUCGCCAUACCAUUGGACAUUUUGAUAUUAAGCCAGACAACAUUAUUUAUGUCACAAGAAGAAGCUCUGCAGUUAAAAUUGUUGAAUUUGGUCAAGCCAGACAACUGAAGCCUGGAGACAGCUUUAGGCUCCAGUUCACCUCUCCUGAAUAUUAUGCACCUGAAGUACAUCAUCAUGAUUUAGUCAGUACAGCCACUGACAUGUGGUCAGUUGGUGCUCUAACAUACAUACUUCUCAGUGGCAUCAAUCCUUUCAUUGCUGAAACAAACCAACAAGUUAUUGAAAAUAUUCUGAAUGCUGAAUACAACUUUGAUGAUGAAGCAUUCAAAGACAUAAGCAUUGAGGCCAUGGACUUUAUCGAUCGCCUACUAGUAAAGGAAAGAAAAGCUCGGAUGACAGCUGCUGAAGCGCUUAAUCAUGUAUGGCUAAAACAGCAAACAGAAAAGACCAGCACUAAAGUCAUCAAGACCUUGAGGCACAGGCGUUACUACCAAACUCUAGUAAAGAAGGAGUGGAAUACAGUUGUUUCAGUAGCCCGUAUUUCCUGUGGAGGUGCAAUUAGAUCUCAGAAAGGCAUAACAGUGGCUAAAGUUAAAGUUGCACCAAUAGACAUUGGUCCCAGCACUGGGCAGAUAAAGCAUGCUGUUGUGGAAGAAGGAGGGCAUGCCAAAUAUGUAUGUAGGAUUGAAAAUUAUGAUCAGUCCACACAAGUCACAUGGUACUUUGGUAUGAGGCAAUUAGAAAGCAAUGAGAAAUAUGAAAUCAAAUAUGAAGAAGGUGUGGCAACUAUGUAUGUCAAAGAUGUCUCUAAAUCUGAUGAUGGUACCUACAGAUGCAAGGUAGUAAAUGACUAUGGAGAAGACAGCUCUUACGCAGAACUUUUUGUUAAAGGUGUGAGAGAAAUUUCUGAGCACUACAGAUGCAGAACUGUUAGGAAAGUGAAACGACGGGUUGAUACUAUGAGACUAUUAGAACGUCCACCAGAAUUCACCUUGCCUUUGUACAACCGUACUGCAUACAUUGGAGAAAAUGUCAGGUUUGGAGUAACUAUAACAGUUCACCCAGAACCUCGCGUAACCUGGUUCAAAUCAGGCCAGAAAAUCAAACCUGGUGAUGAUGAUAGGAAGUAUACUUUUGAAUCAGAUAAAGGUCUUUAUCAACUCGUGAUCAAUAAUGUCACUGAAGAGGAUGAUGCUGAAUACAGUAUUGUGGCACGCAAUAAGUAUGGUGAAGACAGCUGCAAAGCUAAGCUGACUGUGAUUCCACAUCCACCUCCAGCAGAUGCCACACUAAGGCCAAUGUUUAAAAGACUGCUGGCAAACGCUGAAUGUCAAGAAGGCCAAAAUGUCAGUUUUGAGAUCAGGGUAUCUGGUGUACCAAAACCAACUCUGAAAUGGGAGAAAGAUGGUCAACCUCUAUCCUUUGGUCCUAACUUUGAUAUAAUUCAUGAAGGUUUAGAUUAUUAUGCUUUGCAUAUCAGAGAUACUUUACCUGAAGACAGUGGUUAUUACAGAGUUACUGCCACAAACAGUGCUGGAUCUACAAGCUGCCAGGCUUAUCUAAAAGUUGAACGCCUGAAAUAUGUCAAGCGUGAGUAUAAGUCUGAAGAAGAGCGGGAAAAGCAUGUACAAAGGCAAAUUGACAAGACCUUACGAAUGGCAGAGAUCCUUUCUGGUGCUGAAGCUGUUCCACUGACACAAACUGCACAAGAGGCUCUCAGAGAAGCUGCUAUCUUAUAUAAACCAGCUGUUAGCACUAAGACUGUCAAAGGUGAAUAUGAAAUUAAGAAAGAAGAAAAGAAGGAAGAAAGAAAACUUCGUAUGCCCUAUGAGGUCCCAGAGCCUCGCAAACAUGCGCGCACUACUCUUGAGGAAGAUCAGAACAUUAAACACUUUGUGCCUCUGUCAGACAUGAAGUGGUACAAGAGACUGCGAGACCAGUUCGAAAUGCCAGGAAAAAUUGAGAGAACUGUUCAGAAACGCCAGAAACGCAUACGUCUUUCCAGGUGGGAGCAAUUUUAUGUGAUGCCACUGCCACGUGUUUCUGAUCAAUAUAAGCCUAAAUGGCGCAUACCAAAGCUAACACAAGAUGAUUUGGAAAUUGUGAGACCAGCACGUCGGCAUAUCCCGUCUCCAGACUACGAGUAUUACUAUAGACCAAGAAGGCGAUCACUUGGUGACUUGUCUGAUGAAGAAUUACUCCUGCCUAUUGAUGACUAUUUAGCCAUGAAAAGAACUGAAGAGGAAAGACUGCGCCUUGAAGAAGAGCUAGAGUUAGGCUUUUCUGCUUCCCCUCCAAGCAGAAGCCCUCCACGCUUUGAACUUUCUUCCCUUCGCUACUCUACUGAAACAGCACAGGUCAGUUCAGAGGAAGAAAGAAAAAGACAGCUGAGGUACUCAAGCUAUCACAUCCCAACUAAAGCUGAGACCAGUGCUAGCUAUGCAGAGCUUCGUCAACGUCACGACAGGGCUGCCUACAGACCACCUAAACAAAAGCAAAGGAUAAUGGCUGAAAGAGAGGAUGAAGAAUUGCUCCGUCCUGUUGGCACUGCUCAACGACUCUCUGAAUACAGGAGUGAGCUUGAAUACAUGGCAGAAGAGGAAAAGAGCAGACUCAGAAGAAGGAGGGAAAGAGAAAUAACUGAGAUUACAUCAGAAGAAGAAGAAGAAAUAGAAAUGGUGCAACAGGUUCACAGGGAAUUUUCACCUCCCUCUAGAUUACUAAGGAGGAGAAGAUCUCUUUCUCCAACUUACAUUGAGUUGAUGCGUCCUGUAUCUGAAUUAAUACGGCCUCGCUCACGGCCUCCUGAAGAAAGUGAGAGGAGAUCCCCGACACCAGAGAGAACUCGACCACGUUCACCUAGCCCAGUUUCUAGUGAAAGAUCACUCUCUCGGUUUGAGAGGAUGGCACGAUUUGAUAUCUUUUCCAGAUAUGAGUCCAUGAAAUCUGCUUUGAAAACUCAGAAAACUAUGGAAAGGAAAUACGAAGUAUUUACUCAACAGCCUUUCACCCUUGACCAUGCUCCUCGCAUUACCCUGAGAAUGCGCUCACACCGCGUACCCUGUGGCCAUAAUACCAGGUUCAUUCUAAAUGUCCAGUCAAAACCAACUGCUGAAGUGAAGUGGUACCAUAAUGGUAUUGAGCUCCAGCAGAGCAGUAAGAUACAUUUUACUAAUACCAGUGGUGUAUUAACUCUGGAGAUUCUUGACUGCCACAUUGACGACAGUGGAACAUACCGGGCUGUAUGCACAAACUACAAAGGGGAAUGCUCUGAUUAUGCAACACUAGAUGUUACUGGAGGAGAUUACAUUACAUACUCUUCCCAGCGGAGAGAUGAGGAAGUACCAAGGUCAAUUUUACCUGACUUGACAAAAACAGAGGCAUAUGCAGUCUCCUCAUUUAAGAAAGCAACUGCUACAGAAGCAAGUUCCUCAGUAAGAGAGGUUAAAUCAGAAAUGUCAGCAACAAGAGAAUCACUCUUAUCAUAUGAACACUAUGCUGCUUCUGAAGAAAAACUCACAGCAGCUGAAGAAAAGUCAUUGGAGGAAAGGACUGUACACAAGGCAUUUAAAAGCACUCUACCUGCAACAAUUCUUACAAAACCACGGUCAAUCACAGUUUCUGAAGGGGAGACUGCAAGAUUUUCCUGUGAUGUCGAUGGUGAACCAGCACCAAUAAUAACAUGGUUCCGUGCAGGUCAACCCAUUGUUUCUUCAAGGCGCUUCCAAGUAACACGAACACAGUACAAGUCUACUUUUGAAAUUACUUCUGUCCAGAUGUCCGAUGAGGGAAGUUACACUGUUGUGGUGGAAAACGCCGAAGGAAGGCAGGAAGCACAUUUCACUUUGACUAUUCAAAGAACAAAAAUUCCUGAAAAAGCUAUUGCAGCACCUCCAACAGUCAAAUCUCCCGAGCCUCGUGUAAAGUCUCCAGAACUAGUUAAGUCUCCGAAACGAGUAAAAUCUCCUGAACCCAUCAGCAGCCCCCCAAAAGCAAAGUCACCACCUGCAGACAAAACAGUACCAGCAGAGAAAGUACAAUUACCAACUGCCUCUUCACCAAAGAUAAAACAGCAUCUGAAAGCAGAAACUCUUGGAGAUGAGGUGAAGUUAUCCUGUGCAGUUGAAAGCAGUGUUUUAAGUGUCAGAGAAGUGGCUUGGUAUAAGGAUGGCAAAAAACUAAAAGAAGACCAUCAUUUCAAGUUUCAUUAUGCAGCAGAUGGCACCUAUGAGCUCAAAAUCCAUGAUCUCAUGGAAUCUGAUAAAGGAGAAUACACCUGUGAAAUUACUGGGGAAGGAGGUGUUUCGAAAACUAACUUCCAGUUUACUGGCCAAGUAUUUAAAAAUAUCCACUCCCAAGUAAGAGGUGUAUCUGAAACUCACAAAUCAGUUCAGAAAGAAAAUGAGUUGCUUACAGUUUCUUCCCAGAAGAAAUCAGCAGUGGCAACUGAAGAAAAAGCAGCCAUUGAAGAAGUCAUUAAGAAGUCAAUUGUUACUGAAGAUGUCAAACAACUGAAAGCAGAAAUUAAAGCAUCUUCAACUAAAAUGACAGUGUCCGAAGGGCAGAAAGUGACAUUGAAAGCCAACAUUCCUGGUGCCUCUGAAGUAAAAUGGAUGCUGAAUGGAAUGGAGCUGAGAAAUUCAGAUGAUUACAGAUAUGGUGUUUCUGGAAGUGAUCACACACUAACUAUCAAAAAGGCUAGUAGUAAAGAUGAAGGUAUCCUCACCUGUGAGGGCAAGACUGACGAAGGCAUAAUUAAAUGCCAGUACGUUCUGACCUUCUCUAAGGAGCGAUCCAACGAGCCAGCAUUUAUCAUGCAGCCUAAGUCUCAAAAUGUCAAUGAAGGACAAGAUGUAUUGUUCACCUGUGAAGUUUCUGGGGAUCCUUCUCCUGAAAUUGAGUGGUUUAAGAAUAAUCAACCUAUUGCUGUUUCAUCACACAUCAGAGUAACGCGCUCUAAAAACAUAUAUUCUCUUGAGAUUCAAAAUGCAGCAGUAAGUGACACCGGAAAAUACACAGUCAAAGCAAAAAAUUACCAUGGGCAGUGUUCUGCUACAGCAUCUUUGACUGUACUCCCUCUAAUUGAAGAACCACCAAAAGAGGUAGUAUUGAAGACAAGUGGCGACGCAAGCAUGCACGAAAGUUUUUCUUCUCAGUCCUUUCAAAUGGCUUCUUCUAAACAAGAGGCUUCAUUCAGCAGUUUCAGCAGUAGCAGCAUGACUGAAAUGAAAUUUGCCAGCAUGUCUGCCAAAAGCAUGUCCUCCAUGAAAGAAUCCUUUGUAGAGAUGAGCUCCAGCAGUAUUAUGGGGAAAUCUAGCAUGGCUCAACUGGAGAGUUCAACUAGUAAAAUGCUUAAAUCAGGUCUGAGAGGAGUACCACCCAAAAUUGAAGCUCUUCCAUCUGAUAUCAGCAUUGAUGAAGGAAAAGUUCUCACAGUAUCUUGUGCCUUUUCGGGUGAACCAGCUCCUGAAAUAACAUGGUACUGCGGAGGGAGAAAAAUUGCUAGUCAGGACCAGCAAGGCAGAUUCCACAUUGAAACAAGUGAAGAUCUAACCACCCUGAUCAUCAUGGAUGUCCAGAAGAACGACGGUGGACUUUAUACCCUGAAUUUAGCAAAUGAAUUUGGUACCGAUUCUGCCACUGUGAAUAUUAAUAUUCGAUCAAUUUAGAAAGCUUGAUCUGUAUAAUUUACACUUGUCUUUUUACAAGUGAUUCAUAUAUGGACUGAAAUAUCUGAUCUGUAAAUAUAAAAAAAAAAUAUUUUUGUACCUACCUGAAUGAGACAAAGUCCAGAGCUAUACAUUAUGACUUAUAGUCAUUAUUGACCUAAGAAUUUUAAACACUUUUUUUUCACUGACAUGUACAUACUGUAUAUAGCCGAAGUUAACGGUUAUGAAGUUUUGUACCAUUUAUUUUAUGACAUUUUGAAACGUAACUUUUGGAACUAACAGUUGGCAGGAGAAAGUUUCCUAGCAAACGACUACCCUGCUCAACAUUUAACUAAUUUUUGCGCCUCAACUCAUUGUUGAUGUCUAAGAAUGCCUCAACAGGUAGAGAGGCUCCCUGUUGAAGAUUACCUACACCUAACAGAUGAUACUGUGCAUAGUAUUUCAUACAUGCACAAAUAUAUAUGUUGAAUCAGAAAUGUAAGGCAUUGGUGAUGUUUGCAAUUACCCUCCUGUAAGCAUUACUUUAAUGUUUUACGUUGGAUCUGAUUAAGUCAUAAUUUCCAUACCUGACUGACUAUUUUUGGACAAAGUGCAAGCGGCCAGCACUUUGUUCACCCACCAUCUGUGUACUGUUUCUGACACACUGACUGCCUGAAUAGCUUUAGAAAAGUAACAUCACCUGGCCAUCCCCUUAAUCAACAAAGCUAUUGAGGUACUCAAGUGCAGCAGCAGUACCCUCUCGGAGGUUCGUAGGAUGCAGUGAUUGAGCGUGUGGUAGUAUUAGACAUCCUGUAGUCACUCCAGGGCAACUAAGCAAUGAACCACAGUUUGAAAACAAACUGUUGUUACAACAACAAAUAUCCUGAGCACUUCAGUUUGCUUUAGUUUUCCUAAUGUAGUAAUAAAUCUUGUUAGCUGUUGAACCUCCUUGAGAUAGACUUGUUCAUUUGAAAUAAAGCAUGCUUUCUGCACCAUA